CCCAGCCUUGCCUCGGGUGUAGGGAUUGCAAGGGAAAAGCAAAACUACACGGCUACAACUCUGUGUAGUUUUGUUUUUUGGGGUUCUUGUGAGGCUCAGCUAUUCUCACAUUGGAUUUUCUGAAACAUUUCUGGAUAAGGAGAUUUGUCUGAAGAUAUAUAACUUCUGGGCUUAGUCCCAUUGUUUCUAGGCACUCUUGUGAAUACAAGGUGCCUACCACCAUGUCGCAGGCGCCAACAUUUACACAGCCGCUGCAAAGCGUUGUGGCACUUGAGGGUAGUGCCGCAACGUUUGAGGCUCAAGUUAGUGGUACUCCAGUUCCUGAGGUGAGCUGGUUUCGUGAUGGCCAGGUUCUUUCUGCUGCCGCUCUGCCCGGCGCACAGAUCUCGUUCAGCGAUGGCCGCGCUGUACUGACGAUCCCUGCCGUGACAGCCGCACACAGUGGAAGAUUUUCUAUAAGAGCCACCAAUGGCGCUGGACAAGCCACUAGCACUGCCGAACUACUCGUUACAGCGGAAACUGCGCCCCCCAACUUCGUUCAGAGACUACAGAGUAUGACCGUAAGACAAGGAAGCCAAGUGAGACUGGAUGUUCGUGUGACAGGAAUCCCUACACCUGUGGUGAAGUUCUAUAGGGAGGGAGCUGAGAUUCAGAGCUCGGCUGACUUUCAGAUUGUUCAAGAAGGAGACCUCUACAGUUUGUUGAUUGCUGAAGCCUUCCCUGAAGAUUCCGGAACGUACUCCGUCAACGCCACCAACAGCAGUGGACGUGCUACUUCAACUGCAGAGCUGCUUGUUCAAGGUGAGGAAGAAGCCGUGCCCGCCAAAAAGUCAAAGACCAUUGUGUCAACUGCUCAGAUUUCUCAGACUCGCCAGACGAGGGUCGAGAAGAGGAUGGAGGCUCGUUUUCAGACUAGCGAGAUGAUGGAAGUGCAAAUGGAAGGAGGUGUAGUUGCUCAGCAGCUGCAGCACAAAACCCCUCCACGCGUGCCGCCAAAGCCAGCCUCCAAGUCCCCGACUCAGGCGACAUUAGUGUCUAAAGUUGCAGCCACGCGCCAUCAGUCUCCUUCCCCUGUGAGGCACGUCAAGGCGCCCACCCCGACUCCUGUCAGGGCUGUAUCUCCCUCAGCAAGAUUGUCAGUCUCCCCCAUAAGACCUGUGAAGUCCCCAGUGAUGACCCGCAAACAGGUCACCCCGAGCGUUGAUGUCCUCCCUCCCUGGAAGCAAGGGGACUAUGAGGCCACCUUCACCACCAUGACUGCGGGUGGCGCUCAGAUCCAGACUACUGCUACUCAUGUCCGCAUGGAACAGCGCUGGGAAGGUGCUUAUGGGAUGCAACAGCAAGCAGCUGGUAUUGGAGCUGGGAUUGGAAUCUCUGUCAAAGAGGUUGUUGAGGCUGGAGCAGUGCCUUCACCCGCAGAAGCUGUGGUGCCACCCACUCUUAUUGUUGGCUUGAAGAAUAUGACUGUUGUUGAGGGAGAAUCUGUGACACUGGAGUGCCAGAUUUCCGGUCACCCUGCCCCUGCCAUCAUGUGGUUCAGGGAGGACUACAGAAUCGAGAGCUCCAUUGACUUCCAGAUUACCUAUGAGAACGGGUACGCCCGUCUGGUAAUCCGCGAGGCCUUCGCUGAGGACAGCGGGCGCUUUACCUGCACUGCCACCAGCGAGGCUGGAACUGUCAGCACCUCCUGCUACCUGCUGGUCCAAGUAUCAGAGGAAAUCGAGAGCAGGGAGGAAGUAGCUGCAGCUGAAGUUUCCGAACAGAUGAGAAUGGCUCAGGAGAAACAGAUUACCAUUGAAGCUAAAGAGGAGACCCUGUCAGAGGCCGCGGAGUCUGUGGAAGGAGGUGCAGCCCCCUUUUUCAUCAGGAAGCCCACUGUGCAGAAGCUGGUGGAAGGAGGGAGCGUCGUCUUCGAAUGCCAGAUUGGUGGCAGCCCCAAACCACACAUUUACUGGAAGAAGGCAGGAGUGCCCCUAACUACUGGAUACAGAUAUAAAGUGGCGUACAAAAAGGAAACUGGAGAGUGCAAGCUGGAGAUCUCCAUGACCUUUGCUGAUGAUGCUGGAGAGUACUCCAUCUUUGCCAGGAAUAAGCUGGGAGAAGUUUCUGCCACUAUUAACCUACUCGAGGAAGAGGAAUAUGAAGCCUACAUGAAGAAACAUGAGAUGAUUUUCAAGACUGAAGUGACCACAAUGGUACAGGAGCCACAAGUGGCAGAUAUCCCUCCAGUGGUCGUGAGCGAAUACGAGAAAGAGCAGAUUCUCAUGCAGAAGAGAAUGGCUCAGCAGACACAGAUAAUAAAGACCUUUGUGUCAGAACAGGAAUUCCAGAUCUCUGCUUUUGAGGAGAAGAUAAUCCGUGAGAUAGAGAUCCGCAUUCUUAAGAUUACUUAUAUGGAGCUGGUGACUGAAGAUGGGGAAGAGAUGAUCACGGUGGCUGAGCAGGAAGCUGUGGAGCCAACCUUUGACACUCCAGUAAAGAGCUACAGGAUCAUGGAAGGAAUGGGAGUCACUUUCCAUUGCAAAGUUGCAGGAAACCCACUACCCAAGAUUGCCUGGUACAAAGACGGCAAACGCAUCAAGCACGGUGGCCGAUACCAGAUGGAGGUUCUGCAGGAUGGAAGAGCCAGUCUGCGUCUCCCUGUGGUGCUGCCAGAGGAUGAGGGUGUCUACACCGCCCUGGCUAGUAACAUGAAGGGAAAUAUUGUCAGAUCAGGGAAGCUGUAUGUGGAGCCCACGGCACCAGCCGGAGCUCAGCCAUAUUUCCCUCAACCAGAGGCACUCCAGAGAAUCCGUUCCACAUCCCCACGCUCUCCAAGCCGCUCUCCUGGACGUUCUCCUGGUCGCUCACCUGCCCGCAGGCUGGAUGAGACAGACGAAGCUCAGCUGGAGAGGCUGUAUAAACCUGUGUUUGUCAUGAAGCCCUCCUCCUUCAAGUGUGCUGAGGGACAGACCGCUAGAUUUGACCUGAAGGUUGUUGGAAGACCCAUGCCUGAGACCUUCUGGUUCCACAAUGGCCAGCAAGUGGUCAAUGACUACACUCACAAGAUAGUUGUAAAGGAGGAUGGAACCCAGUCAAUGAUUGUGGUCCCAGCCAUGCCAACUGACUCUGGAGAGUGGACAGUUGUGGCUCAGAACAGAGCUGGAAAGACUUCCAUUUCUAUGACUCUCACAGUGGAUGCCAAGGAAAACUUGGUGAGACCUCAGUUCAUUGAGAAGUUGAAGAACAUCAGUGUCAAGCAAGGCACUCUGGUUGAGCUGGCAGUCAAAGCAAUGGGAAACCCCCUUCCUGACAUUGUCUGGCUGAAAAACAGUGACAUCAUCUCCCCACACAAGUACCCAAAUAUCAAGAUUGAAGGCGCCAAAGGAGAAUCUAGUUUCAAGAUUGCCUCAACUGUAGGCUCAGACAGUGCCUGGUACACAGCCACAGCCAUCAACAAAGCCGGACGAGAUACCACCCGUUGCAGGGUCAAUGUAGAGGUUGACUUUGCUGAACCUGAGCCUGAGAGGAAGCUUGUCAUCCCCAAGGGAACUUACAAGGCCAAGGAGAUUGCAGCUCCAGAGCUGGAGCCCCUGCAUCUUCGCUAUGGACAAGAACAGUGGGAGGAAGGCGACCUGUAUGACAAGGAGAAGCAACAGAAACCACACUUCAAGAAGAAGCUUACCUCAGUCAGACUGAAGCGUUUUGGACCUGUGCAUUUUGAGUGCAGGCUGACCCCAAUUGGUGACCCUACCAUGGUGGUGGAGUGGCUGCACGAUGGCAAACCCCUGGAAGCUGCUAACAGGCUGCGCAUGAUCAAUGAGUUUGGCUACUGCAGCCUUGACUAUGAAGUAGCUUACUCCAGAGAUAGUGGUGUUAUCACCUGCAGAGCAACUAAUAAGUUUGGAGUUGACCAGACCUCUGCUACCCUUAUUGUGAAGGAUGAGAAGAGCCUUGUAGAAGAGACUCAGCUACCAGAAGGCAGAAAGGGAAUGCAGAGGAUUGAGGAGAUGGAACGCAUAGCCCAUGAGGGUGCUCUCGCUGGAGUUACUGUAGAAGAAGUGUCUGAGAAGACUAAACCUGAAAUUGUCCUUCUUCCCGAACCUGCAAGAGUAUUAGAGGGUGAAACUGCCCGAUUCCGUUGCAGAGUGACUGGAUACCCUGCCCCUAAGGUCAACUGGUACCUCAAUGGACAGCUCAUCCGAAAGAGCAAGAGAUUUAGGCUCCGCUAUGAUGGUAUUUACUACCUUGAGAUUACUGAUAUCAAGUCUUAUGAUUCAGGAGAAGUCAAAGUAGUGGCAGAGAAUCCUGAGGGUGUGAUCGAGCACUCUGUGAAGCUGGAGAUCCAACAGAGGGAGGAUUUCAGGUCCAUCCUCCGCCGUGCACCUGAGCAAAGAGCCCCAGAAACCGUUGACAGCGGAAGAGUGUCCUUUGAUGUUGUCAAGGUUGAGAGACCCGCUGAGGCUGCUCAGCCCAAAGAGAUUGUCAAGCUGAGAAAGACAGAAAGAGUCAUCCAUGAGAAACCAACAGAGGAGUCAGAGGAACUGAGAAGUAAAUUCAAGCGCAGAACUGAGGAGGGCUACUACGAAGCCAUCACUGCUGUAGAGCUCAAGUCUCGUAGGAAGGAUGAAUCCUAUGAGGGUAUGCUGAGGAAGAGGAAGGAAGAACUUCUUCAUUGGACCAAAGAGGUGCCUGAGGAGGAAAGGAAAAAGGAGGAAGAACGAGGCAAAGUGACCGUUCCCACAAUCAGACCAGAGAAAAUAGAGCUCUCUCCCAGCAUGGAAGCACCCAAGAUCUUGGAACGCAUUCAGAGCCAGACAGUUUCCCAAACUGAAGAGGUCCGCUUUAGAGUCAGAGUGGUAGGGAAACCUGAUCCAGAAUGCCAGUGGUUCAAGAAUGGAGUGCUGCUGGAGAAGUCAGACCGUAUUUACUGGUAUUGGCCUGAAGACAAAGUGUGUGAAUUAGUUAUCAGAGAUGUUUCAACUGAAGACUCUGCCAGCAUUAUGGUCAAAGCUGUCAACAUUGCUGGAGAGACUUCAAGCCACGCAUUCUUGCUUGUGCAAGCCAAGCAAGUCGUUAACUUCACUCAAGAACUUGAAGAUGUUUAUGCCAAAGAGAAAGACACCAUGGUGACCUUUGAGUGUGAAACCAGUGAGCCUUUUGUCAAAGUGCAGUGGUUCAAGAACAACGUGGAGAUUUUCUCUGGGGACAAAUACCGCAUGCACUCAGACAGGAAGGUUCAUUUCCUGUCUGUGCUGACUAUUGAGAUGAAAGACGGCGCAGAUUACAGUUGUGCUGUUUCUGAAGACAACCACAUCAGGACAACGGCGAAACUAAUUGUUGAGGGUGCCCCACUGGAAAUUGUCAAGAAGCUUGAGAAUAUGGAAGUGCCCGAGACCUACUCUGGAGAGUUUGAAUGUGUCGUGUCCCGUGAGGAUGUUGAGGGUACCUGGUACUUUGAGAACAAGGAAAUCACUCCCAGCAGCAAAUACGUCAUCUCCUCCCGCCGAGGACGGCACACUCUGUCUGUUAAAGAUGUCAAGAAGGAGGACCAGGGAAAAUACACGUUUGUUGUUGGUGAACUGAAGACAACUGCCUCUUUAGUGAUGAAAUUGCGCCCAGUGACACUGAUGCAAGGUCUUUCUGACCUGACCGUCUGUGAAGGUGAUAUUGCCCAGCUGGAGGUGAGGUUCUCUCAGGAGAAUGUUGAGGGCACCUGGAUGAAAAAUGGACAAGCCGUCUCGGCCACUGACCGCAUUCACAUUGUUAUCGACAAGCUUGUCCACAAGCUGCUUGUUGAAAAUGUCAACAGGGAUGACGCUGGAACAUAUUCCUUUGUUGUUCCUGCUCAGGACAUAUCCACCUCUGGAAAGCUAACUGUUCAGACUAUUGGUAUCUUGAUCCCUCUAUCGGAUGUGAGCGCAGUUGAGGGCACCAAAGCUGUGCUUGAGGCUAAAAUCACUGCUGCUGAUGUUACCUCAGUGAAAUGGUAUCAUAAUGACAAUCUGCUGGUACCAAGUGAGCGGGUCCAGACAGUUGCCAAAGGAUCCAAGCAGCGUCUGGUCUUCAGCAGGACCUUUGCCUCAGACCAGGGACAGUACAAGCUGGUUGUCGGCAAAGCUGAUUCUACCUGCAGAGUGACCAUUGAAAAAAUUAGCAUUGUGAAGCAUAUGGAGGACCGGGUUUGCACUGAAACCCAGAAUGUCACCUUUGCGGUUGAGUUGUCCCACCCUGGUAUUGAUGCUGUUUGGACCUUCAAGAAUCAGCAUCUCAAAGCAGGUCCCAAAUACAAGAUAGAAGCCAAGGGCAAGCGCUACACCCUGACUGUUCUCAACACCAUGAAGGAUGAGGAGGGACAGUACACAUUUGCAGCUGGUGAACAGACAUCCAGUGCUAAACUUACUGUGUCAGGUGGUGCCAUUAACAGACCUCUACAGGACGUGACUGUGGCAGAGUCCCAAACCGCUGAACUGGAGUGUGAGGUGGCCAACCCCAGCAUUGAGGGCAAGUGGCUGAAGGAUGGACACUCUGUGGACUUCAGCGACAAUGUCAGGAGUGUAAAAGAGGGAGCCGUCAGGCGUCUGGUCAUUGCCAUUACUAGACCUCAGGACAUUGGUGAAUACACCUACCAGGUGGCUAACUCCAAGACAACAGCCAACCUGAGAGUUGAAGCUGUGAAGGUCCGGAAGACACUGAAGAACCUGACAGUCACCGAGACCCAGACAGCAGAGUUCAGUCUGGAGCUCACCCACAAGAAUGUGAAAGGCUUCCAGUGGAUCAAGAAUGGCGUGGAGAUCCAACCCAGUGAGAAGCAUGAAAUAAUAGCAGACGGCAUGGUCCACAUCCUUAGGAUCAAGAAUUGUAACACGCAAGACGAGUCUGUCUAUGGAUUCAAACUCGGAAAACUGUCUGCAAAUGCCAGACUCAAUGUUGAGAAUAUAAAGAUUGUGAAGAAACCCAAGGAUGUGACAUCUCUGUUGGAUUCCACUGCUUCUUUUGAGCUGAGCCUGUCCCAUGACAACAUCCCAGUGAAAUGGAUGUUCAAUAAUGUUGAGCUGAAGCCUAGUGAAAACUGCAAGAUACUGUCAGAAAGGAAGGCUCACAAGCUAAUCAUCCAGAAUGUGGGUACUCAUAAUGCUGGAGAAUACACCGCUGUAGUUGGACAUAUGCAGUGCAGUGCUUCAUUGUAUGUUGAAGCUUUGCGUGUCACAAAAACCAUGAAGAGCAUUGAGGUGCCAGAGACCCAGGUGGCCACCUUUGAGUGUGAAGUGUCUCACUUCAAUGUCCCAUCCACUUGGCUGAAGAAUGGAGUCGAGAUUGAGAUGAGCGAAAAGUUCAGGAUCGUGGUGCAAGGAAAACUCCACCAGCUCAAGAUAGUGAACACCAGCAGAGAGGACUCUGCCGAGUACACUUUCAUAUGUGGAAAUGACAGAGUUUCUGCCACUCUGACUGUCAGCCCCAUUUUGAUCACAUCCAUGCUCAAAGACCUCAAUGCUCAGGAGAAGGACACGAUCACCUUUGAGGUGAAUGUAAAUUAUGAGGGAAUCACCUAUAAAUGGCUGAAAAAUGGUGUGGAGAUCCGGUCCACAGAAAGAUGCCAGACCCGAACCAGACAGCUCACUCACACGCUGACUAUCCGAAACGUACACUUCGGGGAUGGUGGGGAGUACUCAUUUGUGGCUGGAUCUGCAAAAACAUCAGCUAACCUUUACAUUGAUGCUCGUGUUAUCGAAUUCAGAAAGCACAUUAAAGACAUAAAAGUAACUGAGAAGAAGAAGGCCAUUUUUGAGUGUGAGAUCUCUGAGCCUAACAUUCAAGUGAUGUGGAUGAAAGACGGCCAAGAACUGGCACCGUCUGACCGACACAAAGUAACCACUGAGAAAUUCAUGCACCGUCUGAUGAUCCAAACUGUGCGCCUGUCUGAUGCUGGAGAGUAUUCUGUGGUCGCUGGUUCAAGUGUGUCCAAAGCUCAUCUCACUGUGGAGGGCCGUGAUGUCCGGAUUACGGAACCCGCCGAGAAGGAAAUAACUGUUGUUGAGAAGCAGAGAGCUACAUUUGAGUUUGAAGUAAAUGAAGAUGACAUUGAAGCACGCUGGCUAAGGAAUGGAGUUGAGAUCAAAUUUGGGGUUGAGGAGCGUUUCAGCUAUGCGGCCAUUAGGAAGCUUCACCGCUUGACCAUCACAGAAACCUACCGCAGUGAUGCUGGAGAGUACACCUUUAUUGCUGGCAGGAACAGGAGUGUAGUUACUCUGCACGUCAACAUUCCUGAGCCUCCUCAGAUGGUUCGGCAUAUGCAGCCCCUGUCUGUGGAGGUUGGCAAGCCUGCCCGUUUCUCUGUGGUGGUGACGGGCAUCCCUCAGCCACAGGUGUUCUGGUACAAGGACUCCCAGGCUCUGUCCCCUGGAUUCAAGUGCAAGUUCCUCCAUGAAGGGAAUGAGCACACACUGCUGCUCAUUGAGGUCUUCCCAGAGGAUGCAGCCGUCUACAACUGUGAGGCCAAGAAUGACUAUGGCAUGGUUACCAGCACUGCUUCUCUUAAUGUGGAAGUUCCAGAGGUUAUUUCCCCUGAUACUGGAGCUCCACUCUCACCUCCUGUGAUCAUCUCUCCUAUUUACAACACUUCCACUAAGGAGGGAGAGUCUGCUAGAUUCCAGUGUCGUGUGUCUGGAGAAGACCUGAAAAUCACCUGGUACUGCAAAGACAAGGAGAUCAAGCAGUCUGACUUUUUCAAGAUGUCUCAUUUUGAUGAUAAAUGCCUACUGGAAAUUGCCAGAGCUUACCCUGAGGAUGCUGGGGAGUAUACUUGUGUUGCUAGAAACUCAGCUGGAAUGGUCUCAUGCUCAGCAGUUUUGACUCUUGAUGGCCAUAGACAAAUUGAAGACAGUACAUCCAAAUCAGAUUGGCAUGUCUCAACCAGUCUAUCCACAAGCAUAUCGAGCGUGAAGAAGAAACCUAUUGGUCAAAGGCCCACUUUUUUUCAACCUAUCGAAAGCUGCGUGGUGCAGCACGGGGAAGUGGCCAGAUUCCAUGCUCGUGUGUCCGGCAUGCCAAAGCCAGAGAUCCGCUGGUUUCACAACCAGCAGCUAAUAAAGGCAACAAAAAACAUUGUCUUUCAUUUCGAUGAAAUGACAAACACUGCAACGCUAAUUAUAGUCGAUGCUUUCUCUGAGCAUGCUGGAGAGUACACUUGCAAAGCAACCAAUAGUGCUGGAGAGGCGGUAUGCACGGCUACUCUUGCAGUAACCAAAGAAGUGAUGAAAGUGCGGGAAGAGAUUGAGGCAAAGAUUGAGGAGGAAGUGAAAGAAUUUUCUAGCUUGACUGUGACAACAGAAGAAGAAGAACAAGAAUCCUACCGCACUGGCCUACAGUUAGCAGAAAAAACCAAAACAUUUGAACUCAAGCCAGCAUCUAAACUCUUUUCUAGCACAUUAGAGAAGAAAAAGGAAAAGCCUGUUUUUGUAACCCAACUUUCUGCAGCAGAUAUCUCUGUUGGGGACACGGCUAAAUUUACUGUCACAGUGUCUGGCUUUCCAAAGCCUAAAGUUCAGUGGUUUCAUAAUGGACAGGAAAUUACAUCCUCGUCAGUUUAUAAAUUCGUUCAAGAAAAAGACAGGUAUACUUUGAUCAUUUCUCAGGUAAAGACAGAGUAUGAAGGGGAGUACUCUUGUACUGCCAGCAACAGGUUUGGUCAAUCAACUUGUUCUGCAUUCCUGCAUGUUAGAGUGAAAGGGGUGCCCAAACAAGAGCAUCGGGUAGAGAAAGUGGUAAAAGUCACUGGCCAACCCCCUCGUUUCACCACAGUGAUAGAACCCAUACAGUGCACAGAGGGAGGUGAGGCUCAGUUUCGAUACAAAGUGACUGGGGACCCACUGCCUGAGAUUCAGUGGUUUAGGGGUAGUUACCAAAUUCAGACCAGUAUGUACUUCACUAUAGUGAAUAACAAAGAUGGCUCUGGCUAUUUGAUCAUAAAGGAAGUCAAGCAGGAACACAGCGGUCUCUACACUUGUAGGGCAUCCAACCCAUCCGGAGAGGCGUCUUGCAGCGCUGAACUGAUUGUGUUCCGUGAGACUGUCUCUGUUUCUAGCCACCAGGAUCACCUGUUUCUUCAGAAGCAAAAAGGUUACAAAGUAUCCAUGACUGAGCAGACUACUGAGUCCCGUCUGUAUACAGUUAACCUCCCAGGAGAAGCCAGGGCCAGCAUGCAGUCCGGACGUCAAAUGGCGUACACCAUUGGCACUGAGGAUAGGCAGGCCAUAGCCAGUGAGCAAGUAGACACUUUGCAAGAGGUGGCAAUCUCAGCUGCCACCUUGCAGAGAGAGCAAGUCACCCACCAAGCUGCAGUGCUGCAGUCUCAUGAUAUAGAGGAGAGAGUGAUGGUAGCACCCACUCAGCUCCGUCCAACUGCAGCAUUACCUGGGAGACAACUCCACAUGGCGUCCUUCACCUCUGCUGUUCAGGAAAGCCAUGGUUUCACAGAGCAGCAUUCUGAACGCAUCCAAAGUCCAGAGGUCACAGAGGUAGAGCUGACUCGGGAGCAGAGCUCAAAGCUGAUGUCUGCCAUAUCAGAGGAAAUAACGCCGGUAGCCAUUGUGAGAGCUGAGUCAUUAAGUGACAAGAAAUCAGAGAAGAUAAAGCCAACUCCUGAGCCAAAACAUGUUGUCAUUGGUCACCAGGUGGAAACUAGAUUACCAAUUUUGAAGGAAAAAUCUGACAUUAUUCCUAAACCUGAAGUGGAAAAAAGUUACAGAGUAAAAGAAGGUGUCAAAAUAUUGUACUCUGCCAUAUCAACGGGGACACAGGAAAUGUCUGAAGCCCAUUCAACGGAAUUCUCCUCUUUAGACUCUGCUACACAGUCUUCAGUAGUGAAGGAACUGCCUAAGCCGUUUUUUGUAUCUGCUAGUGAGACUAAACACACAUUAUCAAAAGAACAGAAAUUUGAUGUAUACAAACCAGAAGAAGAGAAAGCACAACUAUUUAAGGAUAAAGUUCUUAAAUCAGCUCUAGCUGCUGAAGAAAAGCAUGAGCUCCAAGCUGAACACACAAAACAAAUACCAGGUUUAGAGAAUGCUGUCUCUGUGCAGUCUCAAAAGGAAGGUGAAAAGGUCAUGCACUUGCAGGUGAUAACAGACCAGAAUACUCUUCCUUCCGAAGGCAGAUUUACUUGUGAGGCUCCAGUUGCAGAACAAGCAGAUGUUAGAAAAAGCCCCGCUUUGAUAGAGACAGCUGCUAUAGAUGAGCAGAAAUCUGUCACUUGUGAAGAGAUGUUUCACUUUUCCUCCCAGGAACCCACAUUUUCCGUUGUGCCCAUCAAAGAGGUUCCUGCCACUUUACAUCUCCAGUCUAUUCAUUCAGAAAGUGUAUUGCCAAAAGAAGGCAUACUUACAAUUGAAAAGCCCACCCAGCAGGUAGCUUUGCAGAAAGUAGAAAGAAUUCGGAGACGGGCAAUAAAAACUGAGGAGAAAAGGGAGCUGACCGCUGAUUAUUCUACAGACCUUGAUGUGUCAGUGACAGGUGUCCACUCUGAGCAAAGAAUAGAACCAAAACCUCAAACUAUUCUUCAAGUGAUUUCAGAGCCCAUGCAGCUGCCGAAGGAAACUCCCUUCACCACUGAAGUGAAACAGCAGCGGGCAUCAGUGCAGAAGGAGGAUCGCUGGAAUAUUAUGCACGUAGUGACCUCAGCAGACAGUCAAGCUAUGGAAGAGGGACACACUGAUAUCUUGGCAGGGGUUCAGACUUCCCUUUGUAAAACAGAAGUCGAACCAAAAGUCCCCACUGAGCCAAUUCACAUAGAGGAGAAAGCAAUCUCAACUGAGAGUUGCGUUGCUUUAGAGGCAGCACAACAAGAUUUUGCAGUCCAGAUUCAAGAGGGUCAGUCAGUGCGACAAUCAAUACAAAUGGAAGAAAAACAGAUUAUGGUUGGUGAACAGUCAAGGGAAAUAAUAAAAUCAGAGACAACUGCAGUUAGUGUUACAACACAGCCUAGAGGAGCCUUACUGGUCCAUGAAUCCCAAGAAAGUAAGGCACUUCCAAAAGAGCUUACCUUUGUCAUCCAGGUACCAAAACCAUUUGGUUUAGACAUCAAACGUCAGCUUAAGAGUGCACUGCAGACUGCUGUAGCACAUGAACAGCCAUUGCUUCUUGCUGAAGUUGCACAAAGUUUACAAGCCAUUGAGGUAAAGGAAGUGAAGGUAAUCAAAGAACCCAAAUAUGUAAUGUUCACAUACCUUAUUACAACAGUUGGUGCUCCUUUGGAAAUAACCAUUGGUUUUGAGGGUGAUUAUCCGCAGACUGCUGAUCUAAAGAAUGAGCUUAAAGCAGCUUUGUACUCCAUCAUUCAUUGUGAACAGCAAGUCCUGACAUCAGAACAGCCAGGUACUCGGCUGUUUGAUAGGCCUCAGAGAUUACAGGUUAGCAGCGCAGCUUCAAAGGAAAUGUUGUCAUCCAUGGUGGCAACAGUUACAGUUGCAGAGAGCGUUUCAGAUUUCACUGGACCAAAAACUCAUUCUGCUGCACUUGAGACUGAAGCUCAAGCAUUCUUCCAAAGUGCGAAAGCUCAAGAAUAUACCAUGAUGCAAGAAUCACAAGAAAUCUUUUACAAAGGCUCAGCGAGAUCUGAGGUAAUGAAAGUGGCCACAGAGUCAAAGUUCCAGGAGUCCAUGCAGAUGACCAGGCAGGAAGUCAAAACUGUGACAGUAAAAGGCCGUGAGAGAGAUGUGGGGGCAGCAGAUAUAACUACAGAUAUGCCUCUGGCACCAAUCCCAGCUGACCACACAGUAGAUGUUGUUGUACAAAAAGAAAGAAGAGAGGAGUUUCUGAAAGAGGAGGUUAUGGAAGCUGAGGAAAAAAUUGUGAAAGAUUAUCCAGUUAUAGAAACUUUUCUGGAGGACAUUACCAUAGAGGAGUACAGCAAGGUUACAUUCUCUGUGACAGUAAGAUGUGUUAAGAAGGUCAACUGGCUUUUCAAUGGAAAAUUGGUUAAAUCUGGCAAGGAGUUCAAAUGUUCAAAGGAUCAUGAUACUUAUACGCUCGUAAUUGACAAAGUUAUCAAGGAGAAGCACCAAGGAGAAUAUAUCUGUGAGGCUGUGAACGAAGCUGGCAAGACUUCAACAUCAUCGAAACUCACAGUUGUCUUAAGAGUGCCACCCGUUUUUAGGCAUAAAAUCCAGCCCCAGGAAAUAAAUCUUGGCAGCAAUGCCAAGUUUGAGUGCGAGAUUGAGGAAGCUCCAAAUGUGAAGUUCAAGUGGUACAAGUCUGGCAUUGAGCUCAGAGACAGCGAGAAGUGCAGGAUCCUUAGUCGGUACCACACCUCUUCGAUGGAGCUGCUGAACCCAACCAAAGCCGACAGCGCUGAAUAUACUUGCAAAGCCACCAACCAACAUGGCAGUGACAGCUGCUCGGCUUCCCUCACAGUGACUGAAGUUUUCCCACCUGUCUUUGUUACUAAGCCUGAUCCAAUGACCUUAUAUGUGGGAAAACAAGCAAGACUUCAGUGUGUAGUUACCGGCUCCUCCCCAAUGAAUGUUGUGUGGCAAAAAGGAAAUAUUACCAUUUCCUCAGAGGGAAACUACAAAAUUUCCACUGACAAGAACAAGCACACUCUUGAAAUUCUGAAUCUUCAACUCACUGAUCAGGGCAUGUAUAAUUGCAAAGCAUCCAACAGCGUUGGAACAGACAUGUGCAGCACAGAAUUGAGGGUGAUUGAUAAGCCCAAGUUUGUUAAAACUUUUGAGUCAGUGGCAGUAGCUGUGGGCAACCCACUGCGGCUUGAGUGUCAGGUGGAUGAAGACACUGGUGUGGUCAUCACCUGGACCAGGGAUGGCAAGAAGCUGCAUCACACCAUGGAUCACAAAAUUUCUUUUGAAGACAAGAUUGCCACUCUUGAAUUUCCAUACGCACAACUUAAAGAUACAGGGAUGUAUGUCUGCACUGCUGCAAAUGAUGCUGGAAGCAGUAACUGUUCUUCCAUGGUAACUGUGCAAGAGCCUCCAACUUUUGUUAAAAGACUGGAACCGAAGAUCCUUUGGAAACAGGGUGUGACUGCACGCAUGCAGUGCACAGUUAAAGGCUCACCGGAACUCCACGUCACCUGGUUCAUGAACGACAAAGAAAUAAGCAGUGGAGAGAAAUACAAAAUCACCUUCAAGGGUGGUCUAGCUGUCUUAGAAAUUGCUGAUGUUGUUGUGGCAGACAGUGGAAAUUACACUUGCGAAGUGUUAAAUGAAGCUGGUUGUGAAAGCUGCAGUUCUCAGUUAACUGUAAAAGAACCCCCCUCUUUCAGAAAGGAAUUGCAACUGGUAGAAGUAGUAAGAGGAAGCACUGCUAUACUUGAAUGUGAGGUUGUGGGUACACCUCCAUUUGAAGUCAACUGGUUUAAGAAUAAGAAGGCUGUUACCACUGAUAAAAAAUACAAAAUUAUCUCCCAGGAGGCUGUAGCCUCAUUGGAGAUCAGAUCAUUUGAAAGUGCAGAUGUUGGAGAUUAUCAGUGUUCUGUAUCAAAUGAUGUAGGUAAAAUCUCCUGCAAAUCAUCUGCUAAACUGAAAGAGCCACCAUCUUUCUCAAAGAGAAUUGAAAACACUUCAGCAGUUUUGGGCAGUACUGUUAGACUACAAGGCACUCUAAAAGGGUCAUUACCAAUCAAGGUCACAUGGAUGAAGGAUUCUGAAAUACUGAGAGAUGAUGAUUCUAAUGUAAAAAUGGAAUUUGAGAACAAUGUCGCCGUUCUGACAGUUGUGACUGUUAAUAUAACUCAUAGUGGCAAAUACACCUGCCAAGCUGAAAAUGAAGCUGGGAAACAAAAAUGUGAAGCUACAUUAUCAGUUCAAGAACCGGCUAGAAUUGUAGACAAAACUCCAUCCAUUAGCGUGACUGCAGGGGACCCAGCAUCUUUAGAGUGCACGGUAGCAGGAAGCCCGGAGCUCAAAGUGAAGUGGUUCCGCGAUGGAAAGGAAAUAACAGCCGGCCGUAAAUAUAAAAUGACCUUUAAAGAUAAUGUGGCCACCCUAAAAAUUCUUGCAGCAGAAAAAGGAGACAGCUGUGAAUAUAUGGUGGAAGUAGCCAAUCGUGUAGGAAAAGACCAGUGUUCUUCUUCUGUUACUGUGCUAGAACCUCCAAUCUUCACAGUAAAACCAGAUUCUCAGAACGUUAUACCAGGAUCAACAGUGAUUCUAAAGAGUGCUUUUACUGGAACAGCACCAUUUACCAUUAAGUGGUUCAAAGGGGACAAGGAAAUAUCCACUGGAGGAACAUGUGUUAUCAAGAAAGAUGCAUCCUCAAGUUCGCUGGAGCUUCACUCUGUGAAACCCACUGAUUCUGAUAACUAUACUUGCCAAGUCUCCAAUGACGCUGGGAAGGUGACAUGCACCACUGUCUUGUUUGUAAAAGAACCUCCAAAGUUUGUGAAGAAGAUGGAGUCUUCAAAACUUUUAAUGAAGGGAAGUCCUGUCAUGUUGGAAUGCAAAAUAACGGGCAGUCCUGUGAUCAAAAUUAAGUGGUUCAAGAAUGAAACUGAAAUAAGCUCGAGUGACAAGUACCAAAUGACCUUCAUCGACUCAGUAGCUACUCUGGAAAUAGCUACCAGUGUUGUUGAUGAUAGUGGGGAGUACAUUUGUGAAGCAUCUAGUGAAGCUGGCAGUGAUCGUUGUAAAAGUAUAAUUACAAUCAAAGAACCGCCCACCUUUACAAAGGUUUUGGAAUCCAUGGAAGUUGUCAAAGGAUCUGAUGUUGUGCUGGAGGGAAAUGUUUCUGGCUCAGCUCCAUUUGAAAUUUCAUGGUAUAAAGAUAGUAAACCAAUCAGAAAUGAUAGGAAACACAAGAUAAGUUCACAAAAUGACACAGUUAACCUCAAGAUUCUGAAAAUCGAAGCAGGAGAUAUUGGAACAUAUCAAUGCACAGUGGCAAAUGAAGUGGGUACAUCUUCAUGUGAUUGCCAAGUAACAUUGAAAGAACCACCAUCCUUUGUGCAGAAGAUAGAAAACAUGAGUUGCCUUGUCGGCAGUGAAAUUAAAAUGCAAUGUAUACUGAAAGGAUCACUGCCAAUCACUGUAUCAUGGAUAAAGGAUGAUCGUGAGGUUAAAGACGAUGAAAAUAUAAAGAUGUCGUAUGAGGAAAGAACUGCAGUGUUGCACAUGACAAAUAUUCAGAUAAAUCAUAGUGGAAAGUACACUUGUCAGGCAAAGAAUGAAGCUGGCAGUCAGAAAUGUACUGCUUCAUUGGUUGUUAAAGAACCAGCAAACAUUACAGAACAAGCAAAGUCGAUUAGUGUUACUGCUGGGGAUCCAGCCACACUGGAGUGCAGGUUCUCGGGAACCAAAGUCCUGAAAGCAAAAUGGCUGAGGAAUGGAAAGGAGUUGAUAUCAGGCCAAAAAUAUAAAGUGCUCAGCACAGAAAAGAGCUCCAUGUUAAAAAUCCUAGCUACAGAAAAGAGUGACAGUGGAGAGUACAUGUUUGAGGUCUCCAAUGAUGUUGGUAGCAGCACGUGUGAAGCUACAAUUACUGUUCUAGAUCAAAUAAUCAAGCCAUCUUUUACAAGAAAACUUAAAAAGAUGGACAGUAUCAAAGGAUCGUUUGCCCACCUGGAGUGCUUGGUUUCUGGCUCCCUUCCUAUGAGUGUUCUUUGGUACAAAGAUGAUAAGGAGAUAGUACCGGACGAGAAACAUAAAUGCUCAUUUUUUGAAAACACAGCAUUUUUGGAAGUCACACGUCUUUCUAGUGCUGACAGUGGAACCUAUACCUGUAUUGCCCAAAACAAAGCAGGCAGUGACCAAUGCUCUGGUUCAUUAUUUGUGAAAGAACCACCAACUAUUUUAGAAAAGCCAGACUCAAUGGAUGUCUUGCCUGGAGCAAGAGUGCAAUUAAUUGUGCUUAUAAGUGGCACUCCACCAUUGACCAUCAAGUGGUUUAAAAACAAUAAGGAGGUUUUGUCUGGCCGUGAGUGCUUAGUUCAGAAGGACAACACCUCAACUUCACUGGAGCUCUUUUUUGCCAAGACCUCAGACUCUGGAGAUUACUCUUGUGAGAUCACUAAUGAUGUUGGCUCCGAUUCCUGCAAAGUUACCCUCUUUGUCAAAGAGCCUCCAAAAUUUUUGUCGGUACCGGAGAGUGUAACAGUGGUGAAAUCAGGACAGUCAAAGAGAUUUGAAUGCCAGGUAGCUGGUACUCCUGAAAUUGAUAUCUACUGGUUCAGAGAUGGCAAUGAGAUCAGUCCCAGUGACAAAUAUAAGAUGUCUUUUGUGAACUCCAUGGCAAGCUUGGAGAUACUCAGUACCGAUACAAAAGAUAGUGGAAUGUAUUACUGCGAGGCACGAAACGAUGCUGGUAGUGAGAGCUGCAGCAUGGAUUUGAAAGUGAAAGAGCCUCCAACCUUUGUGAAGGAAUUAAUACCCGUUGAAGUUGUAAAUGGCUCUGAUGCAUUCUUUCAAUGCCAAGUUACAGGAACGGCUCCAUUUGAGUUGACUUGGCACAAGGAUGCCAAGGAAAUCAAGUCGAGUAAAAGGCAUACUGUUUCACAAAGUAAUGGUUUUAUAAGCCUGGAAAUACAUAAAUGUGAGGUUUUAGAUGUUGGUGAAUAUACGUGCACUGUUGCAAAUGAGGUGGGAAGUUGCACUUGCAGGACUGCACUCCGUAUGAAAGAGCCACCAUCAUUUGUAAAGAAGAUCCAAAAUGUGGCCACUGUGUUGGGAAGUGUGGCUGAAUUUCAAUGUGUUGUGACGGGGUCACCACCAUUGUCGGUGCAAUGGCAAAAAGAUGAUGAUUGGAUCUUGGAGGAUCCUAAUAUUGAGAGGAAAUUUGAGGGCAAUGUUGCCUCUUUAAGAAUUGCUGUCUCUGAAGCCUGUCACAGUGGGAGAUAUACCUGUCAGGUCAUGAAUGAGGCAGGACAGGAGAAGAGCUUUGCAACUCUUCUGGUGCAAGAACCACCUCAGAUUACAGAGAAGCCAGAAACAAUAAAUGUGACCGCUGGUGAUCCAGUCAGUAUGGAGUGCAAGGUGUCAGGCACUCCUGAACUCAGAGUCAGGUGGCUAAAAGAUGGCGAGGAGCUCACGCCCAGCAGACAACACAAACUCAGUUUUGUAAAUAAUGUCAGUAGUCUUAAAAUUCAGUCUGUCCAAAUUAAUAAUGGUGGGAACUACAUAUUCGAAGUCACCAAUGAUAUUGGAGUCUGCCGUUGUGAAAUUAUCUUGGUUGUAGUAGAACAAAUUAUUGCUCCAUCCUUCCUCAAGCCACUGACCGACCUCCGUGAGGUUUUGGGAUCUUUUGUGCGAAUUGAAUGCAAGGUUUCUGGGUCUCUUCCAAUGUCUGUGGAAUGGAGAAAAGACGGGAAUGUCAUUACUAGUACAGGAAAGCCCAAGCUUGCUCAGGAAGAUAACACUGUGUCCUUGGAGAUCGAGCACUUGGAGAAAGCUGAUGCUGGGACAUAUGCUUGUAAACUGUCAAACAAAGCAGGAAGUUGUGAGUGCAGCGCAGCAUUGAUGGUGAAAGAAUCCCAAGCCGUCGUCCCUAACUCCACUGUACGUUUUAAGUGUACCUUAAAAGGAACACCACCCUUUACAGUGAAAUGGUUCAAAGAAGAUACAGAAUUGCUAACUGGACCAGCAUGCUUUACUGGAUUGGAAGGCUUAUCGUGUUUUUUAGAUCUUUAUUCUGUUGGGAUUUCUCAAAGUGGACUUUAUGCUUGCCAAGUUAGCAAUGACGCUGAACCACCUGAAUUUGUGCUGAAACUGCCACCAACUAAGUAUGUGAAGCAGUGUGAGCCACUCCGUCUUGAAUGCAAAGUGACUGGCACACCCUCACUUCGAAUGUGCUGGUACAAAAAUGACAACAGGCUCACAGAGGGAGACAACUACAGGAUGUCAUUUGUUGAGUCAAUGGCAGUUCUUCAGAUUCUCACCGCGAGAUUUGACGACAGUGGUGUCUACACAUGUGAAGCGCAAAAUGAUGCUGGGAGUGUCAGCUGUAGCACCACACUCACAGUCAAAGACCCACCAUCUUUCCUCAAAGUACCUCAACCGGCGGAGGCAACAAAGGGCAAAGACGUCAGUCUUAAUUGCGAAUUGCAUGGUACCCCACCCUUUGAGAUAACAUGGUACAAAGACAAAAUACUUCUAAAGGAAAGCAGGAAGUACAAGUUUGUACACGAGGGUAGCUCUGCUACUCUGCAUAUUCUUAAUUUGGAUGCCUCUGAUGUUGGUGAAUACCAGUGCAAAGCAUCAAAUCAAGUAGGAAGUGACACAUGCUCUGGCACAGUUAGACUCAGAGAACCACCCGUGUUUGUGAAGAAACUGUCCAAUUUGACAGCUAUUUCUGGUGAAGAAGUAACAUUUACCGCCACUGUUAAAGGCUCUCAACCAAUGACCAUGUCUUGGGUGCAAGACAAAGAUCAUGUCCUCAGAGAUGGUGACAAUCGAAAGAUUACCUUUGAAAACAACCAGAUUACUCUGAGAAUCUUUAAGGCUGAUGCUGCCUCCCCCGGAAAAUACACCUGUCAACUAAAAAAUGAUGCUGGAGUGGCAGAAUCUGUUGCCAACUUAACUGUCCUAGAGCCUGCUACUAUUGUGGAUAGACCAGAGUCCUUCAGUGUCACUGCAGGUGACACAGCUACAUUUGAGUGCACUGUUGCUGGGACACCAGAGCUGAAACCAAAAUGGUUCAAGGAUGGUGUAGAAUUGUCUUCUGGAAGGAAGUACAAGAUUGCGUUCUCUAAAAUGAUCUCCAGUCUAAAGAUUCUGUCAGCAGAGAGAAGUGACACUGGAGAAUAUUCUUUUGAGGUUAAGAACGAGGUUGGAAAAGAUGACUGCAAAAUGUCUCUCACUGUUCUAGAUAAAAUCAUCCCCCCUACAUUCACACGGAAAUUAAAGGAUACUCACACAAUUGUGGGUAAAAUUGGUGAAAUGGACUGUAAAGUUUCAGGUUCCCCUCCUUUUAUCAUCUCUUGGUAUCAUGAUGGAGAGGAGAUCAGAAGUGGGCCAAACUAUGAAAUUACGUUUAGUGACAACACCUGCACCUUAAAAGUACCCAAUCUUAAGCUGACAGACUCUGGAAUGUACAAAUGCAAAGCUGUAAACCAAGCAGGAGCCAGUGAGACUAGUGCUUCUUUGAUGGUGAAAGAGCCUCCGUCUUUCAUCAUGCUACCACAACCUAUUGAAGCUCUACCGGGCACAAAUGUUGUUUUUUCUGCAACUGUCAAAGGAAGUGCCCCACUUAAACUGAAAUGGUUCCAAGGUAUUAAAGAAAUUGUGUCUGGAAGGGGUUGUGAAAUUGCCUUACGGGGCGAUACGGCAACUCUGGAACUGUACAAAAUCGACAAAUCCCAUGCCGGAGAGUACACCUGUCAGAUCAUUAAUGAUGCUGGGAAGGAGAACUGCACUGUCAACCUGUUUGUGAAAGAACCUGCACACUUUGUGAAGAAACUGAGGGACCAUGCUUUUGAAAAGGGGAAAUUACUGUUGCUUGAAUGCACAUACGCUGGAACCCCAGAAAUACGUGUGAAAUGGCUCAAGGAUGGCCAUGAAAUAUUUUCUUCUUACAAAUACAACAUCACAACCACUGAGACCUCUUGCAUAUUGGAGUGUCUAAGCAGUGACAAAGAUGCUUGUGGAAGAUACUCUUGCGAAGUUUCCAAUGCAGCUGGAAGCGACAUCUGUCAUUCUCAAGUGUCUAUAUUAGAACCACCAUACUUUAUUGAGAAUCUGGAACCAAUGGACGUGACUGUGGGAGAUGCAGUUUGCUUGAAAUGUCAAAUUGGAGGCACACCUGAAAUAAAAGUGUCCUGGUUUAAGGCAGAUGGAAAAGUGAGAUCCAGUGGCAUCUGCAAAAUGGAGUAUACAAAGGGUGUAGCUUGUUUGAAAUUCACUAAAGUUGCCAAAACUGAUACUGGUGAAUACACUUGUAAAGCUGAAAACAGCAUAGGCUCUGCCUCCUCAAGCUGUCGCAUAACAGUGCAAGAUGUCAAAACGCCACCAUCCUUCACAAAGAAAAUAAUGAGUCUCCAGCAGACUGAAGGACAGCCAGUUAUAUUUGAGUGCCGCAUUGCAGGGUCCUCUCCUAUGGAGGUCUCUUGGCUUAAAGAUGGCGAACCUUUGAGAUAUGAUGACGAAUACUCAAUGUCUUUUGAUGAUAACUCUGCUGUCCUAAAAAUUGCCAGAGGUGAAAUGAGACAUUCAGGGGAAUACACGUGUGUUGCUACCAACAGCGUUGGGACAGCUUCUUGUAGAGCUAAGCUCACACUUCAAGAGCCAAGAUAUCCUCCAGUUUUUGAUAGAAAGUUGUUGCCUGUGGAUGUUACAGUUGGAGACAGUGUGGAACUUGAAUGCCACAUGACUGGAUCUUUGCCAAUAAAGGUUACAUGGUCAAAGAAUCAUAAAGAUAUCCGUACAGGGGGAAAUUACAAAAUCUCCUGUGUGGAUAACACCGCACGGUUGACCAUUCUGAAAGCAGAUAAAGCAGACUCUGGCCAGUACUCUUGCCAUGCUAGUAAUGAGGUCGGAAAGGACUCUUGUACCACUGAAGUUUCCGUGAAAGAGCGCAAAAUCCCUCCUACUUUCACCAAAAAGCCUUCAGAAACCAUUGAGGACACAGAGGGCAAGCUGGUGAAGAUGGAAGCACGCGUGUCUGGAUCACAGCCCAUCAGCGUCAGCUGGUACAAAGAUGGACGUGAAAUCUACAGUAAUGACAACUGCGAAAUGUCCUUCAAGAACAACGUGGCAGUGCUGUGUAUCAAGAAGGCUCAGGUCUCUGAUGCUGGAAAAUAUUCCUGCCAGGCUUCCAAUGAAGCUGGAACAGCUUCCUGCCAGGUGUCAGUAGUCAUUACAGAGCAUAAGAUGCCUCCCAAAUUUGAUCAAGCUCUCAAACCUGUGACCAUGAAUGAAGGUGAGAGGCUGCACCUGAGCUGCCAUGUUCGUGGAUCCCCACCACUGAAGAUCCAAUGGAUGAAGGACAGGAAGGAGCUUAAGUCCUCCGAUCAGACCAGGAUUACGUUUGUAGAUGGCACUGCCACUUUGGAAAUCAGCUCUACUUCAAAAGCAGAUGCUGGUGACUAUCUCUGCAAGGCAACCAAUGAUGCUGGAAGUGAAUUCUGCAAGUCCAAAGUGACAGUAAAAGAAAAAGUUCCUGGGGCACCAGCAGCCCCUGCAGCAGCCCCAGGAGCUGCCAAACCUGCCAAGAAAUUGGACAACCUGUUCUUCAUCGAAGAGCCCAAGAGCGUCCAGGUGUCUGAGAAGAGCACUGCAACUUUCAUUGCCAAAGUUGGGGGAGAUCCCAUCCCCAAUGUGAAAUGGAUGAAGGGCAAGUGGAGGCAGAUCACUCAUGGUGGCCGAAUCACUGUUGAGCAGAAAGGACAAGAGGCAAAGCUUGAGAUCAGAGAAGUGACCAAAACUGAUUCUGGACAGUACAGGUGUAUCGCAUCCAACAAGCAUGGAGAGAUUGAAUGCAGCACAGACUUGAAUGUCAGUGAAAAGAAGGAGGUUGCAGCACUUGAGGGAGACUUCAGAGCUAAACUGAAGAAGACACCAUCCAAACAGAAGAGUCCACAGGAGGAAAAAGAAAUUGACAUAGUUGAGCUGCUGAGGAAUGUGGAUCCCAAAGAGUAUGAGAAGUAUGCUCGCAUGUAUGGGAUCACAGACUUCCGUGGACUUCUGCAAGCUAUUGAGUUCCUGAAGAAGGAGAGAGGGGAUGAAACUAGCAGAGUGGAAGUGGAACAUGGAGCAAGGGAAUCAGAUGAGGAUUUGGCCCGGCUUGUGUCUGACUUGCAAAAGAGAAUGGAACAGACAGAGCCUAUAACCCUGAUCAGAGACAUCACCGAUCAAACUACAGUCACAAAUAAAGAUGCAGUGUUUGAAUGUGAGAUCAAGAUCAACUACCCAGAAAUCAGUCUGUCCUGGUACAAGGGAACACAGAAGCUGGAAAGCAAUCAGAAGUAUGAAAUCAGCGUUGUAGGUGACCGCCACAUACUGAAAAUCAAGCGCUGUCAGCCUGGAGACCAGGGAAAUUACCGCAUUGUAUGUGGCCCUCACAUUUCCAGUGCCAAAUUGACAGUUGAACCUGAGGUGGAGGAAUAUCAAAAGGCUGCUGAAAAAAUCCGUUUCACAAAGCACAUCCAGAACAUUGUGGUGAACGAACGACAGUCCGCCACCUUUGAAUGUGAGGUGUCAUUCGACAAUGCUAUUGUCACGUGGUACAAAGACACGUGGGAACUCAAAGAGAGCCCAAAGUACAGCUUUAGAAGUGAGGGCCGACGUCACUUCAUGACCAUCCGCAAUGUCACCUCAGAGGAUGAAGGCGUGUAUUCUGUGAUUGUGCGAUUGGAACCCAGGGGAGAAGUUAAAAGCAGCGCAGAACUUUACCUGUCAGGCAAAGAAAUUGAUUUAGGAAGGGUUCCUUAUGAUUUCCCUGAUUCAUCUAUACAAAGGCCUGAGGUACCAUCUGCAGUUACCUCCAAAUUAGCUGAGUCUCCUGAGUUUGGUUAUUAUGAAGAAAGGACAGAAAUAAGAGAAUUUGAAAGUUGGAGCAUUCAAGAGGAAAGAGUUAAACAAGAAAUAUCUACAAGGGGAGCUCCAAGGGUACCUGUUGAUGAAUCUGUCCAACGAAGCGCUGUAGGAAUGAGAGAGGAAGUGCCGAUUAAAGUUCCCGAAGCUUACGUGAAACCUGAACCUGUGCCCGCCGCCCCAGCCGUGCCAGAGGCACCAGCACCUCCUAAAGUACCUGAAGCCAGGAAGCCUGUGGAAGAAAUGAUCACACCAGUAACUGUGCCUGAACGUAAAGAGCGUCCAGCACCUCAAGAAUAUGAAGAACCCAAGAAGAUUGUUCCUCCACCAGCUCCUACUCCUCCUCCCCCUGCUAAAGAUCAGGUCGCUCCUCCAAAAGAAGAACCUGUACUUAUACCUCACGUGGCUCCUGAGCCCAAACCCCACGUAACACCCGAACCUAAAGAGGCACCUGCCAAGGUGGAACCUGAACCAAAGCCUGCACCCCCAAAGAAAGUUGAGGCACCCCCAAAGAAAGUUGAGGCACCCCCACCCAAAGUUCCUGAGGAACCAGAGAAACCAGAACCACCAAAACCAGCACCACCUAAAAAACCAGAGCCAGCUAAAAAACCAGAGCCAGUGCCUACUGUUCCAAAGGAGGCUGCUCCAGAGAAAGUGCCUGAAGUUAUACAGACAACAGAAGUUGCUGAAAAGGUUUCUGUCACGGUCUAUAAAAAAGAGGAGGUGACUCUUAUCAGAGUGCCAGAAGUCCCCAGGAAGAUGGAAGCUGUUGAACUACCACAGGUUACUGUUCCUAAAAGAGCAGAAGAGGCUCCAGUGGAGGUAGCCCCUCCAAAGAAAGAGGUCACUCCAACAAAAGUACCAGAGGUAAAACCGAUGGAAGUGCCUGUAAAGAAGCCUCCAGUGGUUGUGCCAGAAAAGAAGGAGGAGAUGAUUCCUACCAAAGUGCCGGAGGUAGAAAAGAUCGAAGUGCCUGUAAAGAAGCCCCCAGUGAUUGUACCUAAAAAGGACGAGGUGGUUCCUACCAAAGUACCAGAGGUAAAACCGAUGGAAGUGCCUGUAAAGAAGCCUCCAGUGGUUGUGCCAGAAAAGAAGGAGGAGAUGGUUCCUACCAAAGUGCCCGAAAUAGAAAAGAUUGAAGUGCCUGUAAAGAAGCCCCCAGUGAUUGUACCUAAAAAGGAAGAGAUUGUUCCUACCAAAGUGCCGGAGGUAGAAAAGAUCGAAGUGCCUGUAAAGAAGCCCCCAGUGAUUGUACCUAAAAAGGAAGAGAUUGUUCCUACCAAAGUACCAGAGGUAAAACCGAUGGAAGUGCCUGUAAAGAAGCCUCCAGUGGUUGUGCCAGAAAAGAAGGAGGAGAUGGUUCCUACCAAAGUGCCCGAAAUAGAAAAGAUUGAAGUGCCUGUAAAGAAGCCCCCAGUGAUUGUACCUAAAAAGGAAGAGAUUGUUCCUACCAAAGUGCCGGAGGUAGAACAGAUUGAAGUGCCUGUAAAGAAGCCCCCAGUGAUUGUACCUAAAAAGGAAGAGAUUGUUCCUACCAAAGUGCCCGAAAUAGAAAAGAUUGAAGUGCCUGUAAAGAAGCCCCCAGUGAUUGUACCUAAAAAGGAAGAGAUUGUUCCUACCAAAGUGCCGGAGGUAGAACAGAUUGAAGUGCCUGUAAAGAAGCCCCCAGUGAUUUUACCUAAAAAGGAAGAGAUUGUUCCUACCAAAGUGCCCGAAAUAGAAAAGAUUGAAGUGCCUGUAAAGAAGCCCCCAGUGAUUGUACCUAAAAAGGAAGAGAUUGUUCCUACCAGAGUACCUGAGGUAGAACAGAUGGAAGAGCCGAUAAAGAAGGCCCCAGUGGUUGUGCCUAAAAUAGAGGAGGAGAUGAUUCCUACCAAAGAGCCUGAAGUCACCAAGAAGCCAGAAAAAAUCUUGCCUCCUGGACCUACUCCUAAAGUAGAAGCAGUGCCUCAGAAAAAAGAAACUCCUGCAAUGAAAGCAGAGAAGAAAAUCUCACCUGAGGCACCAACGCCUACCCCUGCUCCUCUUGUGGAAAAAGUGCCUCCUGAAAAAGCACAAGAGGAAAUGAAAAAGGUUCCUGCAAAACCAAAACCAGCCAUCCAAAGGCAAGAACAAGUAAAGGCUCCACCAGUUCAAGAACCAUUAAAGAAGACUGAAGAGGAAAUCAUUACACCCAUCACCAAAAUUAAAGAAGAGGAUAUACCUGGAAAAGUUUCCGUGAAAGUUGAACCAAAAUAUGGCAUUGAAAAAGAGGAAGUGACUUCCAUGUUACCUCCAUCCAAAGAUGAAGCCAAGGGUCCUGUAGAAGCACCUGGAGCAGCUAAGAAAGACAAACCAAGUGCAGCACCUGCUAUUCUUAAACAAAAAGGUAAAAUUCAUAUUGAGGAGGUGGAGACACUUGAAAUGCCAUCAUUGAAAAAAGUGACAAGACUAUCAAAGGAGAUAGAAGAUGAACAGGAAAUGAUAACCCUAAAGAAAGUGUCAAAGGUUUCCUCUGAAGAAUUUGAUGCAAAACCAGAUGUAACUCUUGAGAAAGUUGCAAGAACAGUAACUUAUGAGGCAGAGGAGAGGACUCAUUUUGAAGCUACCACAGAGGUCACAAAAACCAAAAGCUAUGAAGUUGAAGAACAAAUCCAGACAUUUAAGACUGCCAAAAGAGCUGAAAAACUACCCAGAGAUGAAGCCAAGGAAGCUAUAGAACAGGUCCCAUUGAAAAAGCCUAAAGAAGUGCCAGUGAAAGAUGUAAUUGAGGAGCCAAAGAAACCUUUAAAGAAAAUUGACACUGGUGUAAAAGAAACAGAAAAGGUGGGUUUAAAGAAGACUCCCAAGGUGCGUGAAGAGGAAGCGCCUACAGAACCUACUUUAACUCUGAAAAAAGUGACAAAACUCACACCAGAGGUGCUAGACCAAGAAACUGUAAAACUGAAACCAUUUGAUAGACCUGAUAAACCAAUGGUUGAGACAGGAAAAGAGAUAAAGACAGACAAAAUGGAGGGUGAACCUUUGGCUUUCAAGAAAAGUGAGAAACCGCAGAAAGAUGAAGCUGUUAAAAAGCCUGUUAUCGCUCAGAAGAAAACAAUCCCCACAGAUGAAAAGGAGAAAGAAGCUAUAAUCCUGAAACCAAUCGAUAAAACUCCUGAAGAUACCCAGGAACCUGAGAAGACUAUCUCGAAAGUAAAGAGGAUUCCAACACAGGAUCAGGAAAGGGAAAAAGUAGUAUUGAAGCCAUUUUCAAUGGAGGAGCCAGAGAAGGUUAAGAAGACAGAAUCACCUCGUCAACGUGAAGAGAAGCCAUCUCCUCCUAAAGCAGUUCCUGUGAAGAAAGAGAAAGAAAGCCCCAAACAGGAGGAAAAACCAGUGCAGCUUGAGAAGGUGGGACGCUUACCGAAAGAACCUGAGGACAAAGAGAAAGAAAUAUCGCUAAAGCCUGUGGAACUCACUAAACCAGGUCUGGAACCUAAAAAGACUCCUUCACCAAAGGUUGAGAAACCAAAACCAAAAGAAAUUGAAUCAAUUCCUGUGGAGAAAAAACCCAGUGUAGAAAUAGCCAAAAAGCCACCAAAAGUGGUUACUCCCAAAGAGUCUGUUGAAAUAUCACUAAAACCUGUGGAACUCACAAAACCAGGCUUGGAACCUAAAAAGACUCCUUCACCAAAGGUUGAGAAACCAAAACCAAAAGAAAUUGAAUCAAUUCCUGUGGAGAAAAAACCCAGUGUAGAAAUAGCCAAAAAGCCACCAAAAGUGGUUACUCCCAAAGAGUCUGUUGAAAUAUCACUAAAACCUGUGGAACUCACGAAACCAGGCUUGGAACCUAAAAAGACUCCUUCACCGAAGGUUGACAAGCCAAAACCAAAGGAAAUUGAAUCAAUUCCUGUAGAGAGAAAACCCAGUGGAGAAAUCGCCAAAAAGCCAGCCAAAGUGGUUUCUCCCAAAGAGUCUAUUGAAUCCGUCAUCUUAAAAAAGGUUCCAAAGAAAGUACCAUCUCCCGAGGAAAAGGCCGCCCAAGAGGCUCCUCUCAAAAUUGGGAAAGGGAAAGUGCCAAUUAUAAAAGAACUGUCCCCUGAAUCAGUGCAGCUAAAGAAAAUUCCAACCCAACUGGAGGAGGAAGUCUUUGAAGAAGAACCUGAGGUAGAGGAGGAGGAUGAUGGGGAAACUUGGGGAUGGGAACUGGCUCCUCGUGAAAGUUAUGGUUCAUCAGAAGACUGGGAAGAUGCAGCCUCAGAGGAGGGGGCACUUGAGACUCCAGGAAUAAGGGGUGACAGACGAGAGGGAAAACCAAAAGAGGAACCAGGCAAAGGGAGAGGUGGCAUAAAAGCGAGACAAACCCCCUCACCUGGUGAUGCAGACAAGAGGAGAGGCCUGAAGCCUGGUGCUGGAGGUGACAAACCUCCUGCGGAUUCACCAUUUGGAUUCCAGCUCAAGGCUGUCCCACUGAAGUUUGUGAAAGAGCUAAAAGACAUUGUGUUACAGGAAGCUGAGUCCAUUGGCUCCUCAGCUGUUUUUGAAUGUCAGAUCUCACCUUCUACUGCUAUCACCACAUGGAUGAAAGAUGGAAGCAACUUGAGGGAGAGCCCUAAACACAAGUUUACCUCAGAUGGCAAGGACCGUAAGCUGGCAAUUAUUGAUGUCCAGCUGUCAGACACUGGUGAAUACACUUGUGUCGCCAAGCUUGGCAACAAAGAAAAGACCUCAACUGCCAAACUUAUUGUUGAAGAACUGCCUGUGAAAUUCACAAAGACCUUGGAACCAGAGAUGUCAGUGAUCAAGGGACAACCUAUGUACCUGACCUGUGAGUUGAGCAAAGACAGAGAUGUGGUCUGGAAGAAGAACGGUAAGCCUCUUGAGGUGAUUCCAGGCAAGGUGGCUAUCAAUGUCAUUGGACUCCAACGUGCUGUGACCAUCCAGGACUCGGGUGAUGAUGAUGCUGGUGUUUACACAUGCGAAUGUGAAAACAUCAAGACAGAAGGAGAUGUCAAAGUCAUCGAAAUCAUCAGAGACUGGUUGGUGAAACCAUUGAGAGACCAGCAUGUAAAACCCAAGGCCACCGCCACCUUCAAAUGCGAGCUCUUUAAAGAUACUCCCAACUGGAAGUGGUUUAAAGGAGACACAGAGAUUCCCACUGAUCCCACUGAUAAGACUGAAGUCAAGAAGGAUGGAAGGGAUCUCACUCUGGCCAUUAAGAAUGCUGCUCCAGAUGAUGUAGGGGAAUAUGCCGUGGAGGUUGAAGGCCGCAGAUACGCAGCUAAGCUAACUCUUGGAGAGCGUGAAGCUGAGAUCUUGAAGCCUCUCUCCAGUGUGGAGGUCUAUGAGAAACAGAGUGCCAGCUUUGAUACUGAAAUUUCUGAAGAGGACGUUCCUGGUGAAUGGAAACUGAAAGGGCAACUUUUGACAAGAUCACCAACUUGUGAAAUCAAAACAGAGGGCAAGAAGCGCUUCCUCACUCUGAAAAAUCUCCAAGUUGACCAGUCUGGCGAAGUCUCUUACCAAGCCCUGAAUGCUGUUACUAGUGCAGUACUGACAGUGAAAGAGAUUGAAAUGGACUUCACUGUUCCGCUCAAGGAUGUUACUGUGCUCGAAAAGAAGCAGGCUAAAUUUGAGUGUACAAUCACAAGGGAUGUCCCCAAGGUUAUGUGGACAAAGGGAUCUGAAAUCAUAACAUCAGGCAGAAAAUAUGAGAUCAUUGAUGAUGGGAAGAAACACAUGCUGGUCAUCAAUAAUUGUGACUUUGAUGAUGAAGGACAUUACGCUAUUGAAGUAUUAGGCAAAAAGUCAAUAGCCAAACUGACAGUAGAAGGUAUGAGGCUCAAGUUUACCACACCAUUAGAGGACCAAACGGUGAAGGAAGGUAAUACAGCUCAGUUUGAGGUUGAGCUCUCUCAUGAGAAUGUACCGGUGACAUGGUACAGAAAUGAAACAAAAGUCCAUCCAAGCCGAACUGUGCUUACUCAUGUUGAUGGAAAAAAACAUAAAUUAGAAAUCCAGGAUGUGACUCUAGAUGACACUUGCCAAGUUAAGGCAGAGGCUAAAGGAAUAUCCACAGUUGCUAAGCUGAUGGUGAUAGAGGGUGAUGCAUACUUCACGGUUAAGUUGCAAGAUUUUACUGCUGUUGAGAGAGACGAGGUCAUUCUGGAUUGUGAGCUGAGCAAGAGCGUGCCUGUUAAGUGGUACCAUAAUGAGACUGAAAUCAAAGCUUCUAAGAUGGUCACCAUGAAGGCUGAUGGCAAACGGAGAAUCCUGUCCAUUAAGAGAGUGGAAAACAAAGAUAAAGGAAAUUAUGUAUGUGAUUGUGGGACAGACAAGACAAUGGCAAAUAUCAGUAUUGAAGCUCGUGAUAUCAAGGUGGUCCGUCCCUUGUAUGGUGUGGAGCUCUUUGAUGGAGAGACAGCUCGUUUUGAGGUGGAAAUCUCUGAAACUGAUGUCCAUGCCCAGUGGAAGCUGAAGGGAGAAGUCUUGACCCCUUCCCUUGACGUUGAAAUUGUCGAAGAUGGUACCAAGCAUGUCUUGACAUUAUACAACUGCAAGAUUCCCCAGACAGGAGAAGUGUCAUUCCAGGCUGCUAAUGCUAAAUGCGCAGCUAAUCUGAAAGUGAAAGAGCUCCCGCUCACCUUCAUAACUCCUCUGUCUGAUGUACAAGUGUAUGAGAAAGAUGAGGCAAGGUUUGAGUGUGAAGUGUCCCGGGAGGCCAAGAGCUUCCGUUGGCUGAAAGGAACCCAGGAGGUGAAGGAUGAUGAGAAGUUUAAAAUUCUUCAUGAAGGAAAGAGGCACACUCUGGUGGUAAAGUCUGCUGCCUAUGAGGAUGAAGCCAAAUAUAUGUUUGAGGCUGAGGACAAGAGAACCACUGGCAAAUUGAUCAUCCAAGGAAUUCGCCUUGAGUUUAUCAAACCCAUCAAAGAUGUCACAGUCAAAGAGCGUGAGACGGCAGAGUUCAGUAUUGAACUUUCUCAUGAGAAGGUCCCAGUCACCUGGUAUAAAAACGAUGUGCGUCUGCACCCCAGCAAAGUGGUGCACAUGUCAGAGGACGGCAAGGUCCACACCCUGGCCUUCAAAGAGGUAUCCAUUGAUGACACUUCCCUCAUUAAGGUGGAGGCACUCGGAAAAAGCUCAGAGGCUAUGCUCACCGUUCUUGAGGGAGAGCCCUACUUCAUCACUAAAUUGCAGGAUUACACAGCUGUAGAGAAGGAUGAGGUGGUGCUGGUGUGUGAACUGAGCAAGCCUGCCGCUGAGGUGAAAUGGUUCAAGGAUGGCAAGGAGAUCACCCCCUCCAAGAACGUCAUCAUCAAAGCUGAGGGAAAGAAGCGCAUUCUGACUGUGAAGAAGGCAGAGAAGGGCAACAUCGGCGAAUACACUUGCGACUGCGGUUCAGACAAGACCACUGCUAAACUCAACAUAGAGGACCGUGAUAUCAAGAUUGUCCGUCCUCUGUACAGCGUAGAAGUGACAGAGACUGAGACUGCUCGCUUUGAGACAGAGAUCUCAGAGGAAGAUGUCCAUGGUCACUGGAAGCUCAAAGGAGAGGCCCUUCACCAGUCUCCUGACUGUGAGAAAAAGGAAGAAGGCACCAAGCACAUGCUUAUCCUGUACAAUGUGCGCAUGGACCAGGCUGGUACUGUAGACUUCCAGGCUGCAAAUGCUAAAUCCAGUGCUCAGCUCAGAGUUAAAGCACGGGUGAUUGGCCUCCUACGGCCCCUCAAGGAUGUUACAGUUACUGCCGGGGAGACUGCCACCUUUGACUGCGAACUCUCCUAUGAAGGAAUCAAAGUGGAAUGGUUCCUUGGGAGCACUAAGCUGGAGCCAAGUGACAGAAUUGUCACUCGUGCAGAAGGCAGAACUCACACAAUGACUCUCAGGGACGUGAAGAUGUCGGAGGCUGGAGAAGUAAAACUGACAGCUAAAGACUUCAUGACCAAGGCCAAGCUCAUUGUAAAAGAGCCACCAGUUGAGUUCACCAAACCCCUGGAGGAUCAGACCGUUGAGGAGGAGGCCACUGCCACUAUGGAGUGUGAAGUGUCCAGAGAAAAUGCUGAAGUUAGGUGGUUCAGAGAAGGACAGGAGAUCCGCAAGACUAAGAAGUAUGACAUGGUGGCUGAUGGCCGAAAGAGAAGACUCAUCAUUCACAGCUGUACACCUGAUGAUUCAAAGACAUACACUUGUGAUGCCAAAGAUUUCAAGACUUCUGCCUUCCUCAGUGUUGAGCCUCCACAUGUUGAGUUCACUAAGCCACUCCAUGAUGUUGAGGUCAAAGAGAAGGAAUCUGCCAAAUUUGAAUGUGAAGUUUCUCGUGAAAGUGCAAAGGUGCGAUGGUUCAAGGAUGGCAGUGAAAUCAGAAAGGGCAAGAAGUAUGAGAUCAUUGCGAAGGGUGUCCAACGCAUUCUUAUUAUCAACAAGUCAGUCUUUGAUGAUGAGGCUGAAUAUGAAUGUGACGCAAGGACCGCCAAAACCUCUGGCAUGCUUACUGUCAUUGAGGAGGAGGCUGUAUUCACAAAGAAUCUGUCCAAUGUGGAGGGUACCGAAACAGACAGCAUUAAGAUGAUUUGUGAGGUUUCAAAGCCCAGUGCAGAGGUCACAUGGUACAAGGGUGACCAGGAGCUGCCUGAGGGUGGCAGAUAUGAACAACGCAUGGAUGGCAAAAAGAGGAUACUCAUCAUCCAGGACCUUCGCAUGGAUGAUGGUGGGGAGUAUAACUGCAGGCUGCCCAGCUCAAGAACCUCAGCAACACUGAGAAUUAAUGAACUGGCAGCUGAGUUUAUUUCCAGGCCUCAGAGCCAAGAAGUUGUUGAGGGUGAAAAGGCAGAAUUUGUCUGUUCAGUCUCCAAGGACACAUAUGAAGUCAAAUGGCUCAAGGAUGACAAGCAGCUUGAAGCUGGUGACAAGUAUGACAUCAUCUCUGAUGGCAAGAGAAGAGUACUUGUUGUCAAAAACUGUGAGCUAAAGGAUGAGGGAGGCUAUGUUGCCCUCAUUGGCUCCACCAGGGCCACAGCGGACUUGACUGUGAUCGAAAAACUCAGGAUCAUCAUACCCAUCAAAGACACACAGGGAAAGGAAGGUGAUGAGUCUGUCUUCAACUGUGAGGCGAACACUGAACAUGCUAAGGCCAAGUGGCUGAAAAAUGAUGAGACACUGUUUGAAAGCAGCAAGUUCAUUAUGGUCCAGAAAGACACUGUGUUCUCUUUGAGGAUCAAAGACACUCAGACGUCAGAUGAAGCAAAUUACACAAUUUUGCUUACAAACCAUCGUGGUGAACAAGCCAAGAGCUCAGCUAAACUCAGUGUACAGGAGGAAGGUCUGAGGAUCAUUGAGCCUCUUGAAGAUUGCGAUACUCAGGAAAAGAAGAUUGUAACCUUCUCUUGCAAAGUGAACAAGCCCAAUGUGAGAGUCAAAUGGAUGAGGGGAGGACAGGAGAUCUCCUUCGACAGGCGAGUCCAGUACAGAGUGGACAAGAACAAGCAUACGCUGACUAUCAAGGACUGCAGCCUUGCGGAUGAGGGCGAGUACACUGUCAUUGCUGGCACCGACAAGUCCACAGCUGAGCUGAUCAUUAGCGAGGCACCCACCGAUUUCACCUCCCAUCUCCAAGACCAGACUGUCACUGAGUUUGAGGAUGCUGAGUUCACCUGUGAGCUCUCCAAAGAGAAGGCUGAUGUCAAAUGGUAUAGGAACGGCCGUGAGAUCAGAGAAGGACCAAGAUACCAGUUUGAAAAAGAUGGCAAGACAUGCAGACUGCUCAUUAGGGAGUGCAGACCAGAUGAUGAAUGUGAAUACGCCUGUGGUGUGGAUGAGAGGCGCUCAAGGGCCAGGCUCUUUGUUGAAGAGACACCAGUUGAGAUUGUCAGACCCCACAAGGAUGUAUUUGAGCCCCCUGGUUCAGAUGUUGUAUUCGAGGUCGAGCUGAACAAAGACAGAGUUGAGGUCAAAUGGCUGAGGAACAACAUGAUCAUUAUCCAGGGUGACAAGUACCAGAUGAUGAGUGAGGGCAAAGUUCACAGGCUUCAGGUCUGUGAAAUCCGGCCUCGUGACCAGGGCGAGUACAGAAUCAUUGCUAAGGACAAGGAUGCCAGAGCUAAGCUGGAACUGGCAGCUGUGCCGAAGAUCAAGACCACAGAUCAGAACCUGGUGACGGAUGCUGGAAAGCCCUUGACCAUGAUGGUUCCCUUUGAUGCUUACCCACAAGCUGAGGCUGAGUGGUUUUAUAAUGACGUCAGCCUGCCAAAGAAGAAUACUGACACAUCUACUGACAGAACUGACUACAGGCUGAAGGACCCUAAGAAGUCCGAUCAGGGCCGAUACAAGAUUGUCAUUAAGAACAAACAUGGAAAGGGAGAGGCAUUCAUCAACCUUGAUGUUAUCGAUGUUCCUGGGCCUGUGAAGAACCUGAAUGUUGUGGACACAGCUGAUGGUGAGGUCAGUCUUGCCUGGGACGAGCCCGAGAGUGAUGGUGGCAGCAAGAUCAUCGCCUAUGUGGUGGAGAGACGUGAUGUGAAGCGCAAGACCUGGACCCUAGCCACUGACCGUGUUGAAGGCCCAGAGUACUGCGUGACCGGGCUGCAGAAGGACUCUCUGUACCUCUUCCGUGUCUGUGCUCGCAACAGAGUGGGCAGCGGACCGAAUGUGGAGACAGACAAACCUGUCCAAGCCAAGAACAAGUUUGAUGUUCCUGAUGCACCACAGAAUGUACUGGUUGGAAACGUGAAUAAGUUUGGUGCCACUGUCACCUGGGAACCUCCACUGUAUGAUGGUGGAUCUGAAAUUACUGCUUACAUCAUUGAGCUUCGAGACAGGACCUCUAUAAAGUGGGAGGCAGCUCUAGUUACCAAACCUGAGGACCGCAAAGCCAUCAUCAAUGAAGUAUUGGAGAACAAGGAGUACAUUUUCCGUGUCAGAGCUGAAAACAAGGCUGGAAUUGGCAAGCCAAGCAUGGCCACCGAUCCAGUGAAGAUCAUGGACCCCAUUGAGAGGCCAAGCCCACCACUGAAUUUCAACUACUCUGACCAGACCAGGGACUCAGUUCAGCUGACAUGGGACACACCCUUGAGCAAUGGGGGUAGUAUGAUCACAGGUUAUAUAAUUGAAAAGUGUGAGGAUGGAACGGACAAGUGGCUUCGGUGCAACGCCAGGCUCUGCCAGGACCUUUGCUACACGGUGUAUGGCCUGAAACAUGGUCAGAAGUACCAUUACAAGGUGUUUGCUGAGAAUGCAGCAGGAGUUUCAGAUCCAGCUGACAAGAUUGGACCUCUCAUGGCAGAUGAUCCACACUUUGCUCCUACUAUGGAUCUCAGUGCAUUCAGGGAUGGCCUAGAGGUCAUUGUCCCUCAUCCCCUCUCAAUUCGCAUCCCCAUUACUGGAUACCCCCUACCCACUGCCAAGUGGAGUAUGGGAGACAAGGUGUUGGAAAGUGGAGACCGUGUGUCCAUGGCAACAAAGGCACACUUCACAGAGCUGGUUAUCGCUCCCAGUGUGCGCCCAGACAAAGGGGUUUACACAGUCCAGCUGGAGAACGAUGUCACCUCAAUCUCCGGAGAGAUUAAUGUGAAUGUCAUUGCAUGUCCAAGUGCACCUAGAGACUUCAAGGUUGCAGAGGUCACAAGAAAGCAUGUUCAUCUUAUGUGGGAGGCGCCAGAACAUGAUGGUGGAAGCCCACUGACUGGCUACCAGAUUGAAAAGCGUGAAGUGUCCCGCAAGACCUGGGUCAAGGUUAUUACUGGUGUACAAGAUCAGGAGUACACUGUCACAGAUGUCAUUGAGGGCAAAGAGUACCUGUUCAGAGUGAUCGCAUGCAACAAGUGUGGGCCAGGAGAGCCCGCCUACAUUGAUGAACCAGUCAAUGUGUCCUCCCCAGCCACUGUACCAGACCCACCUGAGAAUCUGAAAUGGAGGGACAAGUCUGCCAAUGGAAUCUUCUUAUCUUGGGAGCCACCAAAGUAUGAUGGUGGCACGCCAUUAAAGGGUUACCUCGUUGACAAGUGCCAGCGUGGCAGUGACAAAUGGGAGCCCUGUGGAGAGCCUGUGCAAGAUCUCAAAUUCCAGGUAACAGGUCUCACUGAGGGCCAGUGGUAUGCCUACCGUGUGAGAGCCAUGAACAGGCUGGGCGCAAGCAGACCUUGCAAGGCGACAGACGAGAUCCUGGCUGUGGAUCCAAAAGAGGCUCCAGAAAUUCUACUGGAUGUGAAACUGCUCGCUGGCUUAACUGCCAAGGCAGGGACCAAGAUCGAAUUGCCCGCCAGUGUAAUGGGAAAACCAGAGCCCAAAAUAACGUGGACCAAGGCUGACCUUGUCCUCAAAGCAGAUGACAGAGUCUCCAUUGAGGCCAAGCCUGGUCACUCCACAGUGUUUAUUGCCAACACCAGGAGGGAUGACUCCGCUACCUACAUCAUUGAGGCUGUUAACAGCAGCGGCCGAGCCACAGCAACAGUGGAUGUUAACAUUCUUGAUAAGCCUGGCCCACCAGCUGCUUUUGAUAUCUCUGAUAUCACCAAUGAAUCCUGUUUCCUGGCCUGGAAUCCUCCAAGAGAUGAUGGUGGUUCAAAAGUAACCAAUUACAUUGUGGAGAGGAGGGCCACCAAGAGUGAAGUCUGGCACAAACUCUCAUCUACUGUGAAGCAGACCACCUACAAGGCCUGCAACCUGGAAGCUCUGAAAGAAUACAUCUUUAGGGUGUUUGCUGAGAACCAGUAUGGCAUCGGUCCUGCUGCAGAACAUGUGCCAAUUGUCGCCAAAUACUCAUUUGAUCCUCCCGGUGCUCCAACAAGACUGCAGCCCUCAGAUGUCGCCAAGGAUUCACUGACUCUGACUUGGUACGAGCCAGAAGAGGAUGGUGGUAGCCCUAUUACUGGGUACUGGAUUGAGAGGUUAGACCCAGAAACUGAUAAAUGGAUCAGGUGCAACAAGCUGCCUAUCACAGACAUCACAUUCAGAGUUAAAGGACUUCCAACAAAGAAGAAGUUCAAAUUCCGUGUCUUGGCUGAGAAUCUUGCUGGACCUGGAAAACCAAGCAAGGAGACAGACCAGAUUUUGAUAAAGGAUCCAAUUGAUCCUCCUUGGCCUCCUGGCAAACCUCUUGUCAAAGAUGUGGCUAAGACCUCUGCUUUCUUGCAAUGGACUAAGCCUGAGCACGAUGGUGGGGCAAAGAUUGAGUCGUACAUCAUUGAGCUGCUCAAGAGUGGAACAGAUGAAUGGGUGCGUGUGGCCGAGGGUGUGCCCAUGCUGGAGCACUUCCUGAAGGGACUCAUGGAGAAGCAAGAGUACUCUUUCCGGGUCAGAGCAGUCAACGCUGCUGGAGAGAGCGAACCCAGCGACCCCAGCGACCCUGUGCUCUGCAAAGAGAGACUCAAUCCUCCUUCACCACCACGCUGGCUCACCGUUGUUAGCAUUAGCAAGAACAAUGCUGAGCUGAAGUGGGCAGCCCCUGAGAGAGACGGUGGCUCCCCUGUCACACACUACAUUGUGGAGAAGAGAGAUGUGAGGCGCAAGGGCUGGCAAGCAGUGGACACCACUGUGAAGGAGCUGAAAUAUGUUGUCACCCCACUGAAUGAGGGCUCUCUGUACGUGUUCCGUGUGGCUGCUGAGAACGCUGUUGGACAGAGUGAUUUCUGCGAGUUGGCGGACUCUGUCCUGGCCAAAGACACUUUCACUACUCCUGGACCACCAUAUGCUGUGACUGUGGAGGAGGUGACAAAGACACACGUUGACCUGAAAUGGGAAGCUCCUAAGAAUGAUGGGGGGAGACCUAUCACAAGAUAUGUUAUUGAGAAGAAAGAGAAGCUGGGAACCCGCUGGGUGAAGGCAGGAAAGACAUCAGGACCUGACUGCAAGUACAGAGUGACAGAUGUCAUUGAAGGAACUGAGGUUCAGUUCCAGAUUUUGGCUGAGAAUGAAGCCGGUGUUGGACACCCAAGUGAACCCACAGAUAUCCUGACAAUUGAAGAUCCAACAAGUCCUCCAUCUCCUCCUCUGGAGCUACACGUUACAGGUGCCAAUAGGGACCACAUUGCCAUUGCAUGGAAACCACCAGAGAAGACUGGUGGCAGCCCCAUCAUCGGCUACCACAUUGAACUCUGUGAAGCCGGCACUGAAAAGUGGAUGAGAGUCAACUCCCGUCCUGUUAAAGAACUCAAAUACAAAGCAGAAGAAGGCAUCAUUCCAGAGAAAGAGUACAUCAUGAGAGUUCGCGCAGUGAAUGCCGUUGGUGUCAGUGAACCCUCAGAGAUCUCCGAGAAUGUCUUUGCAAAAGACUCUGACUGCAACCCUACCCUUGAGGUACAGAGCCAGGACAUAGUCGUAGUGGAGGGUGAGAAGAUGCAUGUUCCUCUCCCGUUCAGAGCUGUGCCACAACCGAAGGUGUCCUGGCACAAAGAUGGAAAGGAGCUGAAGGCUGACAACAGAGUCAGCUUCAGGACAGAAUACACUGCUACUCACUUGGAGAUUACAAGCUCUUUGCAUGCCGAUGCCGGCAUGUAUUCCGUCACCCUGGAGAACAAGCUUGGAACUACAACCGGAACAAUCAAUGUUAAAGUUAUCGGGUUACCUGGACCAUGCAAGGACAUCUCUGCCAGUGACAUCACUAAGAAUGGCUGCAAGAUCUCAUGGGAACCUCCAGAGAGUGAUGGAGGAAGCCCCAUUCUGCACUAUGUUCUGCAGCGUAGAGAGGCAGGCAGGAGAACUUACGUUGCUGUGAUGUCAGGAGAGAACAAACUUACCUGGCCUGUCAAAGACCUUAUCCCCAACGGAGAGUAUUACUUCCGUGUCAAGGCCGUCAACAAGAUCGGUGGUGGGGAGUUCAUUGAACUCCGCAAUCCUGUGAUUGCAGAAGAUCAGAAGCACUGCCCAGAUCCACCUGUUGAUGUAGAAACACACAAUCCUGGGGCCGAGUCUGUAACUCUGACAUGGAAGCCCCCCAUGUAUGACGGUGGCAGCAAGAUCAUGGGCUACAUUCUCGAGAAGAUGGUGAAGGGUGGUGACAAGUUUGAGAGAUGCAAUGACUUCCUAGUGCCUGUUUUGUCAUACACUGUAAAGGGCUUGACAGAGGGCAAGGAAUACCAAUUCCGCGUGCGUGCUGAGAAUGCUGCAGGAGUCAGUGACCCCUCACGAAGCACACCAAUGGUCAAGGCUGCUGAUGCUGUUGAGCGACCCAAGGUAUUCCUCAGCGGAAGCCUGCAAUCUGGCUUGUCCGUCAAGAGAGGCACAGAGAUUAGACUGGAUGCCUACAUCUCCGGGUCUCCAUACCCAACCGUGACAUGGCUCAAGAAUGAUGUGACCAUUAGGCCAGAGCGAAUGAAGAAGAGACCAGAAAAGCCCAUUGUGAGGAAAAAGAAGGAGAAGGAAAAGGAAGACAUCAAGGAUAAGGAUCAAGAGAAGGAUAAGGAGAAGGAAGUUCCUCCAGAGCCUGAGGAGCCCUCCUACCCAUCUCUCCAAGAACGGCUCACCAUUGAUAAUCAAACAAAGGGAGAAUCCACUGCAGUAGUGCAGGACUCGUACAGAAGUGAUCAUGGAGUUUUCACAAUUAGGGUGGAGAAUGAUCAUGGAAUCGCCAGCGCGUCCUGUGAAGUCAAUGUGCUUGAUGUGCCUGGACCUCCAGUUAAUUUUGUGUUUGACGAAGUCAGGAGUAACUCUGUCAUCUGCAAAUGGGAGCCACCUGUAGAUGAUGGCGGCAGUGAAAUCUUGAACUACAUCCUGGAGAAAAAAGACAAUUCAAAGGAGGAAAUUGGAUGGGUUAAUGUGACCUCUACACUCAGAGGGUGCAAAUACCCUGUGACGAAGCUAAUUGAAGGAAAGGAGUACAUCUUCCGUGUCAUAGCUGAGAACAAAUUUGGUCCCGGAGUCCCAUGUGUAUCAAAGCCAGUUGUGGCUAAGAAUCCUUUUGAUCCACCUGAGGCACCCGACAAGCCAGAAAUUGAGGACAUCACUGCCAACAGCAUGGUUAUUACUUGGAAUGAACCAAAAGACAACGGCAGCCCUAUCUUGGGCUACUGGAUAGAGAGACGAGAAAUCAACAGCACACACUGGGCCAGAGUGAACCGAAGCCUAGUCAAUGCACUAGAAGUUAAGGCUGAAGGUCUGAUAGAAGGCUUGACCUACAUCUUCAGAGUCUGUGCUGAGAACCUAGCCGGGCCUGGAAAGUUCAGCAUCCCCUCUGAUCCCAAGACUGCGCAAGAACCAAUCUUGCCACCUGGUCCACCUAUUCCGAGGAUUGCUGAUACUACUCAGAUAUCCAUUGAGGUGGAAUGGGAGCCACCUCGUUACAAUGGUGGAGGAGAUAUAAUGGGAUACCAUGUUGACAAAGCACUGGCAGGAACAAAUGACUGGUCCCGGUUCACAGAGAGACCGUGUAAAGAACUCAAGAUGACUGUGUUCGGAGUCAGGGAGGGCGGAAAGUAUGUCGUCCGUGUGAUAGCUGUCAAUGCCGCGGGUGAAGGACCCCCAGGACUGACUGAUCCAGUUAUAGUCAGAGAUCCUAAAGUGCCUCCUGUUGUUGAGCUUGACAUCUCUGUGAGGAACGGGGUCACUAUUAGGGCUGGGGAGACAUUGAGGUUGCCUGCCGUUGUGACUGGUAGACCUCCACCAUAUGUGGUGUGGACCAAAGAUGAUGGUAAACCUGAGAAGGACCGUGUUGUCAUUGAAGAGGUUGGAAAGGAAAGCAUUCUUUCUGUUCCAAAUAUCACAAGAAAGGAUCAUGGCAAAUACCAGAUCACUGCAAAGAACAGCAGUGGCGCUAAAUCUGCUUGGACCAGAGUUGAAGUCAUGGAUGUUCCUGGGCCUGUGCUUGAUUUGAAGCCCGUUGUUGUCACAAGGAAGUUGAUGAUGCUGAACUGGUCUGAUCCUGAAGAUGAUGGUGGAAGUGAUCUCACUGGUUUCAUCAUUGAACGAAAGGAUGCAAAGAUGCAUACAUGGAGGCAGCCUAUAGAGACCCCUGCCUCUAAAUGUGAAAUUGUAGGUAUCCUUGAAGGACAGGAAUACACGUUCCGUGUCAUAGCGAAGAACAAGUAUGGAUGUGGUCCUGCAGUUGAGCUGGGCCCUAUUCUUGCUGUGGAUCCAAAAGGUCCACCAACUGCCCCAGAGAGAUUCCACUACACUGAGAGGACCAAGACAAAUGUAACUCUUUCCUGGAAGCCACCCCGUAGUGAUGGAGGCAGUCCCAUUCGUGGUUACUUUGUUGAGAAGAAAAGACAAGACGCAGCAGCAUUUGAGCUUGCCAACAAGGAGAUCUGCCCAGAUCUCACUAUGACAGUGGAGAAUCUUUCUGAACUUCAUAUGUAUGAAUUCCGUGUGAAGGCGGUAAAUGAGAUCGGAGAGAGUGAUCCUUCAAUCCCAUUGAAUGUUGUCAUUCAAGAUGAUGAAGUUGCCCCAACUGUGACAAUGCUGAAGCACUUCACGGCAGACACCAUCACCAUCAAGAGGGGAGAGCCCAUUGAAAUCCCUGCUGAGGUUACAGGUCUCCCACUGCCUAAGAUUGAAUGGUCUAAGGAUGAAGUUGUUAUUGACAAGCCACCCAAAUCAAUUGUGAUCAAGAAAGAAGAGCUGGAGAGAACAAAAGCCAAAACUAGCUUUGCAAUUCCUGAAACUGUCAGACAAGACAAAGGCCUAUAUACAGUUACCGCCUCAAACCGGCUCGGAUCAGCACAUCACUCAGUCAGAGUGGAGGUGUUAGAUCGUCCAACGCCACCACGAAACGUUGUGAUUUCAAACAUCAAAGCUGAAUCUUGUUAUCUGACUUGGGAUGUCCCAGAAGAUAAUGGAGGUAGUGAGAUCACAAAUUACAUUGUUGACAAGCGAGAUGGAAGUGACGAGAAGUCUGAAUGGACGGAAGUUAACAACAGUGUAAUUGAUCGGCGAUUGGGGGUAUGGAACCUGGAAACUAAAAGCAAAUACCAGUUCAGAGUCAGAGCUGAGAACAGGUAUGGAGUCAGUGACAACUGCGAAUCAGAAAUCGUCUUCAUCAAGGAUCCUUUCGGCCUCCCCGGUCCACCAGAGAAGCCUGUGGUCAAGGAGUACAACAAAGACUCCAUGCUGGUGACUUGGGAGCCUCCUCUUGACAAUGGCGGAUCCCUCAUUACAGGUUACUGGCUUGAGAAGAAGGAGAAAGGAUCUAACUACUGGGCUCGGGUGAACAGGACUGCUAUCUCAAAACGUGGUUUGAAGGGCUGGGAAUUCAGUGUCCCCCGUCUUUUUGAGGGUGUUGAAUACCAAUUCCGCGUCAUGGCCAACAAUGCAGCUGGCAUUGGACCCCCAAGUGAACCAUCCGAUCCUGCACUUGCUAUCGAGCCUCUCCUUCCUCCUGGUAUGCCAUCAACCCCUGAAAUAAAAGACACCACCAAGCACAGUGUCACCCUCGGCUGGAAUCCACCAGAGAAAGAUGGUGGCAGCCCCAUUAAAGGCUACAUCAUUGAAAUUCAGGAUGAGGGCACAUCUGAAUGGAAGAGAGUAAAUGAUGCAGACAAUCUGCACCCUACCACGGAAUUCACCGUCCCAAAUCUCCAAGAGCUAAAAAAGUUCAGGUUCAGAGUAAUUGCGGUCAACGACAUCGGCGAAUCUGAGCCAAGUCCUAGAACUGUUGAUGUGCUUGUCAAGGACCUUCAAGUGGAGCCAAGCAUCUCUGUGGAGAUUACUGCUCUGGAAUUGCAAUCGUGUAGAGCUGGAUCCACACUUAAAAUCCCUGCAGUCAUACAUGGACGUCCUACACCAAAGGUUACAUGGGAGUUUUCAGGAGGGGCAAAGACUGAAAAGAAAGAUCGUGUUCAUGUCCUCCCAGUGGAUUCACAGGUUGAAUCUACUGAUACAACAUCAACUGUCACCAUCCCUGUGUGCAAAAGAAACCAUGCUGGCAGAUAUACCAUCACAGCCAAAAACAAAGCUGGACAGAAGCUGGUGAAUUGCAUAGUCAAUGUACUUGAUGUGCCAGGACCUCCAAAAGAGCUAAAAGUCACUGACGUUACAAGAAGCACAUGCAGACUUAUAUGGAAGCUUCCUGACAAUGAUGGUGGCGAGAGAAUCAAGAGUUACUUUAUUGAGAAGAAGGCUGUUUCUGGAAAGGCAUGGACAAAGGUUAACCCAGCUUGUGCCAGUCAAGCAUUUGUUGUCCCUGAUCUCCUUGAGGGACAGGAGUACCUAUUCCGUGUCCGUGCAGAGAAUCGCUUGGGCAUGGGACCACCUGCUGAGACCACAGACCCCAUAAAGGCUAGAGAUCCAAUCUUCCCCCCUGAUCCUCCCACACGGGUCAAGGUCAAUCUUGUGACUAAGGAUACAGUGACACUGUCAUGGGUACCUCCCAAGAACAAUGGCGGUGCUCCUGUCACGCACUACAUUGUUGAGCGUUUGAGCUGGGACACCAGUGGAACGGAGAAGGAGACCUGGAAACAGUGCAAUAAGCGUGAUGUUGAGGAGACCACCUUCAAGGUUGAGGACCUUAAAGAGGGCGGCGAAUAUGAGUUCCGUGUCAAGGCUGUAAAUGAGGCUGGAGCAAGCAGGCCAUCUGCUACUGCUGGACCAAUUGUUGUCAAAGACCAGACAUGUGCUCCUACAAUUGAGCUCAAAGAAUUCCUGGAAGGAGAGGAGGGAACUGACAUCAACAUUAUUGCCAAGAUCAAGGGCUGUCCAUUCCCUACCCUAGCUUGGCAGAAGGCUUCAAUUGACAAAGCUGAUGUCAAGGCUGAUGUUCAGUAUGAUCAACAUGUCAACAAGCUUGUGUCUGAUGAUCGCUGCACACUCCUGAUUCAACAGUGCAAGAGAGACGAUACUGGCUUAUACACAAUCACAGCUGCGAACAGCCUUGGCAAGGCCUCCAAAGAUAUCAAACUUAUUAUUCUAGGACGUCCAGGGCCACCUGUUGGACCCAUUAAGUUUGAAGAAAUCUUUGCUGAGAGAAUUACUCUGUCAUGGCAACCUCCUAAAGAUGAUGGUGGUUCAAAGAUCACAAAUUACGUUAUUGAGAAGCGUGAGGACAACAGAAAGUCGUGGGUUCAUGUCUCUGAUGCCCCCAAAGAGUGCCUGUAUACGGUACAAAGACUGACAGAGGGCCAUGACUAUGAGUUCCGUGUAAGGGCUCAAAAUAAAUAUGGAGUUGGACCCCCUCUCAACAGUGAACCUGAGAAAGCCAGGAAUCUCUUCACUGUCCCUGGACAAUGUAACAAGCCGACUGUCACAGACGUGACCCUUGAUUCCAUGAUAGUCAACUGGGACGAGCCAGAAUAUGAUGGUGGAUCUAUGGUCACUGGAUAUUGGCUAGAGCGCAAAGAGACAACAUCCAAGCGCUGGACUAGAGUGACCCGUGACCCCAUCAGAAUUAUGCCACUUGGAGUGUCCCACACCGUGACUGGUCUCAUUGAGGGAUCUCAAUACCAGUUCCGUGUGAUAGCCAUCAACGCCGCAGGAUGUGGGCUUCCAAGCUUACCCUCAGAUCCUGUUCUUGCCAGAGACCCCAUUGCACCCCCUGGACCUCCUACCCCCAAAGUAACUGACUGGACUAAGUCAACUGUUGAUCUCGAAUGGAUUCCACCACUGAAUGAUGGUGGAUCAAAGAUCCUUGGAUAUUUUGUUGAAUACAAAGAAGAGGGCAAAGAAGAAUGGGAAAAAGCUAAAGAUAAGGAAAUACGAGGCACCAAAUUUGUGGUUGCGGGACUGAAAGAGCUUGGACUUUACAGGUUUAGAGUGAGAGCAGUAAAUGCUGCAGGUGUAGGUGAACCUGGAGAUGUCUCUGAAGUGAUUGAAGUCAAAGACAGGACAAUUGCCCCCGAGGUGGACCUGGACGCCAGUGUGAAGGAGAAGAUUGUUGUUCAUGCUGGAGGUGUGAUCCGCAUCCUGGCCUAUGUGUCAGGCAAGCCCGCACCUCAGGUCACAUGGAACAGAGACGAUGGCCCUGUUCCUGCGGAAGCUGUGGUCGAGACCACUGCCAUCAGCUCUGCUCUAGUGAUCAAGAAAUGUGUGCGCAAACACCAAGGCAUUUACACCCUCUCUGUUAAGAACGAAGGAGGUGAAAGAAAGAAGGCCGUCAUUGUUGAAGUGUUAGAUGUUCCUGGUCCAGUCGGGACACCUUUUGCAGGUGAAAACCUGACUAAUGACUCAUGCAAGUUGACCUGGUACUCUCCAGAAGAUGACGGUGGAUCAGCCAUCACUAACUACAUCAUUGAGAAACGCGAAUCUGAUCGCAGGGGCUGGACUGCAGUCUCUUACACAGUCACCAGACACAAUGCUGUUGUGCAGGGUCUGAUUGACGGAAAGUCCUAUUUCUUCAGAAUUGCUGCUGAAAAUAUCAUUGGAAUGGGUCCAUUCAUUGAAACCACUGCUCAAGUGACUAUCAAGGAUCCCAUCUCUGUCCCUGAGCGGCCAGAGGAUCUUGAAGUCACAUCCGUCACAAAGGAUUCAAUCAGCGUGACUUGGAGACCGCCCAAGUAUGAUGGAGGCUCUGAAGUUACUGCCUAUGUACUGGAGGCACGUCAGAUGGGGAAAGACACUUUUACCCCGGUCUCAAAAGAGAAGCUGAUGGAGAGAAAAUACACUCAUACUGGUCUUAAAGAGGGUCUUUCUUAUGAAUUCCGUGUUAGCGCUGUGAAUGCAGUUGGUCAAGGCAAGCCUUCCUUCUCCACUAAACCAGUCGCUUGCAAGGAUGAGCUCGAACCCCCAAAAGUUGAUCUGGAAUUCCGUGACAAGCUUAUUGUGCGCGUUGGUGAGACCUGCAAUCUCCAAGGACGCUUCACUGGAAAGCCGGCACCAACCAUUUCAUGGACUAAGAAUGAUGAAGAGCUGAAAGCAGAUGACCGCAUCUCAUUCAAAAAUACCCAUAAAACAUUGUGCUUGAGCAUUGAUAAGGCUAAGCGUGAGGACAGUGGCUUAUAUCGUGUGCUUGUGGAGAACAGCGUUGGCUCACGUAAAGGCAUGUGCAACGUGGUCGUUGUUGACCGCCCUGCACCACCAGAGGGCCCAGUUGUCUUUGAUGAGGUUUUCAGAAAUCAUAUGGUAGUUUCCUGGAAGCCUCCUCUUGAUGAUGGUGGAUCUCCAGUUUCUAACUACAUCAUUGAGAAGAGAGAUACAAAUAGGGAUCUUUGGAUGCCUGUAACAUCUUCUUGUACAAGGACGACAUGCAGAGUGCCCAAACUCAUUGAGGGAAGAGAGUACAUCAUAAGAAUCUGUGCUCAAAACAUAUAUGGUAUCAGUAACCCACUGCUGUCUGCAGAGACAAAAGCCAAAGACAUCUUCAGAGUGCCUGAAGCACCUAAGCAGCCUGUAGUGAAGGAGAUAUACAAAGAUACAGCACUCCUGACCUGGCUACAGCCUCGUGAUGGUGGCAAGCCCAUCACUAACUACAUUGUAGAGAAGAAGGAGACCAUGUCAAACACUUGGUCACGUGCUGGAAGGGAACGCAUUUUCCCUGACGCAGAAUAUUGGGUGCCAGAUCUUCUUCCAGGCUGUGAAUAUGAAUUCCGUGUUAUGGCGGAGAAUGAAAUUGGAGUUGGCGAUCCUAGCCCACCAUCCAAACCCAUCUUUGCCAAAGAUCCAAUCGUGAUCCCAGGUCCUCCUGUGGACCUAGAACCUGUGGACAAGACAAAGGAAUCAGUUACUCUGUCCUGGAAACGUCCCCUCAAUGAUGGCAGGGGAAAAAUCAUUGGCUACCUCAUCGAGUAUCAGAAGGCUGGUGAGGAAGAGUGGAAGAAAGUCAAUGAAACCCCGGAAUCUUGCCAGGAGACAAAGUUCAAAGUCAUCGGCCUUGAGGAUGGUGCCCUCUAUAGGUUUAGAGUGAUGGCUGUAAAUGUUGCUGGUGCAUCAGAGCCUGCCGAAGUCAAGGAACCAGUGAGAGCUCAGGACAGACUUGAACCACCAGAGCUGUCGAUUGAUGCUGGUAUGCCUCGCGAGCUUCGUGCAAUGGCAGGAACCCUUAUCACUCUCAGGGCUGGAAUCAAGGGCAUGCCAUUCCCCAAAGUUACAUGGAAGAAGAAUGAUGCAGAUGUUCCACCCAGGGCUGAAAUCGUGGUCACAGGCGUGGGAAGCAAACUCGAAAUGCGCUAUUGCCAGCGCACUGAUUGUGGCGAUUACACGAUAAUCGCUGAAAAUCCAGCAGGAUCAAAGACAGCCACAUGCACAGUGCUUGUCCUAGAUAAACCUGGUCCUCCCCAAAAUCUGAAGAUUAGCGAGGUCAGAAGUGAUUCGGCCCUUCUGUCCUGGAAAGAUCCAGAGGAUAACGGAGGAGUUCGUAUUACCAACUUUGUGGUGGAGAAGAAAGAUGUGGCAUCAACACAGUGGGUACCUGUCUGCUCCUCAUCCAAGAAGCGUAGCCAGACUGCUAAACACUUGAUGGAGGGCACCCAGUAUCUCUUCCGUGUUGCUGCUGAAAACCAAUUUGGCAGAAGUGAAUACAUUGAAACAACAAAACCCAUCAAAGCUAUGAAUCCUUUGUUCCCGCCUGGUCCACCAAAGAACUUGCAUCAUGUAGAUGCUGACAAAACAGAAGUGUGGCUUCAAUGGAACUGGCCUGACCGUACUGGGGGAAGCGAUAUUACAGGUUUCUUAGUUGAGUACCAAGAGGAAGGAGAAAAAGACUGGAUCACCUUCAGAACUGUCAGUAUUCCUGAAUGUCAUGUCACUGGACUUGAGGAAGGAAAGACAUACAGGUUCCGUGUGAAAGCGGAGAAUGCUAUUGGGCUUAGUCGUCCUGACACCACAGUGCCAGUCCUCUGCCAAGAGAAACUUGUACCACCAACUCUUGAAGUGGACCUGAAGCUAAUUGAAGGCAUUAUCGUAAAAGCUGGAAGCACAAUCAGACUCCCUGCAAUUAUGAGAGGCAUUCCCAUCCCCACUGCUAAAUGGGUUAUCGAUGGCACUGAAAUCAAAAGUCAAGGCAAUGUCAAGAUUGACACUGACCAUUAUUCAACAGUCCUCACCAUUAAUGAGUGUACAAGAAAUGACACUGGUAUUUACCUUGUCACUGUUUCAAAUGCUGCUGGAAGCAAGACAGCUGCAUUGAAUAUAACAGUUCUUGAUGUCCCAGCUCCACCCAUCGGCCCAGUGAAUAUUCUUGAGCUGACUCCUGAGUACAUGGUGGUUGACUGGCGUCCACCUAAAGACGAUGGUGGAAGCCCUGUCAUGAAUUACAUCGUUGAGAAGAGAGAAUCCAAGAAGGAGACCUGGGGAGUUGUGAGCUCAGGAAGCACUGCCACUAAAGUUAAGAUCCCACGUUUGCAGAAGGGCUGUGAAUAUAUUGUGCGCAUUCGUGCUGAGAAUAAGAUUGGUAUAGGUGCACCCCUCGAAAGUGCUCCAACUGUUGCCCAACAUACAUUUGAACCACCUGGCCAUCCUGGUAAACCAAAUGUAUCUGAUAUUUCAGAAAAUGCUGUGACAGUUAGUUGGACUAUGCCAUUGUAUGAUGGUGGCAGUCCAAUCAAUGGGUACAUAAUUGAGCGAAAACAGGGAAAGACAGGGAAAUGGAUUCGCGUGAACAAGACACCAAUAAAAGAUCUCAGAUAUAGGGUAAAUGGGCUUUUUGAAGGCAACAGUUAUGAGUUCAGAGUCUUUGCAGAAAACAUUGCUGGCUUUAGUGGACCCUCUCCUGUGUCAGAUCCAGUUAAGCCCUCUCGACCUAUCACAGUUCCUGGCCCUCCAGUGAAUCCUAAAUUGAAGGACUGGAGCAAAUCCUAUGCAGACUUAGUCUGGACCAAGCCUACAAGAGAUGGAGGUAGUCCUAUCUUGGGCUAUAUUAUUGAGUGCCAGAAAGGAGAGAGUACUGAUUGGACCAGAAUAAAUGAUGAUCUUAUUAAGCAGUGCGCAUUUAGAGUACCAGGAUUAGUUGAAGGCACAGAAUACAGGUUCCGUAUUAGAGCUUCUAAUAUGAUUGGAGAUGGAGAGGCAAGAGAGCUCCCUGAAUCAGUGAUUGCCAAAGACAUCUGUCUUCCCCCAGAGAUUGAGAUUGCAGUUGGUACCCGUGAGCUUCUGACUGUCAGAGUAGGACAGAAUAUUAACAUUAUAGCUUAUGUUAAAGCAAGACCUGACCCGCAGAUUACCUGGAGCAAGAAUGGAACGAUAUUAGAAAAAGAUAAACGUACUAAUAUGACUACCAACUUCCCUGUUGUCAAUAUGGUCAUCAAAGAAGCAACAAGAGCAGACUUUGGAAAAUAUGCCAUUAAGGCAGUAAAUGACAGUGGUGAAGCAGAAGCUUCAAUUACAGUGAAUGUGCUUGAUAGGCCUGGACACUGUGAGAAUCUGAAGCUAACUUACGUGACAAAAGACUCUUGUAUGGUGUCAUGGGACAAACCAGCAGACAACGGAGGAACUGAAAUUACAAAUUAUAUUGUUGAGUGCCGUGAACCCAGUCAAAGGACUUGGGCAAUGAUCUCAUCAGACUGCACCAACCGCCUUGUUAAGGCAAAACUUUUGGAAAAUCGUGAAUAUUUCUUCCGUGUUUGUGCUGAGAACAAAUGUGGUCCUGGACCAGUGACAGAGACUAAAACGCCAAUCCUCGCUAUUGAUCCAAUUACAAAGCCUGGUGAGCCAGAAAACUUCCACAUCACUGAAAUUGGCAAGAACUUUGUCUUCCUUAAAUGGAGAAGACCAGACUAUGAUGGUGGUAGCCCCAACCUUGGCUAUCAUGUGGAAAGGAAACUUAAAGAUGCCACUGAGUGGGAAAGGCUGCACAAGGGUGCAAUUAAGGAAACUUACUUUAUGGUUGACAAAUGUGUUGAAAACCAAAUAUACCAGUUCAGAGUACAAACCACAAAUGAAGGAGGAGAGAGCAACUGGGUGAAGACAAAUGAGGUAGUCGUCAAAGAAGAAAUACAGAAACCAGUUCUUGACCUCAAGUUAGCCGGAGUCCUUGUGGUAAAAGCAGGUGAUUCUAUUAGACUUGAAGCUGGUCUCAGAGGGAAACCUCAGCCUGAGGUGACAUGGGUUAAGGACAAGGAUACAGGGGAUAUUAGCAAGAAUCCAAGACUUCAUGUUGAAACUGGUGCUGAUUAUUCCAAGUUCCUUAUGACUAAGUCCAAACGCAGUGACAGUGGAAAAUAUGUGAUCACUGCCACAAACUCUGCUGGUAGCUUCACGGCUUAUGCCAGUGUAAAUGUGCUAGAUAUCCCAGGUCCUGUCAGAGACUUGAGAGUAUCUGGCAUUUCAGUCGACAGAUGCAAAGUUUUAUGGGAUCCUCCAGAGGAUGAUGGUGGCAGUGAAGUUCAGAGCUACAUAUUGGAGAAAUGUGAGACAAGGCGGAUGGUGUGGUCCACAUACUCUGCAUCUCUGGUCACUAACUAUGCCAAUGUGACUCGCCUUGUGGAAGGAAAUGAAUACAUAUUCAGGGUGCGUGCAGAAAACAAACUGGGAACUGGCCCUGCUAUGGAGAGCAAGCCCAUCAUUGCCAAGACACAGUUCAACAGACCUGGUCCUCCAGAUACACCAGAGGUCACCAAAAUUGGAAAGGAAGAAAUGACAGUUGUAUGGGCUCCUCCUGAGAACGAUGGUGGGAAGUCCAUCACUGGUUAUAUCCUGGAAAGAAAGGAAAAACGAGCUGUUCGAUGGGUCGCAGUUACCAAGAGCGCAAUCCCUGAGAGACGAAUGAAAGUCACCAACUUGCUGCCUAACCAUGAGUAUCAGUUCCGUGUCAAGGCUGAAAAUGAAGUUGGACUGGGAGAACCCAGCAAACCUUCCAGACCUAUAGCUGCUAAGGAUCCAAUUGAACCCCCAGGUCCUCCAGGUGGUUUGAAGGUUGUUGACAGCACAAAGACCUCAGUCACUCUUGGAUGGGCUAAACCUGUAUACGAUGGUGGUGCUCCCAUCAUUGGCUAUACGGUUGAAAUGAGAGUGAAGGGUGAAAGUGAGUCUCCAGAGGAGGGCUGGAAGAAAUGUAACACUGGUGUUCAGUUGGUCCUGACAGAAUUUACCAUACCAACUCUGGAUGAGAAAUUAGAGUAUGAAUUCCGUGUCUCAGCACAAAAUCAAGUUGGCUUGGGUCGUCCUGCUGAGCUGAAAGACGCUGUGUCACCAAAGGAAAUAAUGGAGGCACCUGAGAUAGAUUUGGAUGCCAGUCUGAGAAAGGUUCUUAAAGUUAGAGCUGGGUGUCCCAUCAGACUCUUUGCUACCAUUAGAGGAAGACCCACACCUAAAGUAACCUGGAAAAGAGUGGGCGUUGAUAAUGUUGUCAGGAAGGGUCAUGUGGAUCUCAUUGAUACCAUGACCUUCCUUGUCAUCCCUGAAAGCACACGUGAAGAUUCUGGCAAAUAUUCCCUUACUCUUUCCAGCCCAGCUGGGGAGAAGGCUGUGUUUGUACAUGUCAAAGUACUAGAUACUCCAGGACCUGUGGCAGGACUGGGAGCUACUGAUGUCACUAAAACGUCUUGCCAGCUCUCUUGGUCUCCUCCUGAAAAUGAUGGUGGUAGUCCAGUCACAAACUACAUAGUUGAGAAGCGUGAAGUUGACAGAAAGACCUGGACAAAUGUCAUCAACGAUUUGAAAAAGACAAGCUUCAAAAUUACCACCCUUACACCAGGCAUUGAAUACUAUUUCAGAGUCACUGCAGUUAACAAGUACGGUACUGGUGUUCCAAAAGAUUCUCCAAAGUCCUACCUGGCAACUGAUCCUAUCAGUGAGCCUGACCCACCAAAGAAGGUAGACGUCCUAGAAAUCACAAAGAACAGUGCCACACUGGGAUGGAUAAAGCCACUGAGAGAUGGAGGAGCUAAAAUCAACGGUUAUGUAGUUGAUUACCAGGAGGAAGGCCAACCUGAGGACCAAUGGACACCAUACUCAGUUGUUAAAGAUUUAAGCAUUGUUGUUGUUGGAUUAAAGGAGGGCAAGAAGUACAAAUUCAGAGUUGCCGCAAGAAAUCCAGUGGGUUGCAGUCUACCAAGAGAAGUUGAGGGAGUAUUUGAAGUCAAAGAACAGCUGUUGCCACCGAAGAUUAUUAUGCCUGAUGUGGUGACUGCCAAGGCAGGUUCAAAGGUGAAAGUGGAGGCUCUCAUUUAUGGAAAGCCGCCACCGUUGUGCAAAUGGAUGCAAGGAAAUGAUGAUCUUGUGACAUCUAAUCGCGUUCAAGUGCACAAGUCUCCCAACAGCUGUAUGCUUAUCAUAAAGGAUGUCUCAAGAAGGGACAGUGGCUACUACAGUCUCUCUGCUGAGAACAGCGCUGCAAAAGUCAAUCAGAUACUGAGAGUGAUCAUAAUGGACAUUCCUGGCCCACCAGAGCCACCAUUUGAGAUCACUGAAGUAGACGUUGAUGGAUGCACACUCUCCUGGCAUUCACCACGUGAAGAUGGUGGAAGCAACAUCACCAACUAUGUGGUUGAGAAGUGCGAUGUGAGCAGGGGUGACUGGGUAACUGCUAUCUCAUCUUGUACAGCAACCACCUGCAGAGUGGGAAAGCUGACGGCAGGAAAAGAGUACAGCUUCCGUGUUCGUGCUGAGAACCGCUUUGGCAUCUCAGCACCCAUUGUGUCUGAGAGGAUGAUCGCCAAAUGCCCCUUCGAUGUACCUAGUGAACCAAGGAACUGCCAAGAUCAAGUAAACAAGGAUAAUAUGGCUGUGGCCUGGGAAAGACCAGCGUCUGAUGGUGGCAGUCCCAUCAUUGGAUACAUAAUUGAACGCAAAGAGAGGAACAGCAUUCUCUGGGUUAAGGCAAAUGAAGCAGUUGUCCGUAGUACUGAAUACUCAUGCUCUGGCCUGAUUGAAGGUUUAGAAUAUACCUUCAGGGUGUCAGCCCUCAACCAUGCAGGACAGGGGAAACCAAGCAAGCAGACAGAAUUCAUCACAGCAAGAACACCUGUUGAUCCACCAGGCAAACCAGAAGUCAUGGAUGUGACGAAGAAUUCAGUCUCACUUGUUUGGGGUCGACCAAAGCAUGAUGGUGGCAGCAAAAUCAUUGGAUAUUAUGUUGAAGCCCUGAAGCUCCCUGGAGAUAAAUGGGUACGCUGCAACGCAAGCAGCCAGAAUGUGCCAAAAGAAGAGUACACUGCAACCGGACUGGACGAGGGAGUCCAGUACCAAUUCAGAAUAAUUGCAAAGACGGCAGUAAAUCUCAGCAGACCAUCUGAACUCUCAGAUCCAGUAGCUGUCAUCGCAGAGAAUGUCCCACCAAGAGUGGAAAUUGGACUUGAUAUGAAGAACCUGAUCAUAGUGAAGGCUGGAGCAAAUGUUUGUCUUGAGGCUGAAGUUUAUGGUAAACCACAUCCAAAAGUUACCUGGAAGAGGGAUGGACAGGUGCUGCAACUUGUUGAGGGAAUUAAAAUGACCAGAAGAGGCAUCUGUUCCUACUGGAACUGUUUCUCAGUGACAAGAAAAGAGUCUGGAGACUACACCAUUGUGGCAGAAAAUGCAAGUGGUACCAAAUCUGGCAGUAUUAAGCUUAAGGUUCUAGACAAACCUGGACCACCAGCUUCUGUCAAGAUUGGCCAUGUGUAUGCCGACCGUGUCAAACUGAAAUGGGAACCACCUCUUUCCGAUGGAGGCUCUGAAAUUACCAAUUACAUAGUUGACAAACGUGAAACAAGCAGAGCAAACUGGGCUCAGGUUACAGCCAAUAUAAAUGGCCAGCUCACUGACUGCUCAGUGGAGAAGCUGAUUGAAGGCCACGAGUAUCAGUUCCGCAUCAGUGCUGAAAACAAGUAUGGUGUUGGUGAUCCCAUCCUGACUGAUCCUGUUGUUGCUAAGAAUCCAUAUGAUGUUCCUGGGCCUUGUGAACCUCCUGUUAUUACCAAUGUCACAAAGGACCAUAUGACAGUAAGCUGGAAGGCACCAAAAGAUGAUGGUCGAUCCCCCAUUCUGGGGUACAUGGUUGAGAAGCGUGAAAGCCAAGAGGUCAAUUGGUCUAAAGUCAACAGAAGACCAGUGAUUGACAGGACUAUUAAAGCUGGAGGUCUGACAGAGGGAUCUGAGUAUGAGUUCAGGGUUAUUGCUCUGAACAAAGCUGGCUUAGGCAAACCAAGUGAUGCAUCCAGUGCUGCCUUUGCACUUGAUCCUCUCUAUCCCCCAGGACCACCAGCAUUCCCAAAGGUUGUUGACACAACACACAGCACAAUUAGUCUGUCCUGGACAAAACCGGCUUAUGACGGUGGCUGUGAAAUCUUGGGCUAUCUGGUUGAGAGCAAGCGGGCAGAUGCUGAGGACUGGUUAAAGUGCAAUAUUCCGAAGAAUCUCCAAGCCACAAAGUUUGUUGUCACUGGACUCCUUGAAAACACAGAGUACCAGUUCCGUGUGACCGCUGUGAACAAGAUUGGAUACAGUGAGCCUAGUGAAGUUCCAGGAAAACACACCGCAAAGGAUAUUUUGAUUCCUCCAGAGGCUGAACUUGAUGCUGAUCUUCGGAAAGCCCUGGUGCUGCGUGCUGGAGUAACAAUGAGAAUCUAUGUCCCACUGAGGGGCCGACCUGCUCCCAAGGUGACUUGGUCUAAGGUGAAUGCCAACCUUAAGGAAAGGCAAGGGCUCAUGAUUAAGACUUCAGAAUGGGACACUUUGUUGUAUUGUGAAGACAUAAACAGAUAUGAUGCUGGAAAAUACGUCUUGACUCUGGAGAACAGCAGUGGAACAAAGUCAUACACCAUUGUUGUUAAGGUUCUCGAUACCCCUGGACCACCAGUUAAUCUGAUUGUUAAGGAGACAUCAAAGGACCAUGCAUCCAUCACAUGGGAUGUUCCUCCAAUUGAUGGUGGAAGUCCGGUGAAAAGCUAUAUUGUUGAAAAACGUGAUGCAGAGAGAAAAGCAUGGUCCACAGUGGCAACUGACUGCCCAAAAACAUCAUUCAGAAUUACUAACUUGGAAGCAGGCAAAGCCUAUUGUUUCAGAGUCUUAGCUGAAAAUCAGUAUGGUAUUGGGGAGCCAUGUGAGACAGCAGGUGCAAUUCGAGCAUCAGAAACACCUGGACCAGUUAUGGACUUCAAAGCAUUAUCGAUUACCAAAGAUUCCUGCACCCUGGGCUGGAAGAAACCAGUCAGUGAUGGUGGAAGCCACAUUGUUGCAUAUGUGCUGGAAGUCAUGGAGGGUGAAGAUAAAUGGAAAGAACUGAUGAAAUCGAAAAACAUGCAGUACACUGCUAAAGAUCUUGAAGAAGGAAAAGAGUAUUCUUACAGAGUGAAAGCAGUUAACGAAGCUGGAGAUGGUCCACCACAAGAGCUUAACGUUGUGGCUAAAGACCAAGUUGUUCUGCCUGAAUGUGACUUAAGAGAUUUGCCAGACAUGUGCUACAUUGCAAAGGAGGGAAGCACUGUUCGCCUCAAUAUUCCCAUUAUUGGAAAACCUGCCCCUACUGUGACAUGGAAGAAGGGUGAUGUUACCCUAACUGACACUGGCAGAGUCUCUGUAGAGUCCACUGCUGUCAACACAACCCUGCUGAUCCGUGACUGCCAAAGAGGCGAUGCAGCAAAAUACACCAUUAUACUCAAAAAUAGUGCUGGCACCAAAGAAUCAACAAUAUCUGUUAAAGUGGUUGGAAAACCAGGAAUACCCACUGGACCGAUCAAGUUUGAUGAAAUCACAGCAGAUGGAAUCACCUUAGAAUGGGCUCCACCAGAAGAUGAUGGUGGAGCAGAAAUAUCCAACUACAUUCUUGAGAAGAGGCAUUCCACAGCGAAUAAAUGGGUCACCUGUGCUUCAGCUAUACAGAAAACUACAAUGAGAGUUACAAGGCUUCAUGAGGGAACUGAAUACAUCUUCAGAGUGUCUGCAGAAAACAAAUAUGGAGUUGGAGAAUUCCUUAAAUCAGAUCCUGUCCUGGCUCAGCAUCCUUUCAGCUAUCAUGUUGAAUUUAAAGAAAGGAACAGUUUGAUGUGGAAGAGAGCCAGCAAGACGCCUCUGAGAGCAAAGGAAUACAGGGUGACUGGCUUAACUGAAGGUCUUGAGUAUGAAUUCAGGGUCAUGGCUUUAAAUAUGGCAGGUGUUGGAAAGCCAAGUCGACCCACAGAGCCUGCAGUUGCACUGGAUCCAAUUGAUCCUCCAGGCAAACCUGAUGUGAUUAGUGCUACAAGAAGCACUGUAACACUUAUCUGGACUGCGCCCAAAUAUGAUGGUGGCCACAAGCUGACUGGUUACAUCGUAGAGAAACGUGAACUACCUUCAAAGGCCUGGAUGAAGGCUAACCAUGUGAACAUUCAAACAUGUGCAUUCACAGUGACAGACCUACAAGAGGGAUGCUCAUGUGAAUUCAGGAUAAGAGCUAAGAAUGCAGCUGGAGCAAUAAGUGCACCGUCAGAGCAAACUGACGCAAUUGUGUGCAAAGAUGAAUAUGAGCACCACACUAGUACCCUGGAUCCUGCUUUGAAAGAAGGACUUACGGUUAAAGCUGGAGAUACUAUUGUGUUAGCUGCAACAAGCAUACUCGGAAAACCCCCUCCAACUUCUGUGUGGUCGAAAGGUGAAAGAGAGUUCAAGCCAUCAGACACUGUCCAAAUUGCAACCACUCCAACAUCUUCAACGCUAUCAAUCAAGUAUGCCAGCAGGAAGAAUACUGGUGAAUACGCCAUUACUGCCAGCAAUCCAUUCGGCAUCAAAGAAGAACGUGUUCGAGUGAAGGUGCUGGAUGCUCCUGGACCCCCAGGGCCCAUUGAAGCAAGCAACGUGUCUGCUGAAAAGGUUACUUUAACAUGGUUGCCACCAGAUGAAGAUGGAGGCAGUGCUAUCAAGUCUUACACUCUAGAGAAGAGGGAAACCAGUCGCCUUCUUUGGACCCUGCUUGCUGAGAAUGUCAUGGAUUGCCGUUUUGUUGCCAGCAAGCUUAUCCAGGGCAAUGAAUAUAUCUUCCGUGUCUCAGCUGUGAACCAGUAUGGUACUGGUGAUGCAACGCAGUCUGGUCCAGUAAAAAUGGUGGACAGCUUUGGCCCUCCAGGUCCUCCAUCAAAACCCGAAAUCGACAACGUGAGCAGGAAUGCUGUCACCAUUUCAUGGAAGAGACCAGUUAAUGAUGGAGGAAGUGAUAUCAGAGGCUACAGUGUUGAAAGGAAGGAAAGAAGAGGUUUGCGAUGGGUUAGAGCAUCCAAGAAAUCUAUCUCUGAUCUCCGUUACAAAGUAGGAGGCCUUUCUGAAGGAAUUGAAUAUGAAUUCCGAGUCACAGCAGAGAACAAAGCUGGAUUUGGAGAGCCCAGUGAGCCAUCACAGCCUGUAUUAACCAAGGAUGUGACAUAUGCACCUGGGCCCCCAUCCAACCCAAGAAUUACUGAUACAACAAAAACUACAGCUACAUUCAACUGGGGCAGACCUCACUAUGAUGGUGGACUUGACAUCACAGGGUAUAUUGUUGAGCACAAAAAGGAAGAAGAUGAAGACUGGAUUAAAGACACAACAGGAACUGCACUGCGAAUUACUGAAUUUGUUAUACCUAACCUGCAACCAGGAGGAAAAUAUAACUUUAGAGUCAGCGCAAUGAAUGCAGAAGGAGUUGGUGAACCUGCUCAAGUUGAAGAAGUUGUCGAAGUUGUGGAUCGUGAAGAAAUUCCAGACUUUGAGCUUGAUGCUGAACUGAGAAGAACCCUUGUUGUUAGGGCUGGUGGCUCUAUACGUAUUUUUGUGCCAAUUAAAGGUCGUCCAACUCCUGAAGUCACCUGGAUGAAAGAAGACAUACCUCUUAAAGGUCGCGCUCAUAUUGAUACCACUGAGUCAUACACUCUCCUGGUUAUCCCUGAUUGUACUAGGCAGGAUGCUGGGAAAUAUAUAUUGACAUUAGAAAAUGUUGCUGGCAAAAAGACUGGAUUUGUUAAUGUCAGAAUUCUGGACUCACCUGGACCUCCAGUAAACUUGAAACCAAGAGAAAUUACCAAAGACAGCAUCACCCUCCAGUGGGAAAUUCCUAUCAUUGAUGGUGGUUCAAAGAUUACAAAUUACGUCAUUGAGAAACGUGAGGCUACACGAAAGGCUUACUCCACAAUAAUUGCAAACUGGCAGAAGUGCUCCUUUAAAGUUCCAAAUCUGACCGAAGGAGCAGAAUAUUACUUCAGAGUAAGUGCAGAAAAUGAGUAUGGCAUUGGUCAGCCAGCUGAAACUCCUGAUCCAAUCAGAGCAUCUCAAGCACCCAGUGCUCCUGAUAAUCUAAUUGUCUCAGAGGUUACCAGGAACACUGCAACUCUUGCUUGGACAAAGCCAAAACAUGAUGGUGGCAGUAGAAUAACUGGAUAUGUUAUUGAAGCUCAAAGGAAGGGUUCAGAGCAGUGGUCCCAUGUGACUACUGUGAAGGCUCUGGAUUAUACAGCAACACACCUAGUUGAAAAUGAGGAGUAUAUAUUUAGGGUCAUGGCUGUGAACAGUUCUGGUAGAAGUGAUCCUCGGGAAAGCAGACCAGCUAUUAUUAAAGAACAAAUGACAGGACCUGAAUUUGACCUACGUGGAGUUUACCAGAAAUUAGUCAUUGUCAGGGCAGGUGACAGUGUGAAGGUUGAGAUACCUGUUUUGGGACGUCCAAGACCAACAGUUUCUUGGAUGAAAGAGGAUAAGGAGCUGAAACAGACGCAACGAAUUAACGUUGAAAAUACUCCAACUUCGACUAUUUUGAAUAUUAGUGAAUGCAAAAUGAAGGAUGGUGGUCAGUACUCCAUGAUUGGAAAGAACAUACUUGGGACAGUGACAGAAACUAUUACAGUUCAAGUACAUGAUAUUCCUGGACCUCCCAAAGGGCCAAUUAAGUUUGAUGAAAUUUCAUGUGACUACAUCCUGCUGUCAUGGGAACCCCCUGAAAAUGAUGGUGGAGUACCGAUUAACAAUUACAUUGUUGAAAUGCGAGAAACCACAGGCACAUCAUGGGUAGAACUGGCAGCAACAGUAAUCCGUACAACGUUUAAGGCUGCUCGUCUAACCACAGGAGUUGAAUAUCAGUUCCGUGUUAAAGCCCAAAACAGGUAUGGUGUUGGGCCUGUACUCACCUCAGAUGCAGUGGUAGCUGCAUAUCCAUUCACAGUGCCUGGGACUCCAGGUACCCCACAAGUAGUAGCCUUCACUAAAGACACUAUGACAAUUAGCUGGAAUGAACCAGCUUCAGAUGGUGGAAGCCCCAUCCUUGGAUAUCACAUUGAAAGGAAAGAGAAGAACAGCAUUUUGUGGCAAAGGAUCAGCAAAGCCCUAGUAGUGGGAAACAUUUUCAAAUCUACAGGACUAACAGAUGGAAUUGCUUAUGAAUUCCGUGUUGCAGCUGAAAACAUUGCAGGGUUGAGUAAACCAAGCAAGUCAUCAGAGCCAACAUUUGCCCUUGAUCCAGUGGAUCCACCUGGUAAGCCAGUAGCAAUCAACAUUACUAGACAUGCCGUAACUCUUCAGUGGACAAAGCCUGAAAGUGAUGGUGGGUUCUCAAUAAUUGGAUACACAGUUGAGAAGAAAGACUUACCUAAUGGACGCUGGCUGAAAGCUAACUUCAGCAAUAUCCUGGAGACCACUUUCACUGUAAGUGGACUGAAAGAAGAUGCUUCUUACGAAUUCCGGGUGUUUGCUAGAAAUUCAGCUGGUGCUGUAAGUAACCCAUCUGAAACAUCAGAUGUCAUCACCUGCAGAGAUGAAAUUGAGGAGCCAAGAAUUAUGGUUGAUGCUGAGUAUAAUAAUGUUGUAGUACUGAAAGCUGGGGAGGUCUUCAAACUUCACGCUGAUGUAACUGGCCGACCACUACCAACCAUGGUUUGGACAAAAGAAGGAAAGGAGCUUGAAGAUACUGCUAAAUUAGAAAUUAAAACAACAGACUUUGCAACAACUUUGAUUAACAAAGACUCUUUAAGAAGAGAUGGAGGUACAUACACUUUAACUGCAAGUAACCCAGGUGGCUUUGCCAAGCAGAUCUUCACUGUUAAAGUUCUCGAUAGACCAGGUCCACCUGAUGGACCAUUAGCUGUUACAGAUGUCACUGCUGAGAAAUGUAUUCUGUCGUGGUUGCCACCUUCACAUGAUGGUGGAGCAAAAAUUGACUAUUAUAUCAUUGAAAAACGGGAAACAAGUAGACUUGCCUGGACAAAUGUUGCAACUGACUUACAGGUUAACCGCUUUAAGGUGACUAAGUUGCUGAAAGGAAAUGAGUAUAUCUUCAGAGUUAUGGCUGUCAAUAAAUAUGGAGUUGGAGAGCCCCUUGAAUCUGAGCCAACUAUUGCAGCUAACCCAUAUGUGCCUUCUGAUCCUCCACAAACUCCAGAAGUAACAACCAUCACACGGGAUUCAAUGGUUGUUUGCUGGGGACAUCCAGAAAACCUUGGUGGAAGCAACAUUUCCAAUUAUAUUAUUGAAAGAAGAGACAAAACUGGUCUUCGCUGGGUUAAGUGCAACAAGAGGACUGUAACUGAUUUGAGAUACAAAGUAUCUGGACUCACAGAAGGGCAUGAAUAUGAAUUCAGAAUUAUUGCAGAGAAUGCUGCUGGUCAAAGUGCACCCAGUCCUUCAAGUCCAUUCUACAAGGCCUGUGACACCAUCUUCCAGCCUGGCCCUCCUGGUAAUCCAAGAGUACUGGACACAACUAAGUCUUCAAUCACCCUUGCAUGGAACAAGCCAGUAUAUGAUGGUGGUUCUGAUAUCACAGGAUACAUUGUUGAGACCUGUCUUCCUGAGGAGGAUGAAUGGACAAUUGUAACCCCUAAAGAAGGAUUAACAUCCACAUCAUUUACUAUUACCAACCUCAAAGAAAAUCAGGAAUAUAAAAUCAAUAUUUCAGCUGUCAACAGUGAAGGUGUUGGGGAGCCAGCCUCUGUUCCUGGAUCACCAAAGGCAGAGGACAGGCAGAUUCCACCAGAAAUUGAGCUUGAUGCUGAUCUUCGUAAAGUGGUCAGCAUCAGAGCUUGUGGCACAUUGAGACUGUUUGUACCAAUAAAAGGAAGACCAGCUCCUGAAGUAAAAUGGUCCAGAGAAAAUGGAGAGCCCCUUGAGAGAGCAACUAUUGAGACUACAACAUCUUUCACAUUAGUAGUUGUUGAAAAUGUCAGUAGAUUUGACAGUGGAAAAUACAUGCUGACAGUGGAAAAUGCUUCAGGAAGCAAGACAGCCUUUGUGAAUGUCAGAGUACUGGAUACCCCUGGAGCACCACAAAACCUCAUAAUCAAAGAAGUUACCAAAGAUUCAGUGUCCCUUACCUGGGAUCCCCCUCUCAUUGAUGGUGGCUCCAGAAUUAGGAAUUACAUUGUUGAAAAACGUGAAUCAACAAGAAAAGCAUAUUCUACUAUUACAGCAAGUUGCCACAAAACAAGCUGGAAGAUUGGUGAGCUACAGGAGGGAAGCAACUAUUUCUUCAGAAUUUUGGCUGAAAAUGAAUUUGGAAUUGGUCUUCCUGUUGAAACUAGUGAGUCAGUCAAAGUCUCUGAAAAGCCACUUCCACCAGGCAAAGUCACACUUCAAGAUGUCACAAGCAACAGUGUCACUCUCUCAUGGGAAAAACCAGAUCAUGAUGGAGGAAGCAGAAUUACAGGAUAUGUUGUUGAGAUGCAGAGCAAAGGAAGUGAAAAAUGGACCCAAUGUAUGACUGUUAAAGUAAAUGAAGCAUUUGUGACAGGAUUGACACAAGGUGAAGAAUAUCUGUUCCGCAUAUCAGCAACUAAUGAGAAAGGAACAAGUGAUCCUCGUCAGCUGAGUGUGCCUGUAGUUGCCAAAGAUCUUGUGAUCGCUCCAGCAUUCAAACUUCUGUUCUCCACAUUCAGUGUUCUGGCGGGAGAUGACUUGAAGAUUGAUGUUCCGUAUGUUGCUCGCCCUAAAGCAGUUGUCACCUGGCUCAAAGAUGGUGUACCCCUAAAGGAAACCACCAGAGUUAAUUCUCAAAUUGCAGAAAGGCAUUUGUAUCUUGUGAUCAAGGAGGCCUGCAGAGAUGAUGUUGGCCAGUACACUAUCAAACUUUCAAACACAGUUGGUGAAGCAACAACAGACAUAGGUGUUGUUGUUCUUGACAAACCUGGCCCACCAACUGGACCUAUCAAGAUAGAUGAGGUCACAGCUGACAGUGCCACUUUAUCCUGGCAGCCUCCAGAAUAUGAUGGUGGUUGCUCAAUCAACAACUACAUUGUAGAAAAGAGAGAUACAUCUACAACAAACUGGCAGAUUGUGUCUGCAACUGUAGCUAGAACAACAAUUAAAGCAGCACGGUUAAAGACUGGCUGCGAAUAUCAGUUCAGAAUCGCAGCUGAAAACAGAUAUGGAAAGAGCUCGCUUCUUCUCUCAGAGUCUGUGGUUGCUCAAUAUCCAUUCCAAAUUCCAAGCCCACCAGGAACACCCUCAGUGCAAUCCCCAACUAAGGAAAGCAUGGUAGUGGUAUGGAAUGCACCAAGCAAUGAUGGUGGAAGCAAAAUUUUGGGAUAUCACCUUGAAAGUAAGGAAAAGAACAGUAUUCUUUGGAUGAAGCAAAAUAAGACACUCAUCCAGGACACAAGGUUCAAGGUUGCUGGCCUUGAAGAAGGCAUUGAAUAUGAGUACAGAGUUUAUGCAGAAAAUAUUGUGGGUAUCAGCAAAGCGAGCAAGUUGUCAGAGGUCCAAGUUGCAAGAGAUCCUUGUGAUCACCCAGGCACUCCAGAGGCUGUUAUUGUCACAAGAAAUUCUGUUACACUCAGGUGGACCAAGCCUGCAUAUGAUGGUGGCAGUAAAAUCACUGGCUAUAUUGUUGAGAAGAAGGAGUUGCCUGAGGGCCGCUGGAUGAAAGCCAGUUUCACCAAUGUUAUUAAAACUGAGUUUGUUGUGACUGGCUUAGUCGAAGAGCAAAGAUAUGAAUUCCGUGUCAUUGCAAGAAAUGCUGCAGGUGUUCUCAGCAGUCCAUCUGACAGCACUGGGCCUAUCACAGCGAAGGAUGAGGUUGAUCCACCUCGUAUUAACAUAGAUUCACAGUAUUCUCAAAUUAUUGUUGUAAAUGCUGGUGAGACCUUCAAAAUUGAUGCUGAAAUCUAUGGAAAACCAAUACCAACAAUCCAUUGGAUAAAGGGAGAUGAAGAGCUUGCAAAUACAGCUCGCCUUGAUAUUAAAAACACAGACUUUACUACUUGUUUGACUGUUAAAGAAGCUAUUCGUGUUGAUGGAGGCCAGUACACUCUUCUGUUGAAAAAUGUUGGAGGUGAGAAGUCAGUGAAUGUGAAUGUCAAAGUCUUAGACAGACCCGGGCCACCUGAAGGCCCCAUUUCUAUCUAUGGAGUCACAAGUGAGAAAUGCUCCAUUGCCUGGAAACCACCGUUGCAUGAUGGUGGCAGUGAUAUAUCUCACUACAUUGUUGAAAGAAGAGAGACAAGUAGAUUAGUUUGGACAGUGGUUGAGUCUAAAGUACAGACAUUAAGUCUGAAAAUCACAAAGCUUUUGGCAGGAAAUGAGUACAUCUUCCGUGUGUUACCCGUGAACAAAUACGGAGUUGGUGAACCCCUUGAAUCUGAACCAGUAGUUGCUAAAAAUCCAUUUGUGACCCCCGAUGCUCCUACGGAUGUUGAAAUUUCUAAUGUCACACAGGAUUCAAUGGUUGUAACCUGGGAAAGACCUACAAAUGAUGGUGGCAACCCAAUUACCGGAUAUGUCAUUGAAAAACGGGAUAAAGAAGGUGUUAGAUGGACCAGGUGCAAUAAACGCGUAGUUAGUGAACUACGUUUUAGAGUCACUGGACUUCUAGAAAACCGCAGCUAUGAAUUUAGAGUCUCAGCUGAGAAUGCAGCUGGAGUUGGAAAACCAAGCUCCUCAUCUCCUUACACCAAAGCCUUGGAUCCUAUUUUCAAACCAGGACCACCAAAUAAUCCUAAAGUGACUGAUGUGUCAAGAACAUCUGUUUUGCUUGUUUGGGGCAAACCUAUUUACGAUGGUGGCUGUGAGAUUCAGGGAUACAUUGUUGAGGCAUGUGAGGCAACAUCUGAAGAAUGGAUAAUGUGCACUCCAGCAACAGGAGUCACACAGACAAGAUAUGAGGUAAAAAAGCUCAAAGAAAAGCAUGAAUAUAAAUUCAGAGUAUGUGCAAUAAACAAGGCUGGUGUUGGAGAGCAUGCUGAUGUCCCUGGAGUGACUCUUCUAGAAGAUAAGAUGGAAGCACCAGAUUUGGAUCUUGAUCCUGACCUCAGGAAGAUGAUCAAUGUUAGAGCUGGAGGUUCUCUCAGAUUAUUUGUUCCUAUCAGAGGUCGACCGGUUCCAGAAGUCAAAUGGGGAAAAGCUGAUGGUGAAAUCAAGGAUACAGCACAGAUCGACAUCACAAGCAGUUAUGCUUCUCUUGUAAUUGAAAAUGUUGACAGAUUUGACAGUGGAAAGUACACACUAACUGCAGAAAAUGCCAGUGGAACAAAGUCUGCUUUCAUCAGCGUCAGAGUGCUUGACACACCAAGUGCUCCUGUGAACUUCAAAGUGAAGGAGAUCACAAAACAGUCUGUAACACUUACAUGGGAACCACCUGCUUUGGAUGGAGGUGCAAAAAUUAAAAACUAUAUUGUUGAGAAACGUGAAAGCACAAGAAAAGCCUAUUCAGCUGUUGUCACUGACUGCCAUAAAAUGUCAUGGAAGGUUGAACCUCUUCAAGAGGGAUGUAACUAUUUCUUCAGAGUUCUUGCUGAAAAUGAACAUGGUAUCGGGUUACCAGCUGAAACCCCUGAACCCCUUAAAGUAUCAGAAGUGCCACAGCCCCCAGGCAAAAUUACUGUUAUUGAUGUAACACGCAAGAGUGUGUCGCUAGCCUGGGAAAAACCUGAACAUGAUGGUGGUAGUAGAAUCAUCCAUUAUGUUGUGGAAAUGCAAGCCAAAGGGGAUGACAAAUGGUCUGUUUGUGCACAAGUCAAAACCCUGGACACAGUUGUCAGCAAUUUGGCACAGGGAGAAGAAUAUAUGUUCAGAGUUAUUGCUGUCAAUGACAAGGGCCCAAGUGACCCUAGGCUCCUUGGCAUACCUGUGCAAGCAAAGGAUCUUGUUGUUGCACCAGAUGUGAGACCUGCUUGCAGCAACUACAGUGUGCAAGUUGGUCAUGAUCUAAAAGUAGAAAUUGUAGUCACUGGACGUCCUAAACCAACAAUCAUUUGGACAAAGGAUGGCACAGCACUUAAGCAAACAACAAGAGUUAAUGUUGUAGACACUGAAAACCACACAACUCUGACCAUAAAAGAAGCAACAAAAGAAGAUGGUGGCAUAUAUAAUGUUGCUGUUUCCAAUAAUCUUGGACAAAAGGAUGUAAAUAUUGAAAUCAUCACACUUGAUAAACCUGGCCCACCAAAUGGCCCGGUAAGGUUUGAUGAAGUCAGUGCAGAAAGUAUAACAAUUUCUUGGGAUCCACCAACAUAUACUGGUGGCUGCCAGAUUUCAAACUACAUUGUGCAAAAGAGAGAUACAACCACUACCAACUGGCAUAUUGUUUCUGCCACAGUAGCAAGAACCACACUUAAGGUGUCUAAUCUGAAAACUGGGGCAGAAUAUCAAUUCAGAAUCAUUGCUGAAAACCGUUAUGGAAAAAGUUAUGCUUUAGACUCUGAAGCAGUCAUUGCACAGUAUCCUUACAAAGAACCAGGUCCACCAGGGACUCCGUUUGUCUCAUCCCUCACAAAGGAUUCCAUGGUUGUGGAGUGGCACCCACCUAUAUCAGAUGGAGGCAGCAGUAUUAUUGGUUACCAUCUUGAAAGAAAAGAGAAAAACAGUAUUCUCUGGACAAAGAUUAAUAAGACACUCAUUCAAGAUACCCGCUUUAAAACCAGUCCUUUAGAAGAAGGUAUUGAAUAUGAGUUCAGAGUCUAUGCUGAGAACAUUGUUGGCAUAGGAAAAUGUAGCAAAGUCUCUGAAGGCUGUGUUGCACGUGACCCAUGUGAUCCACCUGGCACCCCAGAAGCCAUUAUUGUAAAUCGGCACUCAGUCACACUACAGUGGACUAAGCCUGACUACGAUGGUGGUAGUGUCAUAACUGGUUAUGUUGUGGAGAAACGAGACCUUCCAGAUGGACGCUGGAUGAAAGCAAGCUUCACAAACAUUAUUGAAACCAAAUUCACAGUUACUGGCCUUACUGAAGACUGUAAGUAUGACUUCAGAAUUAUUGCAAAGAAUGCUGCUGGAACUGUCAGCAAGCCAUCUAAUAGUACUGGAUCCAUCACUGCAAAGGAUGAAGUCGAGCCACCAAGAUUCACAAUUGACACAAUGUACAGUCAGCCUAUUGUUGUUAAUGCAGGAGAUACAUUUACACUCGAAGCUGAUGUACAAGGAAAGCCAAUACCAACAGCCCUGUGGUUCAAGGGUGACAAAGAAGUUGAGAACACAGCCAGAUGUGAGAUCAAGAACACUGAUUUCAAGGCAGUGCUUGUUGUUAAAGAUGCCAUCAGAAUUGAUGGUGGACAAUAUAAUCUGCAGCUCACUAAUGUGGCUGGCAGCAAAACUGUUCCUUUCCAUGUCAAAGUGUUGGACAGGCCAGGACCAUCUGAAGGGCCCCUUACUGUAACUGGUGUAACUUGUGACAAAUGUUCAUUGUCAUGGCUCCCUCCACAACAUGAUGGAGGUGCCACUGUUUCUCAUUACAUCAUUGAGAAGAGAGAAACUAGCCGUCUUGCUUGGACUGUUGUUUCUAGUGAUUGUGGAGCUACCAUGAUCAAAGUUACAAAGCUUCUAGAGGGGAAUGAAUACAUCUUCCGUGUCAUGGCAGUCAACAAGUACGGUGUAGGUGAACCGUUGGAGUCUGCACCAGUGAUAAUGAGAAAUCCAUUUGUACCACCUGGAUCACCACAAGAUCUAGAAAUAACUAACAUUACAAGGGAUUCCAUGACUGUAUGCUGGACUCGACCAGAGACUGAUGGUGGAAGUGAAAUUGUUGGCUACAUCAUAGAGAAGAGAGACAGAGCUGGUAUCAGGUGGACGAAGUGCAAUAAGCGCAGAGUCACCGACUUACGGUUCAGGGUGAUGGGCCUGACUGAAGAUCAUGAAUAUGAAUUUAGAUUAUCUGCUGAAAACGCAGCUGGAGUUGGAAAACCAAGUGCACCAACUGAGUACUACAAAGCCUGCGAUCCAAUGUUCAAACCUGGGCCACCAGGUAACGCACAUUUGGUAGAUACAACUAAGAGCUCUGUUUCAAUAGCAUGGCACAAACCAAUUUAUGAUGGUGGGAGUGAGAUCCAGGGAUACAUAGUUGAAAUCUGCAAAGCUGAUGAAGAGGAAUGGACUAUAUGCACACCACCAAGUGGUAUUUGUGACACAAAAUUUGAAAUUAAAAAACUUACAGAACAUCAAGAAUACAAGGUUCAAAUAUGUGCCAUCAACAAGAUGGGUGUUGGUGAACCUGCAGUUAUUCCUGGAACAGUGAAACCUGAAGACAAAAUGGAAGCUCCUGAAAUUGAACUUGAUUCAGAGCUGAGGAAAGGAAUUGUGGUGCGUGCUGGAGGGGCCAUGAGAAUCAAUAUACCUUUCAAAGGAAGACCAGCUCCAGAGAUUAGCUGGUCUAAAGAUGAAGGGGAUUUGUCUGAACGGGUACAAAUUGAGAAAGGCCUGAACUAUACCCAGCUUUCAAUUGAUAUCUGUGACAGAAAUGAUGCUGGAAAAUACACCCUGAGUUUGGAAAACAGCAGUGGUACCAAGUCUGCAUUUGUAUCAGUCAAAGUAUUGGACACACCGGGGGCACCCCUGAACCUUGCAGUGAAAGAUAUCACGAGAAACGCUGUUACUCUUGUUUGGGAGCCACCACUGAUUGAUGGUGGUGCAAAGAUCAAGAAUUAUAUAGUUGAUAAGCGUGAAUCAACCAGAACAGCUUAUGCUAAUGUUACUACUAAGUGCACCAAAACAAGCUUCAGGGUGGGAAAUCUCACUGAAGGGGCUAUCUAUUAUUUCAGAGUUAUGGCUGAGAAUGAAUAUGGAGUUGGCCUUCCUAUUGAAACAACAGAUGCUGUGAAGACAUCUGAGGUUCCUCUGUCAGUAGGAAAGGUAACUUUGAUUGAUGUGACUAAAUCCACUGCCACGCUGGCAUGGGAAAAACCAGAGCAUGAUGGUGGAAGCAGGAUCAUGGGUUAUCUCAUUGAAAUGCAGCCCAAAGAAACAGAUACAUGGGUUGUAGCAACAACAACAAAGACAUGUGAAGGCACUGUAAGUGGACUAAGUGCUGGACAAGAAUAUCUUUUCCGCAUUGUAGCUUUCAAUGAGAAAGGCAACAGUGACCCAAGGCCAUUAGCUGCCCCUGUUAUUGCCAAAGAUGUGACAAUUCAGCCCAGCUUCAAAAUGACCUUCAACACCUAUAGUGUCCAAUCUGGUGAAGAUCUAAAAAUAGAAAUUCCAGUGAUCGGCCGUCCAAGACCCACAGUUACUUGGAAUAAAGAUGGACACGCAUUGAAAGAGACAACACGAGUGAAUGUUUCAAGUACAGCAUCCUCAACAGUUCUUCGUAUUAAAGAAGCUACCAGAGAUGACUCUGGCAAGUACACAGUAACUGCUACAAACAGCGCUGGUUCAGUAACAGAAGAAAUUGGAAUUAUAAUCCUUGAAAAGCCAGGUCCACCAACUGGUCCUGUGAAAAUUGAUGAAGUAAGUGCUAACUUUGUCACCAUCUCAUGGGAGCCACCAGUAUACACAGGGGGUUGUCAGAUAAAUAAUUAUAUUGUUGAAAAACGUGACACAACUACCACAAACUGGCAGAUUGUGUCUGCAACCAUUGCAAGGACAACUAUCAAAAUUACCAAGCUGAAAACAGGAUCUGAAUAUCAGUUCAGAGUCUUUGCUGAAAACCGGUAUGGAAAGAGUACCUCUUUGGACUCUGCACCUGUUCUUGUGCAGUAUCCUUUCAAGGAACCUGGACCACCUGGGACACCACUUGCCACAUCAGUAACAAAAGACCACAUGGUUAUUGAGUGGAAACCACCAAUUAACAAUGGUGGGAGUCCAGUUACUGGUUACCAUCUUGAACGGAAAGAAAAGAACAGUAUUCUGUGGACUAAACUGAACAAGUAUAUAAUUCCUGACACUCGAUUUAAGACAAACAAUCUUGAGGAAGGUAUUGAAUAUGAAUACAGAGUCUAUGCUGAAAACAUUGUUGGCAUUAGUGUACCAAGCAAGGUUUCAGAGUGCAUUGUAGCUCGUGAUCCAUGUGAUGCACCUGGUACCCCUGAGGCAAUUGUUAUCACCAGAAACCACAUCACACUUCAGUGGACCAAACCACAAUAUGAUGGUGGCAGUAUAAUCACUGGGUAUAUUGUGGAAAGGAAGAAGCUACCUGAUGGCCGAUGGAUGAAGGCGAGCUUCACUAAUAUAACAGAGACUGAAUUUACAGUUACAGGCUUAACAGAAGACCAAAGGUAUGAGUUCAGAGUAAUUGCAAGGAAUGCAGCUGGUAUUUUCAGUGAGCCCUCUGAAAGCACUGGACCAAUUACUGCAAGAGAUGAAAUUGAAACUCCCACUGCCACAAUGGAUUCAAAGUACAAGGAUAUUAUUGUUGUUAAUGCUGGGGAAACCUUUGUCAUUGAUGCUGACAUCUCUGGAAAACCAGUGCCUGAUGUCAUAUGGUUAAAGGAUGGAAAAGAAAUUGAUAAGGCUACUCCAAGGAUGGAAGUCAAAACCACCCUCCAACGCACAGUGCUUACAGUUAAGGACUGUAUCCGAGUAGAUGGUGGGCACUAUACCCUGAGUCUCAGCAAUGUAGGUGGAACAAAAACCGUACCAAUCACUGUGAAGGUUCUUGAUAGACCUGGUCCACCUGAUGGUCCACUCAAAGUGACCGGUGUCACUGCUGAGAAGUGUUAUCUGGCCUGGGGCCAUCCUUCACAUGAUGGUGGUGCUAGUAUUUCUCACUAUAUAAUUGAAAAGAGAGAAACCAGUCGAUUGUCUUGGACUGUUGUUGAACCCAAAAUUCAAGCUGUUAGCUACAAAGUGACCAAACUCCUAUCUGGCAACGAGUACAUUUUCAGAGUCAUGGCAGUGAACAAAUAUGGCAUAGGUGAGCCACUUGAAUCCGAACCGGUGAUAGCACGCAAUCCAUUCAAACCACCAGGUGCUCCUUCAGUGCCAGAAGCAAGUGCCAUAACAAGGGAUUCUAUGGUUCUAACAUGGGACCGGCCAGAAGAUAAUGGUGGGUCAGAAAUUGAUAGCUACAUCCUUGAGAAACGUGACAAAGAAGGCAUUAGAUGGACUAAAUGCAACAAGAAGAGAUUGAAUGAUUUGCGAUUUAGAGUGACUGGGCUCACAGAGGGACAUUUUUAUGAGUUCCGUGUCUCUGCUGAAAAUGCUGCUGGUGUGGGACAACCAAGUGCUGCUUCAGAAUUUUAUAAAGCUUGUGAUGCCACGUAUCCCCCUGGUCCACCAAACAAUCCUAAAGUGACUGACCACUCAAGCACAACUGUAUCCUUAGCCUGGAGUAAGCCCAUUUAUGAUGGUGGUGCAGAAAUAAAGGGAUACGUUGUCGAGAUGAAGGAAGCUUCUGAAGAUGAAUGGACUACAUGCACACCCCCAACUGGUGUCCAGGAAACACAUUAUACUGUGAAAAGACUAAAGGAAAAUGCAGAAUAUAACUUCCGCAUCUGUGCUAUCAAUGUAGAAGGUGUAGGAGAGCAUGCUGACAUAACUGGCUCUGUGAUUGCAGCUGAAAAACUUGAAGCACCAGAAAUAGAACUUGAUGCAGAUCUUAGGAAAGUUGUCUCUGUGCGUGCAAGUGGAACACUUCGCCUCUUUGUCACAAUCAGAGGAAGACCGGAACCUGAAGUAAAAUGGACAAAAGCAGAUGGUCCUUUGGCUGAGCGUGCACAAAUUGAAGCCACAAGUUCAUACACUAUGCUCGUCAUUGACAAUGUCACUAGAUUUGACAGUGGAAAAUAUGUUUUGACUCUUGAAAAUAUCAGUGGAACAAAAUCAGCUUUUGUCAAUGUUAGAGUGCUGGACUCACCAAGUGCCCCUAUUAACUUUCAAGUAAAGGAUAUAAAGAGAGAUUCAGUAAUACUUUCUUGGGAACCUCCUCUCAUUGAUGGUGGAGCCAAAAUAACCCACUACAUUGUGGAGAAACGAGAAUCUGCAAGAAUGGCAUAUACCACUGUAACAAAUAACUGCAUAAGAAAUUCAUUCAGAGUUGAUGAGUUACAGGAGGGAGGUAUUUACUACUUCCGUGUUUUAGCUGUAAAUGAACAUGGUGUUGGUUUACCAGCAGAAACCACAGAACCAACAAAGGUUUCUCAGGCACCUUUGUCACCUGGCAAAGUCACACUUGUGGAUGUGACCCGUAAGACUGUAACCCUCUCUUGGGAGAAGCCUGAUCAUGAUGGUGGCAGCAAGAUCACAGGCUACAUAGUAGAAAUGCAAACUAAAGGAAGUGACAAGUGGACUGUGUGUACAACAGUAAAAGCACUUGAAGCCACUAUUGAUGGCCUCACACCAGGUGAAGAAUACUCCUUCAGAAUUAUUGCUGUGAAUGACAAAGGCAAAAGUGACCCCAAACCACUUGGUGCACCUGUGAUUGCAAAGGACAUUCAAAUUCAGCCGAUUAUCGAUUUGCUGUUUAACACAUACAGUGUUAAAGCUGGAGAUGAUCUCAAAAUUGAUGUUCCAUUUAGGGGCAGACCUGAACCUGAGGUUUCAUGGAAGAAAGAUGGUCAUUCUCUAAAGCAGACAACAAGAGUAAAUGUUCUGACAACCAAAACUUCAUCCAAAAUGACCAUCAAAGAUGCUACUAGAGAAGAUGCUGGAAAAUAUGAAAUCACACUAACAAAUGCAUUAGGCACCAAGACAGCUGAAAUUUCUGUUAUUGUCCUUGACAAACCAGGCCCGCCAGGUGCAAUCAAAAUAGAUGAAGUAAGUGCUGAUAGUGUAGCAUUAUCAUGGGAUCCACCAGAGUAUGAUGGAGGAUGCCAAAUCAACAAUUAUAUUGUUGAGAAGAGAGAUACUACCACCACAAAUUGGCAAAUUGUUUCAGCCACAGUUGCAAGGACAUCAAUUAAAGUUUCCCGCUUGACACAAGGUUCAGAAUAUCAAUUCAGAAUUUCAGCUGAAAACCGUUAUGGCAAGAGCCAUUCUGUAGAUUCUUCAGCAGUUGUUGCACAGUAUCCAUUCAUGCCACCAGGCCCACCUACUAAAGUUCAUGUUGCCACCGCAACCAAGACAUACAUGCUCGUCAAAUGGAACAUACCUGGUAGUGAUGGAGGCAGUGCAGUUCUCGGAUAUCACCUAGAAUGUAAAGAACACAGCAGCAUUCUUUGGACAAAAGUUAACAGAGGCCUCAUUACUGAUACACAGUUCAAAAUGACUGGAAUUGAAGAGGGCUUGCUCUAUGAGUACCGUGUCUAUGCAGAAAACAUUGCUGGCAUCGGGAAAUGUAGCAAAGCCAGUGAGCCUGUAGCUGCAAGAGAUCCAUGUGAUCCUCCAGGUCAACCCACAGUCACAAACAUCACUAGAACAUCUGUUUCUCUGUCUUGGACCAAGCCAGAGUAUGAUGGUGGAGCUAUGGUGACAGGUUACAUAAUUGAACGCAGGGAACUUCCAGAUGGUCGUUGGCUGAAGUGUAAUUUCACGAAUGUCCAAGAAACAUACUUUGAUAUCACAGGCCUUACAGAAGAUCAGCGUUAUGAUUUCCAUAUUGUUGCCAAGAAUGCUGCUGGAUUACUUAGUGAACCAUCUGAAGGCACAGGACCUGUCACAGUUAAAGAUGAUGUUGAUGCACCAUGUAUCACAAUGGAUGACAAGUUCAGACAAUUAGUAGUAGUGAAGGCUGGAGAUGUGUUGAAAAUCACUGCAGAUAUUGCUGGGCGACCUCGUCCAGUUGUUUCAUGGGCAAAGGAUGGUAAGGAAAUAGAGGCUAAAGCUAGAGUUGAGGUCUCCUCAACAGACACCAGUACCACAAUCACUGUUAAAGACAGCAUCAGAAAAGACUCUGGACAGUAUGUUUUGACUUUACAGAAUGUAGCUGGAACAAGAUCAUUGGCGGUAAACUGUAAGGUCCUUGACAGGCCAGGACCAUCAGCUGGACCACUGGAGGUAACUGGCCUUACAGCAGAAAAAUGUACAUUGACUUGGGGACCUCCUCAAGAAAAUGGUGGCGCAGAAAUCUCCCACUAUAUUGUUGAGAAACGUGAAACAAGCCGUCUUGCCUGGACACGGGUAUACGGAGACAUGAAAGCUACAACAUGCAAAGUUACUAAACUCCUCAAAGGGAAUGAGUAUAUAUUUAGAGUUUUGGCUGUAAAUAAAUAUGGAGUUGGUGAAGCUCUUGAGAGUGAUCCUGCCAAAGCCGUGGAUCCAUUCACCAUCCCAGCUGCACCCACAAAUGUUGAAGUCACCAGUGUAACGGGUGAAGCAAUGACAAUCUGCUGGGAAAGGCCGGUCUCUGAUGGAGGCAGUGAGAUUUGUGGUUACGUCAUUGAAAAACGUGAGAAGACAGGUCUCCGCUGGGUUCGUGUGAACAAAAAGCCUGUGUAUGACCUCAGGGUUAAAGCAUCCAAUCUCCGUGAAGGAUGUGAGUACGAGUACCGCGUUUAUGCAGAAAAUGCUGCUGGUUUGAGUCGUCCAAGUGAACCUUGCCCUCUAACUAAAGCUGAGGACCCACAAUUCCUACCAUCACCACCUGCUAAACCAAAGAUUAUUGAUUCAACAAAGAGCACGAUCACUCUCAGCUGGAACAAACCAUUGUUUGAUGGUGGAGCCCCUAUCACUGGAUACUGUGUGGAGUACAGGAAAACUAAUGAUGAUGACUGGGUGGUGGCUGUUCAGAACACAAAGAACACUGAGUUCACAGUUGUUGGACUUACAUCCGGAGCAGAAUAUGUGUUUGUAGUUAAAUCAAUCAACAAGAUUGGCGUUAGUGAUCCAAGCCCUGAAUCUGACCCACAGAUUGCAAAGGAACGAGAAGAAGAGCCAGUUUUUGAGAUAAGCAAUGAAAUGCGCAAGACACUGAUUGUCAAGGAUGGUAGCUCAUUUACCCUGACUGUACCAUUCAGGGGAAAACCAGUGCCAAAUGUGAUGUGGAAUAAAGCUGAUGUAGAUCUUCGAGUAAGAGCAAGCAUUGACACAACUGAUACUUGCACAUCAAUAACAGUGGAACAAGCAACAAGAGAUGACUCUGGAAAGUACACUGUGACAUUACAGAAUGUUGCAGGAACAUCAGCUCUGACACUAGUAGUUAAGGUCCUUGAUUCUCCUGGACCACCCGCUCGUGUUGACGUUAAGGAUGUCACCAAGAACUCUGCAACAGUGACAUGGGAUGCACCAGAAAAUGAAGGAGGUGCCCCUGUGAAGAACUACCUUGUUGAUCUACGUGAAGCUAGCAAAAAGGGAUGGACAAGAAUUACAAGCAGCUGCCACCGUUUGACCUACAAAAUGACUGAUCUACAAGAGGGAGGAGUUUACUACUUCAGAGUUACUGGUGAAAAUGAAUAUGGAAUUGGUGUGCCAGCAGAGACUAAGGAAGGAACUAAGAUCACAGAAAAACCAAGUCCCCCUGCAAAGCUUGGAGUAACUGAUAUCACAAAGGACAGUGUCUCACUGGCAUGGAGUAAACCAGAGCAUGAUGGCGGUAGUAGAGUGAAAAGCUACCUGAUUGAGGCUCUUGAAAAGGGUCAACAGAAGUGGGUGACGUGUGGCACAGUCAAAACCACCCAUUUUGUUGUUAGUGGGCUGAGGGAAAAUGGUGAAUACUUCUUCAGGGUCCGUGCUGAAAACCAUGCUGGUCUCAGUGAUCCCAAAGAAAUGGUUCUUCCUGUGACUGUUAAAGACCAACUUGAAUCCCCCGAGAUUGACAUGAAGAGCUUCCCUCACAACACUGUCUUUGUCAGAGCCGGAUCAAACCUGAAGUUUGAGAUCCCUCUCAGUGGCAAACCUCUGCCCAAAGGUUGCUCUUUCCAAAAGACAAUUGUUCCUGUGAAAUCUACAAUGAGAUUCAACUCUGAAGUAACUCCAGAUGGUCUCAUCAUUACCCUUCGUGAGAGUAUUGCUCAUGAUGCCGGAAGAUAUGACAUUACUGCUUCCAAUACAUGUGGAACGACCAAAUCAUUUGUGAACAUUGUGGUACUAGACAGACCAAGUCCUCCUGUUGGUCCUGUUGAAAUGAGUGAUGUCACUGAAGACAGUGUGAGUCUGAAAUGGCUUCCACCAUUGUAUGAUGGCGGCAGCCCAAUUACAAAUUACAUUGUAUUGAAACGUGAAACAACUACUGCCAACUGGACUGAGGUGUCAUCUGCCGUUGCAAGAAGCACAAUAAAGAUCAUGAAGCUAACAACAGGGGAAGAGUAUCAGUUCAGAAUUAAGGCAGAGAAUCGCUUUGGCAUUAGUGAUCACAUUGACUCUCCACCUGUCAGAGUCCAGUUACCAUACACAAUCCCUGGAGCUCCAUCAGCACCAUGUGUAACGUCUGUUACAAGAGAGAGCAUCACUGUAACCUGGAAGGAGCCAGCCUCUGAUGGAGGAAGUCAUAUUUUUGGAUAUCACUUGCAGAUGAAAGAUAGAAACAGCAUCCUAUGGCAGAAGGUUAACAAAACUGUGAUCCGUGCAACACACUUUAAGGUGACAAACAUCUUACCUGGCCUGAUCUAUGAGUUCAAGGUAGCAGCAGAAAAUGCCGCUGGCAUUGGCCCAAUCAGCCAAACAUCUGAUGCAGUGCUUGCAAUUGAUUCAUGUGAAUCCCCAGUCAAUGUGCGCAUCUCUGACAUCACAAAGAAUUCCAUCAGCCUCACUUGGGAAAGGCCAUCCUAUGAUGGUGGUAGUCCAAUCACUGGAUACAUUGUUGAAAAGAAAGAUGGGGCAAAAGGCAGAUGGAACAAGGCUAACCUUACCAAUAUUGCAGAAACAAGUUACACUGUGACAGGCUUGACCCAGGAUGAGUCCUAUGAAUUCAGAGUCUUUGCAAAGAAUGCAGUUGGCUCUAUCAGCAAUCCAUCUCUUGUCGCUGGACCAGCCACAUGUGUAGAUACAUACGGUGCUCCUGAGAUAGAACUACCUCAAGAGUAUUUGGAUGUUGUGAAAUUCAAGGCAGGAGUUGCUGUUCAGCUGAAAGUUGGAAUUAUUGCAAAGCCUAUGCCAACAAUUGAGUGGUACAAAGAUGGAAAAGAACUGGAGUCCAGUGGUCAGCUCUCAAUUGAAAGCACCACAGAUUCCACAGCACUUCUCAUCAGGGAUGCUUCACGUUUGAAUUCGGGGACAUACGACAUCAAAGUCAAGAAUUCUUUGGGCUCAGCAUCUGCUUCUAUCAGAGUACUGAUUCUAGACAAACCGGGACCUCCAGCUGGAGCUAUUCAAUUCAAGACAGUCACAGCAGACAAGAUUACAAUAAUGUGGGACCCGCCAACAGAUGAGGGUGGUGCAAUGGUCACCCACUACAUUGUGGAAAAACGCGAGACAAGCAGAGUUCUAUGGUCCAUCAUAUCCGAAAAACUUGAAGAAUGCAUUGUGUCUGUCCAGAGGCUGAUCAAAGGCAACGAGUACAUCUUCCGAGUCAGGGGUGUCAACAAAUAUGGAAUUGGUGAACCUUUGGAAUCUGAGCCAGUUAUUGCAAGGAAUGCAUUUGUUCCUCCCGACCAACCCACAAAGCCUGUAGUCACUAUGAUCACCAGGUCAACAAUGACAGUGGCCUGGCAGAGACCACUGGCUGAUGGUGGCAGUGAUAUUGAUGGAUAUUAUCUUGAAAAACGGGAAAAGAAGAGUCUCAGUUGGUUCAAGGUCAUCAAAGAACCCAUUCGUGACAUCAGACAGAAAGUUAGCAACCUCACAGAAGGAAAUGAAUAUCAAUAUCGUGUUUGUGCUGUCAACAAAGCUGGAGCAGGCCCUUACUCAGCAGUUUCUGACUUCUACAAAGCAGCCGAUCCAGUUGAUCCACCAAGUGAACCAACUAAACUCAAAGUGGUUGAUUCCACCAAAACAUCUAUCACCCUUGGAUGGGUGAAGCCUGUGUAUGAUGGAGGUAGUGAGAUCACCAGCUACGUUGUUGAACAGAUGGUGGCUGAUGAAAAGGAAUGGGUUGUGAUUAGCUCCACGGGUGAAGUGAGAACCACGGAGUAUGUUGUUAAUUAUCUAAAACCUGGAGUCUACUACUUCUUCCGUGUAUCUGCUGUUAACUCUGCUGGACGUGGACGACCUAUUGAGAUGGCUCAGCCUGUACAAGCUAAAGAUAUACUAGAGGAGGCCGAUGUUGAUCUAGAUGUCUCCAUGACAACCCAAUAUACAGUGAAAGCAGGAAGGGAUGUGGAGAUUAUGAUUCCACUGAAGGGAAGACCUCCACCAAAUGUCACCUGGAGAAAGGGUGACAAAAAUAUUGGCGGUGAUCCAAAAUACAGCAUUAACAAUACAGAAUCUUCAACAGUACUUGUGAUUCCAAAGGUCACUCGUGAUGAUUCUGGAAAAUAUCUUCUUGAGAUAGAAAAUGGUGUGGGAGAGCCAAAGACGAUUACUGUAUCUGUUAAAGUACUUGAUACGCCAUCUGCUUGCCAGAAAAUACUGGUGAAAAAUGUCACUCGUGGCAAAGCUACUCUGAGCUGGGAAGCUCCUCUUAUUGAUGGAGGUUCACCAAUCACCAAUUACAUCAUUGAAAAAAGGGAUGCUACCAAGAAAGCGUACACCUCUGUGACAACCGAGUGUGCCAGCACAGCAUAUAAAAUUGAGGGUCUCUCUGAGGAGAUACGCUACUUCUUCCGUGUUUCAGCUGAAAAUGAAAAUGGUAUUGGUGAUCCAUGUGAGACAACAGAGCCUAUAGGAGCUACUGAAACACCUGGGCCAGUCAAAGAUCUUGCCAUAAAGGACACCAGUAAAACAUCAGUAACACUGCAGUGGACUAAGCCUGAUUAUGAUGGUGGCAGUCAUAUCUCAGAAUAUGUCAUUGAGAAGAAAGCUAGAGACGAAAAGGAAUGGACAAUUGCUGGUACCUGCAGACGUUGCCAAUAUGAAGCCACAGACCUAAAAGAACUUGCAGUCAUGGAUUUCAGAGUGUUUUCUAAGAAUGAAAAAGGGCGGAGUGACUUCUCACAAGUCGGACCUAUCACAGUGCAGGACCUAAUUAUUCCACCUGAGGCAAAUCUUGCAGAUUACCCAGGAGGUGAACUCAGUGUUCGCAUUGGACAAAAUGCUAAUAUUGAGCUACCAUUCAAAGGAAAACCAACACCAAUACCACAAUGGCUGAAAGACAAUGAACCAUUGAAGGAGAGUGAACAAGUGCGCUUUAGGUUAACAGAAAACAAAGUUGCUCUUACUAUCAGGAAUGUAAGAAAAGAUAAUGCUGGGAAGUACACUCUGACUCUUGAUAACAAAGUAAGCAAAAAUUCAUUUGAUAUACAACUCAUAACCCUUGGACCACCUUCCAAGCCAGUUGGACCGAUUCGAUUUGAUGAAAUCAAGGCGCAGAGUAUAAUAAUAUCUUGGAAUGAGCCAACUGAUGAUGGAGGUGGAGAAAUCACUUGCUAUAGUGUGGAGAAACGUGAAACUUCUCAUGCAGCAUGGAAGAUGGUUUGCUCAAGUGUGGUGAGGACAACAUUUAAGAUACCUAACCUUGUUAAAGGAACAGAAUACCAGUUUAGAGUACGUGCAGAAAACAAAUAUGGAGUUAGCGAGCCCCUGACUUCGCAAGAUGUUGUUGCUCAACACCAGUACAAACCACCAGGUCCACCAGGAAAGCCUGUUGCAUUCAAUGUUACUAGUGAUGGUAUGACCAUUCAGUGGGAAGCACCUGCUUUUGAUGGUGGCUCACCAAUCACUGGCUUCCAUGUUGAGAAGAAAGACAGAAACAGCCUACUAUGGACAAAAGUAAAUACUUCAGUCAUUUCUGGAAGAGAUUAUAGAAUCAUUGGUCUCAUUGAAGGACUGGAAUAUCAAUUCAGAGUGUAUGCACAGAAUAAUGCUGGCUUAAGCUGUGCCAGUGAAGCAAGCAAACAUGUCCUGGCUAUCUCUCCAGUUGAUCCACCUGGUACACCUGAUUGCAUUGAUGUAACAAGAGAAUCUGUUACACUCAAAUGGGAACCACCCAAGCGUGACGGAGGCAGCAGAAUUGUGGCUUAUAGUGUAGAAAGGCGCCAAGGAAGAGGCCGUUGGCUGAGAUGCAACUUCAUUGAUAUUAGUGAAUGCAAUUUCACAGUAACAGGACUUUCCCCUGGUGAUCGCUUUGAAUUCAGGGUGAUUGCUAGAAAUGCUGUCGGCACAGUUAGUCCACCAUCACAGUCCUCUGGCUAUAUCAUGACAAGAGACGAAAGCGUGUCUCCAAAUAUUGAGUUUAGUGGAGAGCAGAGCGUCACAGUGAAAGCUGGAGAAAAUAUCAGCAUUAAUUCCAUCAUCACUGGACGACCUGUGCCUCAAGUCACAUGGUAUAAAGAUGGAAAGGAAAUUGACCAGAAGAUGAUGAUUGAUAUCACAACAGCAAUUGGAUCAAGCUCCCUCUUCAUCAGAGAUUCUGACCGUAAUGACCGUGGUAUAUACACAGUGGAGGCCAAGAAUAGCUCUGGAACUAAGAAGGAGGAUGUUCUUGUCAGGGUUCACGAUACACCUGGCCCACCUGAAGGACCAAUUCGUUUCACGAAUAUCUCUGCUGAGAAAGCAACUGUUUGGUGGAAUCCCCCUGAAAAUGACGGCUGUGCUGCCAUCACCCAUUAUGUGAUUGAAAAGCGAGAAACCUCCAGAAUUUCUUGGGCACUUCUCACAGACAAAUGUGAAGCUUGCUCUUUCAAUGCCACUAAACUGAUCAAGGGUAAUGAGUAUCAGUUCCGUGUUUCUGCCGUGAACAAGUUUGGUGUUGGCAAACCACUGGACUCUGAACCCAUUGUUGCAGAGAUGCAAUUUACUGUGCCAGAUGCACCUGGUACACCAGAUGCUACCCAUAUCACUGGAGACAGCAUUACAGUUUGUUGGACAAGACCGAGAUCUGACGGAGGAAACGAAAUCAAACAUUACAUUCUGGAAAGACGGGAGAAGAAGAGCUUGCACUGGGUAAAGGUGUCUUCAAAGAGACCCAUCACUGAGCUAAGACACAGAGUAAUACACCUCACUGAGGGUUAUGAAUAUGAAUUCCGUGUAAUGGCUGAAAAUGGUGCUGGAAUAGGACCAGCAAGUGGCACAUCAAGACUUUUCAAAUGCAGAGAGCCAACAAGUCCGCCCAGUGCUCCUACUGUUGUGAAGGUAACAGAUUCCACAAAGACAUCAGUCAGUCUGGAAUGGACAAAACCUGUGUUUGAUGGUGGUUUGGAGAUAAUUGGUUAUGUCAUUGAGAUGUGCAAGGCAAGACUGGAAGAAUGGCAGAGAGUCAAUGUUGAAACAUGCGUCAAUACCAAGUAUACAGCAACUGGCUUAGAACCUGGUGAAGAAUACAAAUUUAGAGUGUCUGCAGUAAAUGGCGCUGGUCAAGGAGAGUCCUCAGAGAUUCCGAAUCCAGUUCAAGCUGUGGACAGACUUACAUCACCAGAAAUCGACAUUGAUGCAAGCUUUAAACAAACACACAUUGUGAAGAAUGGAGGCACUGUCUGUCUUCAUAUUUCCUUCCGGGGAAAACCGGCUCCUCUUGCUACCUGGAGUAAAGUAGAUGGAGAACUGGGUGUAAUGGUGGAUAUUAAUACUACAGAAACAUUCAGUACCCUAACCAUUGAGAACUGUGCCAGAUAUGAUGCAGGAAAGUACACAUUAUCUCUUGAGAACAACAGUGGCCGUAAAUCUAUCACAUUUACUGUUAAGGUGCUAGAUACACCUGGACCACCAGGACCAAUUACCUUCAAAGAUGUUACAAGAGGAGCUCUGACACUCAUGUGGGAUGCCCCAACCAAUGAUGGAGGAGCCCGUAUUACUCAUUACAUUGUUGAGAAGCGUGAAGCUAGUCGUCUAAGUUGGCAGGAAGUUAGCAUGAAAUGCAUUCGUCAAAUCCUGAGAGUGAGUAAUCUAGCAAUAGGUGUACCAUACUUGUUCAGAGUCAUUGCAGAAAACCAGUAUGGUCAAGGAGAACCCUAUGAAAUGACAGAUCCAGUCAUUGCCACUGAAGAACCUGCUCCACCAAAGAGACUGGAUGUCAUUGAUACCACAAAUUCUACUGCCACCCUAGCCUGGUUAAAGCCUGAGCAUGAUGGUGGAAGUCGCAUCACUGGAUACAUAGUUGAAACUAAAGCAAAGGGUUCAGAUCACUGGGUCCUUGGUGGUCAGACUAAAUCCCUGAGGAUGGUUAUUGAGGGCUUAGUGGAGAACACAGAAUAUGAAUUCCGUGUCAAGGCUAUGAACGAUGCUGGCCUUAGCUACCCAAGAGAUGCCUUUGCUUCUGUCAUCAUUAAAGAGCCCCGCAUUGAGCCAACUGCAGAUCUCAGUGGUAUCACCAACCAACUCAUUAUAUGCAAGACGGGCAGUGCUUUCACCAUUGAUAUUCCUAUCAGUGGCAGACCAGCUCCUAAGGUAACCUGGAAACUUGAAGAGAUGAAAUUAAAGGAAACAGACAGGGUCGCAAUAAAGACGACUAAAGAGAGGACCACUUUGUCAGUCAGAGACUGCAUAAGGGGGGAUAGUGGUAAAUAUUACCUCACUCUUGAAAACAUCGCAGGAGCCAAGACAUUCACUGUCACAGUCAAUGUUGUUGGCAGACCUGGUCCACCAACUGGUCCUGUUGAAAUUUCAGCAGUCACAUCUGAGGUCCUGUGUGUUGACAUGGCAGAACCUGAAGAUGAUGGUGGAACUGAUGUCACUAAUUACAUUGUGGAGAAGCGUGAGUCUGGCUCAACUACCUGGCAGGUUGUCAACUCCAGCGUGAAACGUACAACAAUCAAAGUAACACAUCUGACCAAAUACAUGGAAUAUACUUUCCGUGUCUGUGCUGAAAACAAAUUUGGUGUGAGCAAGUCUAUUGAAUCUCAAGCCAUCGUUGCAGAGCAUCCAUUUGUUCCACCAAGCCCACCAACACGACCAGAUAUAGUCUCAGUUACCGCAAAUACCAUGGGUAUACGCUGGGAAGCCCCAUAUCAUGAUGGUGGCAGUCAGAUUACUGGGUACUGGAUUGAGAAGAAAGAACGCAACACCAUCCUUUGGGUGAGGGAGAAUAAGAUCCCAUGCAUUGAGUGCCACUACAAAGUAUCCAACCUCAUGGCUGGUCUUGAGUACCAGUUCAGAGUUUAUGCAAUGAAUAUUGCUGGCCUCAGCAAAGCAAGUGAAGCUUCAAGACCAAUGGUGGCUCAAAAUCCAGUUGAUCCUCCUGGUAAACCAGAGGUAACUGAUGUGACCAGAUCUACAGUAUCAAUUGCGUGGUCCAUACCACUCAGUGAUGGUGGCAGUAAGAUCGUGGGAUACAUAGUUGAGCGCAAGCCAUUCAGUGAUGAUGGUGAAGGUCGCUGGCUGAAAUGCAACUACACAACUGUCACAGAGAAUUAUUUCACUAUAACCUCACUGACGAAAGAAGUAUAUGAGUUCCGUGUUAUUGCUAGAACUGGAGCUGGAGUAAACAGUACGCCUUCUGAAUCAACUGGACCAGUCACAUGCAAGGAUGAAUACAGUCCUCCAAAUGCAGAGCUGAGCACUACACUUCUUGGGGAAACUAUUACAAUCAGAGCUGGGUCAGACUUGCUUCUUGAUGCUGCUAGUGGGUGGCAAACCUGAAACCAACGGUCUUCUGGCUAAGGUGAUAAAGUACUUGAGCCUGGUGAGAAGUACUCACUGCAGUACACCAGCACACGUGCUAUGGCCAUUAUCAAGGUCCUGUGACAGAAAUGAAUACCGGGAAGUACGUCCCUGACUGUGAAGAAUGCCAGUGGAGUCAAAACAGUUGCUGUCAACGUUAAGGUCCUUGAUACACCUGGACCUUGUGCUGACACAAUCAAAAUCAGUAGAGUGACAGAGGAAAAAUGCACUGUAUCCUGGAAAAUACCACUGGAGGAUGGUGGAGACCCCGUCACUCACUACAUUGUUGAGAGACGUGAAACCAGCAGACUCAACUGGGUGGUAGCAGAAACUGAGUGCAAGACUCUCUCUUGUGUUAUUACCAGGCUGAUAAAGAACAAUGAAUACAUCUUCCGUGUCAGAGGUGUGAACAAAUAUGGGCCUGGUGUACCGCUAGAGUCUGAGCCUGUUAUUGCCAGGAAUGCAUACACCAUCCCAUCACCUCCUGGGGCACCAGAAAUCACAGCUGUAGGCAAAGAACAUGCCAUUAUUGAAUGGCUGAAGCCUGAGAGUGAUGGUGGCAGCGAAAUCAAAAAUUACCUCGUGGACAAACGUGAAAAGAAGAGUGUCAGAUGGACCAGAGUAAAUAAAGACUACACCAUAUACGAUACAAGACUUAAGAUCACUGGUCUUCUGGAAGGCAGUGAUUACCAGUUCCGUGUCACAGCUGUGAAUGCAGCUGGAAACAGCCAGCCAAGUGAAGCAUCUGAAUAUGCCUUCUGUAGAGACCCAACAUACACUCCUGCUCCUCCCUCUGUUCCACGAGUGACAGAUACUACCAAGCACAGCAUUAGCCUAGCAUGGACAAGACCAAUGUAUGAUGGUGGAGCUGAUGUCACUGGAUAUAUUCUUGAGAUGCUAGAGGAAGGAACAGAGCAGUGGUACAGAGCGCAUCAAAAGACUUUGAAGUGCACAGAGUAUGUUGUAGGUGGUCUUAGCAACAAGAAAUAUAGCUUCAGAGUAGCUGCAGUUAAUGCCAAUGGCACAGGUGAAUUCAGUGAUCCAUGCGCAGAGACAGAACCUCUGGAAAGAAUCGAAAUUCCUGAUCUUGAGCUUGCUGAUGAUUUGAAGAAAACUGUCUGCUUGAGAGCUGGUGGUACCCUUCGCCUCUUUGUGACUGUGAAUGGGAGACCUACCCCAGUAAUCACCUGGUUAAAAGCUGGUGUUGAUCUCCAGAGCCGUGGAUACAUUGAGACAACUGACAGUUACACUAUGCUGACCAUUGACAAAGUCCACCGCUAUGAUGCUGGCAAAUACACUGUUGAAGCUGAGAAUCCAUCUGGCAAGAAGUCAGCCACCAUUCUUGUCAAGAUUUAUGAUACUCCCGGGCCCCCUGGUGCAAUUAAAGUCAAGGAUUAUUCUAAGGAUUCUGCUGUGAUUACAUGGGAUGUCCCCAGUGUUGAUGGAGGAGCACCUGUAAACAACUACAUCAUUGAGAAACGUGAAGCCGCCAUGAAAUCAUACAAAACCGUGACCGCUAAAUGCAGCAAGACAUUAUUCAGAAUCACUGGACUGGAGGAAGGCAUUCUGUACUUCUUCAGGGUCUUACCAGAAAACAUUUAUGGUGUUGGUGAGCCUUGUGAAAUGAGUGAUGCACUGCUGGCUUGUGAUGUUCCUAUGAUUCCUCAGAAUUUGGAGGUUGUAGAUACAACUAAGUCCACGGUAACCUUGAAAUGGGAGAAACCACUUCACGACGGUGGAAGCAGGCUUUCUGGCUACAUCAUUGAAGCUUGCAAAGUGGGAACAGACAGGUGGAUGACAGUCGCCACUUUGAAAACAACAGCGUUUGAACACACCAUUGUUUCUCUGAAUGAGAAUGAGCAAUAUCUCUUCAGAGUUAAGGCUCAAAACAGCAGGGGAGUCAGUGAAGCCAGAGAGCUUGUGACAGCUGUAACUAUUCAAGAACAAAGAGUUAUGCCAAAGAUUGAUCUGGCUGGUAUACCACAAAAGAUUGUCACAGUACCAGCUGGCAAACCAAUUGAGCUGCACAUUCCAAUCACUGGCAGACCUGCUCCAGUUUGCUCAUGGUACUUUGCUGGUGUUAAGAUGAAGGAACUUGACCGUGUCAAGGUAGAGACGACUGGAAAAUACACUAAACUAACUGUGCGCGAAACUACAAUUGAUGACACAGGCGACUACACCCUUGAGGUGAAGAAUGUCACAGGAAGUGCAACAGAAAUCAUCAAAGUCAUCAUUCUUGACAAACCUGGAGUGCCUGUUGGGCCAUUAAGAAUUGAUGAGGUUGAUGCCACAUCAGUCACCGUCAGCUGGAAUCCACCAGAGAAGGAUGGAGGUGCCAAUAUCAGUGGCUAUGUUGUUGAACAACGUGACGCUCACCGUACAGGAUGGCUUCCUGUGUCAGAAUCUGUUACCAGACCCACAUUCAAGUUCACCAGAUUGACUGAGGGAAGUGAAUAUGUGUUCCGCGUCGCUGCAACUAAUCGUUUUGGCAUCGGAUUAUUCCUGCAAUCUGAAGUUGUUGAGUGCAAGAGCGCCAAGACUGUACCUGGGGCUCCAGGUAGACCUGAGGUGUUUGACAUGUCUCAUGAUGGAAUGACACUCACCUGGACUCCACCAGAGGUAGAUGGUGGCUCCCAUGUGUCUGGAUACAUCAUUGAGCGCAAGGAGGUCAGAUCUGACAGAUGGGUGCGCAUCAAUAAGAAUCCUGUGACAAUGACAAGAUACAGAUCAACAGGUCUGAUUGAAGGCCUUGAAUAUGAGUACAGAGUGACAGCAAUCAACUCAAGAGGCAAUAGCAAACCCAGCCAACCCUCUAAACCAGCAGUGGCAAUGGAUCGCAUUGAUCCCCCUGGUCCACCGCAAAAGCCAAGAGUUACAGACACUACAAGGACAUCUGUGUCUCUGGCCUGGAACCCUCCCGAGGAAGAGGGUGGUGCUAACGUUACAGGUUACCUGAUUGAGAUGCAGAAGGUUGAUCAGAUUGAAUGGACCAAAUGCAACACAACACCAACAAAGAUCUGUGAAUAUACUCUGACACAUAUGCCUCAAGGAGCUGAAUAUAGGUUCCGUGUGAUGGCAUGCAAUGCUGGUGGCGCUGGUGAACCUGCUGAGAUACCAGGAACAGUGAAAGUUACAGAAAUGCUUGAAUAUCCUGACUAUGAAUUGGACGCAAAAUACCAGGAAGGCUUGGUUGUCAGACAGGGUGGGGUCAUUAGACUUUCUGUGCCCAUCAAGGGCAAACCGUUCCCCACCUGCAAGUGGACGAAAGAAGGCCGUGAUAUUUCUCACAGAGCCAUGAUUGCAACUAGUGAAGAUCUCACAGAACUUGUGAUCAAGGAAGCUCACAGAGAUGACACUGGUACCUAUGACCUUGUCCUGGAGAAUAAGUGUGGCAAGAAGGCAGUGUACAUAAAAGUAAAAGUUAUUGGACGCCCAGAUGCACCUGAAGGUCCUCUUGAAUUUGAUGAUAUCCAAGCUCGCUCUGUAAGAGUAAGUUGGAGAGCACCUGCGGAUGAUGGUGGUUCCGACAUUCUUGGAUACAUUGUUGAGAGACGUGAAGUUCCUAAGGCAGCCUGGUACACCGUUGAUGCAAGGGUUGUAGACACUUCACUGGUGGUCAAGGGAUUAAAGGAGAAUGUUGAGUACCACUUCAAGGUUACAGCUGAGAACCAGUUUGGCAUCAGCAGAUCUCUAAAAUCAGAUGAAUCCGUCAUUCCAAAGACGCCUCUAAGUCCACCAGAACCUCCCAGCAAUCCUCCAGAAAUUAUGGAUGUCACAAAGAGCUCUGUUGCUCUGUCUUGGUCCAGACCUAAAGAUGAUGGUGGUUCCCGUGUUACUGGAUAUUACGUUGAUUGUAGAGAGGUGUCCACUGAAAAGUGGGUGCGUCACAAUAAGACUCACAUCACUACUACUAUGUACACUCUCACUGGCCUCAUCCCUGAUGCAGAAUAUCAGUUCCGUGUCAUUGCUCAAAAUGACGUUGGUCAGAGUGAGCCUGGACCUGUAUCUGAUUCUGUUGUAUGCAAGGAUCCAUUUGACAAACCAAGCCAGCCAGGUGAGAUUGAUAUAAUCUCCAUCACCAAAGACUGCAUCACCAUUCACUGGAUUCGACCAGAAUGUGAUGGUGGCAAAGAGAUCUUGGGCUACUGGAUUGAAUAUAGACAAUCUGGAGAGACUGCCUGGAAGAAGUGCAAUAAGGAGCGUUCAAAGGAUAGACAGUUUACUAUGGGUGGCCUGCAGGAGGCUACUGAAUAUGAAUUCAGAGUAAUUGCUGAAAAUGAAACUGGAAUGAGCAGACCACGUAGGACAGCAAUGGCCAUCAAAACCAAGCUGAGUGUUGGAGAAGCACCAAGUCUCAAGGAAGAAAUGAAAGAUGUCACCACAAAGCUGGGAGAGUCAGGCACAUUGACAUGCCAGAUACUUGGAAGGCCUCUUCCUGAGAUCAAAUGGUAUAGAUUUGGCAAGGAGCUGAUCCAGAGCCGUAAAUACAAGAUGAGCUCAGAUGGUCGUAACCACUCCCUGACAGUAGCAACAGAUGAACAGGAAGAUGAAGGUCUGUACACCUGCAGAGCCAUCAAUGACGCUGGAGAGAUAGAAACCAGUGGCAAGCUCUUCUUGCAGGCAGCCCCCCAGUUCCACCCUGGAUUCCCACUGAAAGAAAAAUACUACGCAGGAUGUGGUACAAGCCUGCGUCUACAUGUUGUAUACAUUGGACGUCCUGUGCCACAGAUCAUGUGGUUCUACGGCAAAAAGCCUCUAAAGCCAUCUGAUAAUGUCAUAAUUGAAAACACCGAAAAUUACACUCAUCUGGUCGUCAGGAAUGUUCAGCGCAAGACCAAUGCUGGAAGAUACAAAGUCCAGAUGAGCAACAUAUUUGGCACAGUUGACACUGUACUCCAUGUUGAAAUUCAAGAUAAACCUGAAAUGCCAGAAGGACCAGUUGUUGUUGAUGCUCUGUUGAAGAACUCUGUGAUCAUUAGCUGGAAAGCACCAAAAGAUGACGGUGGAGCAAUGAUUACAAACUACAUUGUGGAGAAGCGUGAAGCAAAGGAGGGCGAGAAGUAUCAUCUGGUGUCUUCUUCAAUCUCAGGAACAUCUUGCAGAGUUCCAAAUCUCAUUGAAAGCGCUGGAUAUUACUUCCGCGUUUCUGCUCAAAAUCAGUAUGGCAUCAGUGAUCCACUGGAGAUUCCUGCUGUCGUUAUUAUUAAGAGUCCAUUUGAAAAGCCUGGAAUACCCCAGCAGCCAUUUGUUACUGCUGUGACAAAGGAUUCCUGUGUUGUGUCUUGGAAGACACCUACCAGUGAUGGUGGUUCCAAGAUCAAAAAUUAUUACCUUGAGAAGCGAGAGAAGAAACAGAACAAAUGGAUUUCAGUGACAACAGAGGAAAUCCAUGAAGCAGUCUACACAGUCAAAGGCCUAAUUGAAGGCUUUGAGUAUGAAUUCCGUGUGAAAUGUGAAAAUCUGGCAGGAGAGAGUGACUGGAGUGAAAUAUCAGAACCUGUUAUUCCAAAAUCCGAUACAGCCAUCCGUCCUCCUGCCUUCAAAGAAGAAUUGAGAGAUCUGAGUGUCAAAUACAAGAGCAAUGCUACUUUUGUGUGCAAGGUCACUGGGUAUCCCAAACCUGUGGUUAAAUGGUACAAGAGUGGCAAAGAGAUUCUGCCUGAUGGACAGAAGAUCAAAGUACAGGAGUUCAAAGGUGGCUAUUACCAACUUGUCAUCUCUGCUGCUGAUGAAGGGGAUGCCACCGUCUACCAAAUCAGAGCCACAAACCAGGAAGGAUCCAUUUCAACAACUGUUAAUCUUGAUGUUGAAGUUCCUGCCAAGAUUCACUUGCCCAAACAUCUACAAGGCAUGGGAGCUGUCCAUGCCAUUCGGGGUGAAGUUGUCAGCAUCAAGAUUCCAAUCAGUGGCAAGCCUGACCCAGUAAUAACCUGGCAGAAGGGAUCAGAAAUACUUGAUAACAACAGACACUAUCAAGUGAUUGUCACAAGAUCCUUCACUUCACUUGUUUUCCCCAAUGGUGUGCAAAGGAAGGAUAGUGGUUACUACAUAAUUCAUGCCAAAAACAGAUUUGGUACUGAUCAACAGACAGUUGAACUUGAUGUUGCAGAUGUACCCGAUCCACCAAAAGGUAUCAAAGUCAGUGACAUGUCCAGGGAUUCCAUUACUCUCACUUGGAGUGCCCCUGCUAAUGAUGGUGGGAGCAAAAUCACCAGCUACAUUGUGGAAAAGUGUCCCACCACCGCUGAUAGAUGGAUACGUGUUGCUCAGACUUCUGAGACACAAUACACUGUAAUUAAUGUGUUUGGCAAGACAAAAUACCAGUUCCGUGUCAUUGCUGAAAACAUGCAUGGCCACAGUGAACCAUCAGAACCAACUGAGCCUGUUGUAAUGAAGCAGGACACAUCAGUGAUCCGAAAUUAUGAUGAAGAAGUUGAUGAAACAAGAGUGAUCACGAAAGAUGAAGCACAGUCUUCAAGUGUCAAGAAUCUGUCUGCUAGUUACAUGAUUGCUGAAGAGCUAGCACGUUCACAGUAUGGAAUUGUUCAUCGCUGUGUUGAAACCAGCUCCAAGAAGACAUUUAUGGCGAAAAUCAUCAAAGUUAAAGGUGCUGAUCAGGCACUGGUUGAAAAAGAAAUUGCAGCACUCAAUGUGGGUCGACACAAGAACUUGUUGUAUCUUCACGAGUACUUUGAGAGCCUUGAAGAAUUUGUCUUGAUCUACGAGUUCAUCUCAGGUGUGGACAUAUUUGAACGACUUGGGACAGCCAACUUUGACCUCUCAGAACGUGAAAUUGUUAGGUAUAUGAGACAGGUGUGUGAGGCUCUGAAGUUCUUGCAUAGUAAGGGCUUUGCUCACUUUGACAUUAGACCUGACAACAUUGUUUACACCACAAGAAAGAGCACAAAUAUCAAGAUCAUUGAGAUGGGACAGGCUAGACAGCUGAUAGCUGGAGAAAACAUAAGAAUUCAGUUCACAGCUCCUGAGUACUGUGCACCAGAAAUCCACCAGCAUGACCUUGUCAGCACCAUUACUGACAUGUGGUCAGUAGGUGUCCUCGCAUAUGUGCUUCUCAGUGGACUGAAUCCAUUCGCUGCUGAAUCUCACCAGAAGAUGAUUGAGAAAAUUUCCAAUGCCGAGUACAGCUUUGACAGUGAGGCCUUCAAGGAGACCAGUCUUGAAGCAAUGGACUUCAUCGACCGACUUCUGAUUAAAGAUCGCAAGCACCGUAUGACUGCUGCUGAAGCCUUGGAACAUCCUUGGCUGAAAAUGAAAGCUGAACAAGUCAGCACCAAAGUCAUAAAGACAUUGAGGCACAGAAGAUACUACCAGACCAUGGUGAAGAAGGAAUGGAACACUAUCAUUUCAGCUGCUCGUGUUGCUUACGGUGGUGGCUUCAGAAGUCAACGAGGAGUCUCAGUUGAAAGAGUGAAGGUUGCACCAUCUGAAUACGGUCUGAAAGCUGGCCAAAUCAUCCAUGGUGUUGCUGAAGAAGGGGGACAUGUCAAAUUUGCUUGCCACAUUGAAAACUAUGACAGCAGCACAGAGGUAACUUGGUAUUGUGGAGUUCGACAACUACAGGCAAGUGAGAAGUAUGAAAUUAGCUACUCAGACGGAGUGGCUAUUAUCUAUGUCAAAGACAUUAGCAGCUCUGAUGAUGGCACAUACAGGUGCAGAGUUGUUAAUGAGUAUGGUGAAGAUAGUGCCUACGCUGAGCUCUUUGUGGAAGGAGUCCGAUCAUAUCGGGAGUUCUUUAUGGAACGUACAGUGAAGAAAGUGAAACGCAGAAUAGAUAAAACUAAAAUUCUUCAGAGACCACCUGAAUUUACCCUGCCCCUGUUCAACCGUGCUGCUUACAUUGGUGAGGAUGUACGCUUUGGAGUUACCAUAACAGUGCAUCCAGAGCCUCAUGUAACUUGGCUGAAAUCUGGGCAAAGGAUCAAACCAGGAGACAAUGAUAAUAAGUACACCUUCACAACUGACAAGGGUCUUUAUCAACUUGUGAUUCACAACCUUGAUAAAGAUGAUGAGGCUGAAUAUACUGUUGAGGCUCGUAAUAAAUUUGGUGAGGACAGCUGCAAGGCACGUCUCACUGUAAUGCCUCACCCCAUUAUUGAAGACACAAUGAGACCAAUGUUCAAGCGCUUGCUUGCAAAUAUAGAAUGCAUGGAAGGCCACAGUGCCCGCUUUGAAGUGCGGCUGACAGGAAUACCAGCUCCUACCUUGAAGUGGGAGAAAGAUGGUAAGCCUUUGGUAUUCAGUCCAAAAAUUGAAGUUGUUCAAGAGGACGUGGAUUACCAUGUCCUGUAUAUCAGGGAAACUCUUCCUCAAGAUUCUGGCACAUACAGAGUUAUUGCUUCCAACUCUGCUGGAUCUGCAAGUUGCCAGGCCACCCUGAAGGUUGAACGUGUCACCUAUGUAAAGAGAGAGUACAAGAGUGUGGAAGAGAAAGAACAAUUUGUUCAGAAACAAAUUGGCAAGACAUUUAAAUUGGCAGAACGCCUUUCCACCACUGAAAUUACUUCACUCAACAUUGUUGCAGAAGAGGCUUUGAGAGAAGCUUCAAUUCUAUACCAACCAGCCGUGAGCACCAAGAAUGUCAAAGGUGAAUUUGACAUUGAAAAGACAAAAGAGGUGAAGAAGGUGGUGGUAGAAGAAAGGAAACUUCGCAUGCCAUAUGAAAUUCCAGAACCUGCUGUCCAUGUUUCAGCUGCUCUUCACGAAGACAUGGGGAUAAAACACUUUGUGCCUUUGUCUGAAAUGAAAUGGUACAAGAAACUCCGUGAUCAGUAUGAACUGCCUGAACGUAUGGAAAGAAUUGUACAGAGGCGACAAAAACGUAUCCGUCUUUCCAGAUGGGAACAGUUCUAUGUCAUUCCAAGAAUUAGUGAUCAGUACAAGCCAAGGUGGCGUAUUCCGAAACUCUCACAAGAUGACUUGGAAACAGUAAGACCGGCAAGGCAUCGCACACUUUCCGCUGAAUCUGUAACUUCCUACAGAGUGAGAAGAAGGUCUCUUGGUGAUCUCUCAGAUGAAGAGCUUCUCCUCCCUGUUGAGGACUACUUGUCAAUGAAGAGAACUGAAGAGGAAAAGCUUAGACUUGAGGAUGAGCUUGAGCUUGGCUUCUCUGCUUCACCUCCAAGCCGCAGCCCUGUCCGGUUUGAGUUGUCUGCUCUGAAGUACCCAUCACCAAGACGAAUGACGUAUGAGAUAGAGGACAAAACACAAGCCAUGAGAAAAGAGAAAGAGAUGGUUGUAACAGCAUCAGCUGAAGAGGUAAAGAAAACAACUGAAACUCGUGCUGCAACCUCUCUUUCCCAUUUCAUGAGAAGGAGGAGGUCAUUAUCUCCCACAUACAUCGAACUGAUGCGCCCUGUUUCUGAACUAAUAAGAAAACCACGGGCAUACCCUGCUGCAGAAGUCGAAGAUGAAGCUGCAGAGAGGAGAUCACCCACGCCUGAGAGAACUCGCCCACGAUCCCCAAGUCCCGUCUCCACAGAGAGGUCCUCUCGAUCAUCCUCUAGAUUUGAGAGGUCUGCAAGAUUUGACAUCAUGUCCAGAUAUGAGGCAAGAAAAGCAGCUCUGAAAACUGAGAGGAAGUAUGAGGUUGUGACACAGCAGCCUUUUAGCCUUGACCAUGCCCCACGCAUAACAGUGAGAAUGCGCUCUCACCGUGUACCGUGUGGUCAGAAUACUAAAUUCACACUGAAUGUCCAGGCUAAGCCAGAAGCUGAAAUCAAAUGGUAUCAUAAUGGACAGCAAAUUCAGGAGAGCAGCAAAUACCGUUUCACAAACAUGAGUGGAGUUUUGACACUCCAGGUCACUGACUGCCAGGGAGACGACAGUGGUACCUAUCGUGUUGUGUGCACCAACUCCAAGGGAGAAGCCUCUGACUAUGGCACUCUAGAUGUUUCAAGGGGAGAAUAUUCCACAUAUUCUUCUCGUCGUAAAGAUGAGGAGGUUCCCACACCUUUUGUUCCUGAAAUUACAAAAACUGAUCACUACCACGUUUCAACAUACAAGAGAGCCUCCUCAUCUGAAACCCACAUGAAGGUAAUGGAAACAAAAACAAAGUUGACUGAAACACAUGAAACCACUGUGUAUGAAAAAUAUGCAACAUCUGAAAAGAAAGUGGAAGCUUUGGAAGCCAAAGUUGAGGAAGUAGCUGUUCACAAGAAAGUGAAGACCACUCUACCAGCUAGGAUACUUACAAAACCACAGUCUCUAACAGUAUCAGAGGGAGAGUCUGCCAGGUUUGCAUGUGACAUUGAUGGAGAACCAGCACCCAGUGUGACUUGGCUGCAUGAGGGACAAGUAGUUGUUUCUUCCCACCGUUACCAUGUGAGUACAACACAGUACAAGUCUACAUUUGAGAUUACUUCUGUUGAGUCCUCUGAUGAAGGCAGCUACACAGUAAUAGUGGAGAACUCUGUGGCCAAACAAGAGGCACAGUUCAGCUUAACCAUCCGCAGAGCAGCACCCAAAGAGAAAGUGGUGGCUCCACCACCAACUGUUAAGUCCCCAGAGCCCACUGUGAAAUCUCCUGAGCCAGCUCUCCCACCACAGAAGGUAAAAUCUCCAGAGCCAAAAGUGAAAUCCCCUGAACCAGCUGCCCCACCACAGAGAGUAAAAUCUCCAGAGCCAAAAGUGAAAUCCCCUGAACCUGCUGCCCCUCCACAGAGAGUAAAAUCUCCAGAGGUGAAAUCUCCAGAGCCAAAAGUAAAAUCCCCUGAACCUGCUGCCCCUCCACAGAGAGUAAAAUCUCCAGAGGUGAAAUCUCCAGAGCCAAAAGUAAAAUCCCCUGAACCAGCUGUAAAAUCUCCUGAGCCCGGAGUGAAAUCUCCAGAGGUCACAGAAGUCAAGUCCCCAGAACCUCGUAUCAAGUCACCAGAAGGAAUAAAAUCUCCCAAAAGAAUUAAGUCUCCUGAGCCAAUUACCUCACCUGCAAGGGUUAAAUCUCCAGAAUUAAAGUCUCCUGAGCCCAGAGUGAAAUCUCCAGAAUUUCCAGAAGUCAAGUCCCCAGAACCUCGUAUCAAGUCACCUGAGGGAAUCAAAUCUCCCAGAAGAAUUAAGUCUCCGGAGCCAAUUACCUCACCCCAGAGAGUAAAAUCUCCACCACCUUUCAAGUCACCCACUCCUCAGAAACUGGAAAUGCCUCCAAAGAUAGUUCAGCAACUUAAGGUGGAAGUCUCUGAGCAUGUAGUGAAGAUGUUCUGUGUAGCUGAGAGCAGUGCUAGAGAAGUAGUGUGGUACAAGGAUGGGAAGAAACUGACACAGAGCAGUCACUACUAUUUCCAUAGUGCCACCGAUGGUACUUACAGUCUCAGUAUCCAUGAACUUUCUGAGAAGGACCAGGGCGAAUAUGCCUGUGAAAUCAUUGCAGAAGGAGGGGUCUCCCGGACAUCAUUUUCAUUUGUUGGUCAAGUAUUCCAAACCAUUUACGCAAAAGUUAAAGCUCUUCAAGUAGCUAUGGAAAGAGAGGCUGUCUCAACCUCUCAUUUGAAAACAGAAGUCAAAGGGCAAAUUGUUAAAAAGGAAAUGGUUCAUGAAGAAGUCCUCACAGCUGUGGGGGAAGAAUCUGCAAAAAUGGUUCUUAUGGGAAAAAGCGCUGCUGCAGCCAGCAUGCACGAAAGUUUCUCUUCUAAGGCAGUUCACAUGGCUUCCACUAUACAGGAAGCUUCAUUCAGCAGCUCCAGCAUGUCUGAAGUUCAGUUUGCAAGCAUGUCUUCAUCGAGCAUGUCUUCUAUGACAUCUGAAUCAAUGCUGGCCAUGAGCUCCAGCAGUAUGAUGGAAAUGUCAAGCCAUUCACAGAUAGAGGGGUCUUCCAUGAGAGCCAUCGGGCGCCAUCUUCAAGGCACUCCACCCAAAAUUGAAGCUCUCCCUGAAGACAUCAGUAUUGAGAAAGGAAAGGUGCUGACAGUGGCCUGUGCUUUCUCUGGAGACCCUUUGCCAGAGAUAGUGUGGUCCCGCUCAGGAAGGACACUGCCUACUGACGAAGAUGGCGACAGGUUCCAUAUUGAGACCACUGAUGACCUCACAACCCUUAUCAUCACCGGUGUGAAAGAAAAGGAUGCAGGAACCUACACCCUCAAACUGUCCAAUGAGUUUGGAUCCGAUACUGCAACAGUAAACAUAAGCAUUCGAUCAAUGUAAAAAUGAAUAAUUUCUUCCCUUCCCCUUUCCCUCCUUCAGUGCCUUUUUAUUUAUUUAAUGAGCAAAAAUACUCUUUACAUAAUAGAGACAGAGUUCUGUUCUUGUAAAUAUGAACUAUUUUUAUACCAAACUUGACAUUAAUUUAUGCCAAACUAGACUAAAGUCUAAAGUUGUUAUAAAAUGUGCCAUAUUGGAUAAUUAUGACUUAGGAUUUUUGAUCCAUUUUUCUGUGACAUGUACAUAAUGUAUAUAGCCGAAUUUACCGGUUAUGGAAACUGUAUGCAUUGUUAUUUGAGACAAUGUUAACUGAAACAAAUGGAACUAAAUGUUUAACAGGAGAAAGUUUCACAUGAAACGAAUACCCUGAAAAACCUGAAACAAAACUAUGUGCCUCAACAAUAAGUUGAAGUCUUAAGAUUGCCUCAACAGGUAGAGAGGCUCCCUGUUGACGUUUUACUAAAUCCGAGAGACAAUGUUAUGCACAGUGUGUCUGUGUAAUAAUAUUACCGUACUCAUAUGAAUUGUAACAUGACCAUAAGGCCUUGAGUGCAGUUUGCAUUUACCCUCAUGUAAGCUGCACAACUAGGCCUUGUGUUCAGACUGACUAUGUCAUACCACCAUUUUAAUGACAUGCACAAAGUGCGAGCGGCCUGCACUUUGUGCACCAGUUUAUUUUAUGUGCACUGUUACUGGCAAGGGACUGCUUGAAUUGGCUUUGAAAAAGUAACAUCACCUGGCCAUUAUUAUCUUAAGUCAUUCAAGUACUUCUUUGCAGAAGCAGUGCCACUUCUUGGAGGACUGCUUGGGUGCAUUGUGUUUGAGUGUAUCUGUGUGUUAGCUUUAGAAUUUCACCUUGUCGGUAGUCUGGGCAGCCAAUAAAGUAAGUGUACCACAGCGAAAACAUCUGCUGUGUUAAAGAACAAAUGCAUUAAUUGCAUGCCCUGCACUUUGGUUUUAUUGCAUUUAUUAUUGUAGCAUUACCUAUAUAUGCAGCCUCCUUGAAUUUUAUUAAUUACUGAUUUAAUAAAGCAUGAUUGAAGCACCUCA